UCCUGUGUAGUUUUGUUUUGGGGGAUAUUUCGAGGCUCAACCGUUCUCACACAGUGUUUUUGAAGUCAUAUCUGGAUAAGGACUUUUUCAGAAGACAAACCACUUUGGGCUUCGCCCUUCAAUUCAAGGCACUCUUGUGGAUACAAGGUGCCUUCCACAAUGGCAACAAAGGCACCAACAUUUACACAGCCGCUUCAGAGCGUUGUGGCACUAGAGGGUAGUGCUGCAACGUUCGAGGCUCAAGUUAGUGGGAAUCCAGUUCCAGAGGUGAGCUGGUUUCGUGAUGGUCAGGUUCUUACUGCUGCCGCUCUGCCCGGCGCUCAGAUCUCGUUCAGCGAUGGCCGCGCUGUUCUGAUGAUCCCCGCCGUGACAGCCGCACACAGCGGAAGAUUUUCUGUCAGAGCCACCAAUGGCGCUGGACAAGCCACUAGCACAGCUGAACUGCUGGUUACAGCUGAAACAGCACCACCAAACUUCAUUCAAAGACUACAGAGUAUGACCGUGAGACAAGGAAGCAAAGUGAGACUGGAUGUUCGAGUGACCGGAAUCCCUACACCUGUGGUGAAGUUCUACAGAGAGGGAGCUGAGAUUCAAAGCUCUGCUGACUUUCAGAUUGUUCAAGAAGGAGACCUUUACAGUUUGCUCAUCGCUGAAGCUUUCCCGGAAGAUUCAGGAACUUAUUCUGUCAAUGCAUCUAACAGCAGCGGACGCGCUACUUCGACCGCUGAGCUUCUAGUUCAAGGAGAAGAGGAAGCUGUACCUGCCAAGAAGUCAAAAACAAUCAUUUCAUCCACUCAGAUUUCACAGAGCCGUCAGACUAGAGUGGAGAAGAGGAUGGAGGCUCACUAUGAGGCCAGUGCUACGAUGAAAAUGCAAGUAGAGGGAGGGGUUGUGACCCAGCAGUUGGCACAUAAGACCCCACCCCGUGUGCCCCCUAAACCAACCUCAAAGUCCCCUACUUCACAUUUGACUAAAGUGGCAGGUCAUCGCCACCAGUCUCCCUCUCCUGUGAGGCAUGUUAAGGGUCCAACGCCCUCUCCUGUCAGAGCUGUGUCUCCCUCCACAAGACUGUCUGUUUCCCCAAUCAGACCAGUCAAGUCUCCCGUGAUGACCCGCAAACAAGUCACACUGACCACUGAGGUCCUGCCUCCAUGGAAACAGGCGGGUUACGCUUCAGAGGCCAGCUACACCAGAAUGAUGGCAGGAGCAACACAAGUCCAGAUGACCUCCACCCAAGUUCAGAUUGAACAGCGUUGGGAGGGUUCUGCUGCUAUUCAACAACAAGCUGGCUUUGUCAAAGAGGAGCAGCCAAACAUGGAUGAGAAAAGUAUAGCUGUUGCCACUGUGGUAGCAGCAGUGGACCAGGCUCGUUGUCGCGGGCCGCUCGUCGGCUCCGUAGAACAGCCCAGUGUUGAAAGUGGCGUAACUGCAGUACACAUUACGUCUCAAAAUGAUCAGAUGUCACAUAAGGAAUUCAAAGAGGAGUCAGUCUCAACUCUGAUGACUCAUAAAAUCAAUGUUGAUGUUUCAACCACUAGUGAGAGAUCAUUGGAAGCAAUCUCAACAGCUGCAGAGGGUGAUGGGAAAAAGGCAGAGGCAGUGGCUACUGUGCUUGCUGCUGUCGAUCUUGCACGUAUACGAAAGCCCACGCAUGCUGAAGGGGCUCAAAUGGAAGAAGAGGCUGAUGAAAGACACCAAGAAAUGCUAGCCACUAAACAACAGGUCACAAGUAAAAAGGAGAUGUUGCUUAUUCCGCCUGAAACGCCAAUGCCUACCAUUGAGAAAAGUGUACAUGUCACUCAGAUUGAAAGAACUACAGAGGUUAGCUCCAAGGUGGAGACAGGCCUUGGACCUUCCCCUGUUCCACAUUUUACGGUAUCAAAAGUUACUGUACCAAAACCAGAUCAUAGCUAUGAGGUAUCAAUAGCAGGUUCUGCUAUUGCCACACUUCAAAAAGAGUUAUCUUCAACAACUGGUGCUCAAAAGAUCAUCAAGCCUGUCAAGCCACCAACUCAUAAGAUGGUAGAGACUCAUGUGAUCCCAGAGCCGACCCCUCCUCCUUUUAGAGACACUGCAGAGAGAUAUCAGACGCAUUACGACACCGAGUUACACAGACAGAUAGGCGUUUCGUUUACUGGGGAGGAGUGGUACACUCAGGCUGUUGAGACUGCAGCAAUCCCCUCCGUUGUCAAAGAACCUGUCAUGCCACCUACCUUGAUAUCAGGAUUGAAGAACGUGACUGUCACUGAGGGAGAAAGUGUGACUUUGGAGUGCCAGAUUUCUGGCCACCCCACACCAGCCAUUAUGUGGUUCAGAGAGGAUUACAGAAUCGAGAACUCCAUUGAUUUUCAGAUCACUUAUGAAAGUAAUUUUGCCCAUUUGGUAAUCCGCGAGGCCUUUGCAGAAGAUAGUGGCCGCUUCACAUGCACUGCUACCAGUGAGGCUGGAACCAUCAGCACCUCCUGCUACCUGCUGGUCAAAGUGUCUGAGGAGAUUGAGGUCAGAGAGGAGAUUACAGUCCAUGAGAAACAGGCUUUCCUUGAAGCCAAAGAGGAGACCGUGUCGGAAGUAAGCGCUGUCUCAGUGGACACUGGAGCUGCUGCCGCUCCUUUCUUCGUGAGGAAACCAGUGUUUCAAAAACUGGUCGAGGGUGGCAGUGUUGUUUUUGAGUGCCAGAUUGGAGGCAGCCCUAAACCCCAUAUUUACUGGAAGAAGAGUGGAGUUCAACUCACUACUGGAUACAGAUAUAGAGUUAGCUAUAACAAGGAUACAGGGAUAUGCAAGUUGGAGAUUUCUAUGACAUUUGCUGAUGAUGCCGGAGAAUACACCAUCUUUGCCAGGAACCAGCAUGGAGAGGCAUCUGUUACCUCAAGCCUUCUUGAGGAAGAGGAAUAUGAAGCCUAUAUGAAAAAACAGGAACUGACAUUUGUAACUGAAGUGACCGCAAUGGUGCAGGAACCCAGAGUGGCGGAUGUGCCUCCUGUAGUUGUAAGCGAAUAUGAAAAAGAGCUCAUGCAACGUAGGAUGUCUCAACAAACACAGAUGAUGCAGACCUUUAUCUCAGAGACGGAAUUCCAAAUAUCUGCCAUUGAGCGAAAAAUAAUACUGGAGAUAGAAAUCCGCAUCCUUAAGAUUACUUACCAAGAGCUGGUGAUUGAGGAUGGAGAGGAGAUGAUCAUGAACGUUGCUGAGCAUGAAGCUGUCACAUCAUCAUUUAGCACUCCAGUCAAAAGCUACAGAAUUUUGGAAGGAAUGGGUGCUACUUUCCAUUGCAAGAUGGAAGGAAAGCCAUUACCAAAGAUUGCCUGGUAUAAAGAUGGCAAACGCAUUAGACAUGGAGGUCGCUAUCAGAUGGAAGUUCUACAGGAUGGUAGAGCCAGUCUGCGCCUUCCUGUGGUGCUGCCAGAAGAUGGGGGAAUCUAUACUGCAUUCGCCAGUAACAUGAAGGGCAAUGCUGUCAGUUCUGGAAAGCUCUAUGUUGAAUCCACUGCAGCUGCCCAGCCUUACUUUCCUCAGGCUGAAGCUGUGAGGAGAGUCCAGUCUACAUCUCCAAUGUCUGCACGUUCAACUAGCUACUCGCCUGGACGGUCACCAGCUCGGUCUGUUAGCCGCUCUCCUGCUCGUAGACUUGAUGACACCGAUGAGUCACAACUCGAGAGGCUGUAUAAGCCUGUUUUUGUACUGAAACCAUCAUCUUUUAGGUGUUGUGAAGGACAAACUGCAAGGUUCGAUUUAAAAGUGGUUGGAAGACCAAUGCCUGACACCUUUUGGUUCCACAAUGGACAACAAGUGGUCAACGACUACACCCACAAGAUUGUGGUGAAGGAGGAUGGAACUCAGUCAAUGAUUGUGGUUCCUGCCAUGCCUCAGGACUCUGGAGAGUGGACUGUUGUUGCUCAAAACAGAGCUGGAAAGACAAGUGUUUCUAUGACUCUUACUGUUGAAGCAAAGGAAAAUUUGGUCCGACCUCAGUUCAUAGAGAAGCUAAAGAACCUCAGUGUUAAAGAAGGAAGUUUAGUUGAGUUGGCAGUUAAAGCCAUUGGAAACCCCCUUCCUGACAUUGUCUGGCUGAAAAACAGUGAUAUCAUCUCUCCUCAUAAAUACCCUCAAAUCAGAAUUGAGGGAGCCAAGGGAGAGGCAUGUUUUAAGAUUCCUCAGACUUCCGGCGCUGAUAGUGCGUGGUACACAGCCACAGCCAUAAACAAAGCUGGCAGAGACACCACUCGCUGCAGAGUCAACGUGGAAGUUGAGUACACUGUACCUGAACCAGAAAGAAGACUUAUCAUUCCCAAAGGAACAUAUAAAGCCAAGGAAAUUGCUGCACCAGAAAUUGAACCACUGCAUCUUCGCUAUGGUCAGGAGCAAUGGGAAGAAGGUGAUCUGUACGACAAGGAGAAACAACAGAAGCCACACUUCAAAAAGAAGCUGACCUCAGUCAGGAUGAAGCGAUUUGGACCUGCACACUUUGAGUGUAGAUUGACCCCAAUCGGUGACCCAACCAUGGCUGUUGAGUGGCUGCAUGAUGGCAAGCCGCUUGCAGCUGCUAACAGACUGCGCAUGAUCAAUGAGUUUGGCUAUUGUAGUCUUGACUAUGAAGUCGCUUAUUCCAGGGACAGCGGUGUCAUUACUUGCAGAGCCACAAACAACUUUGGUGUUGACCAGACCUCUGCAACUCUGAUUGUCAAGGACGAGAAGAGUCUGGUCGAGGAGAGCCAGUUGCCAGAAGGAAGAAAAAUACAACGCAUGGAUGAAAUGGAAAGAUUUGCCCAUGACGGUGGUCCCUCAGGAGUUACUGGUGAUGACACAGCUGAGAAGACCAAGCCAGAGAUCGUCUUGCUCCCAGAACCCAUGAGAGUAUUUGAGGGGGAAUCAGCCAAAUAUCGUUGCAGAGUGACUGGUUACCCUACUCCCAAAGUUAACUGGUAUCUCAACGGGCAGCUGAUUCGGAAGAGCAAAAGAUUCAGACUACUGUAUGAUGGCAUUCACUACCUGGAAAUCACUGAUUGUAAGUCAUAUGAUUCUGGAGAUGUCAGAAUUCUAGCUGAGAACCCAGAGGGUACAGCUGAGCACACUGUAAGGCUUGAGAUCCAACAGAAAGAAGAUUUCAGGACUAUAUUGCGCCGUGUACCUGAAAUAAAGGGAUCUGAAGCACUUGGGCCUGAACCUGGCAGAGUGUCCUUUGAUGUUGUGAAGGUAGAUAAACUUGCAGAACCUUCGCAAUCAAAAGAGGUUGUCAGGCUGAAGAGGGCCGAGAGAGUUGUCCAUGAAAAAUCUACAGAGGAGACAGAAGAGCUGCGCAGCAAAUUCAAACGCAGGACCGAAGAGGGCUAUUAUGAAGCCAUAUCCUCCGUUGAGUUGAAGUCUCGCAGGAAGGACGAGUCUUAUGAAGGAAUGUUGAAGAAGAGGAAAGAUGAGCUUCUGCAUUGGACCAAAGAGGUUACUGAGAGUGAGAAGAGAAAGGAAGAGGAAGAACGCAAACUUACUAUUCCUACAAUCAGACCUGAGAAAGUAGCCUUUUCUCCUAGCAUGGAGGCUCCAAAGAUCUUGGAAAGAAUUCAGAGCAAGACAGUUUCAUUGUCUGAAGAAGUUUGCUUCCGUUGUAGGGUUGUUGGUAAACCUGAUCCAGAGUGUCAGUGGUUCAAAAAUGGAAUUUUGCUCGAGAAGUCAGAACGUAUUUAUUGGUAUUGGCCAGAGGACCAUGUCUGUGAAUUAGUGAUCAAAGAUGUCCAGGCUGAGGACUCUGCUAGUAUUAUGGUAAAAGCUAUGAACAUCGUUGGUGAGGCAUCAAGCCAUGCCUUCUUGUUGGUUCAAGCCAAACAAGUUGUUUCUUUUACCCAAAUACUGGAGGACGUACAUGCAAAAGAGAAAGACACAAUGGUCACCUUUGAGUGUGAGACAAAUGAACCAUUUAUCAAGGUAAAAUGGUUGAAGAACAAUGCAGAAAUUUUCUCUGGAGACAAAUACAGGAUGCACUCUGACAGAAAAGUGCAUUUCCUUUCUGUGCUGACAAUUAACAUGCAAGAUGAUGCAGAGUACACUUGUGUUGUAUCUGAAGAUGACCAAAUAAGGACGUCUGCCAAGCUAUAUGUCGAAGGCGCAGCACUGGAAAUCAUUAAACAUCUGGAGAGCGUUGAAGUGCCCGAGUUGUACUCUGGAGAGUUUGAGUGCGAGCUGUCCCGUGAAGAUGCUGAGGGCACCUGGUACUUUGAGAACAAAGAAAUUACCCCUAGCCUAAAAUUUGUUGUGUCCUCUCGUCGUGGCCGACACAGCCUGUCUGUAAGGGAUGUCAAGAAGGAAGACCAAGGAAAAUAUACUUUCAAAGUGGGCGAUUUGAAGACGAGUGCCACAUUGAAGAUGAAAUUGCGUCCAGUAACUCUGAUGCAGGGGCUCACUGACUUGACCGUUUGCGAGGGUGAUAUAGCCCAAUUGGAGGUGCGAUUCUCACAGGAAAACGUGGAAGGAACUUGGAUGAAAAAUGGUCUGCCUAUCUCUGCCUCUGACAGAGUUCACAUUGUCAUCGACAAACUUGUCCACAAACUUCUGAUCGAAAAUGUCAACAAGGAUGAUGGUGGAAUGUACUCAUUCAGUGUUCCCGUUCAGUUUAUUUCUACAAGUGGAAAACUGACUGUUCAAACAAUCGAAAUCGUAAAUCCCCUAAAGGAUGUUCAUGCCAUUGAGGGUACGAAGGCAGUGCUAGAAGCGAAAAUCUCUGCCCCUGAUGUUAGUUCUGUGAAAUGGUACCAGAAUGAUAAGCUCAUCGUACCUAGUGACAGAGUCCAGAUGGUUGCCAAAGGGUCAAAACAGAGGCUGGUUUUGAACAGAUCAUUUGCUUCUGAUGAGGGCAAGUAUAAACUGGCGGUUGGCAAAGUGGAAACAACUGGUAACCUGACUGUUGAGAAGGUCAGCAUCGUCAAGCACAUGGAGGACUGUGUAUGCACAGAAACUCAGAAUGUGACUUUUGAGGUAGAAUUAUCCCACAGUGGAAUAGAUGCUUAUUGGACCUUAAAGAAUCAGCCGCUGAAGGCUGGACCCAAAUACAAAAUAGAGUCCAAAGGGAAGCGCUAUAGUUUAACCAUUAUCAAUGCCAUGAAGGAUGAAGAGGGCCAGUAUGAAUUUGCAGCGGGUGAAAAGACAUCCAGUGCAAAACUUACUGUGUCAGGAGGCGCUAUAAACAGGCCACUCUGUGAUGUGACUGUAGCAGAAUCCCAAACUGCUGUGAUGGAGUGUGAAGUUGCUAAUCCUGCCUCUGAGGGCCAGUGGCUUAAAGAUGGCCAUUCUGUUGUCUUUAGCGACAAUGUAAGGAGCGAGGAUAAAGGUGCGGUCCGCCAGCUUGUCUUCAUGAUCACAAGACCACAAGAUAUUGGAGAGUAUACCUAUCAAGUGGCAAACUCCAAAACAUCUGCCAACCUUAGAGUUGAAGCUGUGAAGAUUAAGAAGACAUUGAAAAACCAGACAGUUACGGAAACACAAGAGGCGGUUUUCAGUCUUGAACUCACCCAUUUAGAUGUCAAAGGAUCCCAGUGGAUCAAGAAUGGGAUUGAAAUUGUUCCCAGUGAUAAAUAUGAGAUAACAGUGGAGGGAAUGGUGCAUACCCUGAAGAUCAAGAACUGCAACACCCAAGAUGAAUCAGUCUAUGGAUUCAAACUUGGAAAGCUCUCCGCUAAUGCCAGACUGAAUGUUGAAACUGUUAAGAUUGUGAAGAAGCCAAAAGAUGUUACCUCCCUGCUGAAUGAAACAGCAUCAUUUGAAAUGAGUUUGUCCCAUGAUGACAUUCCGGUUAAAUGGAUGUUCAAAGGCCAAGAGCUCAAACCCAGUGCCAACAUUCAAAUAAUGUCAGAAAGGAAAGCGCACAAGUUGGUCAUUCAGAAUGUUGAAGAAGUCAAUGCUGGAGAAUAUACAGCUGUUGUUGGACACUUGCAGUGCAGUGCAUAUUUACAUGUUGAAUCUUUGAGAGUCACAAAACCCUUGAAGAACCUUGAGGUUCCCGAGACCCAGGUGGCCACAUUUGAGUGUGAAGUUUCGCAUUUCAAUGUUCCGUCCACCUGGCUGAAAAAUGGAGUUGAGAUUGAGAUGAGCGAGAAGUUCAGGAUUGUGGUCCAGGGCAAACUGCACCAGCUGAAGAUCAUGAACACCAGCCGAGAUGAUUCUGCAGAAUACACAUUUGUGUGUGGAAAUGACAGGGUUUCUGCAACACUGACAGUUAGCCCUGUCCUGAUCACAUCUAUGCUCAAAGACCUGAAUGCUCAGGAGAAGGACACCAUCACAUUUGAGGUGACUGUCAACUAUGAAGGCAUCACCUACAAAUGGCUGAAGAACGGAGUUGAAAUCCGUUCCAGUGACAGAUGCCAAACUCGGACUAAACAGUUUAGUCACUCUCUAACGAUCCGCAACGUACACUUUGGGGAUGUUGGAGAGUACAAGUUUCUGGCUGGAUCUGCUGAAACUUCAGCAAAGCUAUUUGUUGAAGCUCGUGUCAUUGAGUUCACCAAGCAUAUCAAAGACAUUAAAGUUACUGAAAAGAAGAAGGCUAUUUUUGAAUGUGAGCUUUCCGAACCCAAUGUCCAAGUAACAUGGAUGAAGGAUGGUCAGGAACUUGAAUUAACCGAAAGACACAAAGUCUCCACAGAAAGACAUAUACAUCGUCUGAUGAUCCAAACUGUCCGUAUGUCUGAUGCCGGCGAAUACUCUGUGGUAGCUGGGUCUAGCGUAUCAAAGGCCUAUCUCACUGUUGAGGGCAAGGAUGUGCGUAUUAGUGAACCCGUGGAGAAGGAAAUCACUGUGCUUGAGAAACAACGAGCUACAUUUGAGUUCGAGGUCAAUGAAGACGACAUUGAGGGACGCUGGCUGAGAAAUGGAGUUGAGAUUCAAUUUACUGUAGAUCAGCGUUUCAACUACGUGAUAAUUAGGAAAGUUCAUCGUCUGACAAUCACAGAGACCUACAGGAGCGAUGCAGGGGAAUACACAUUCAUUGCAGGAAAGAACAGAAGUGUGAUGACCUUGCAUGUCAAUAUCCCUGAGCCUCCUCAGAUAAUCAGGCACAUGCAGCCUCUGUCUGUUGAGUCUGGAAAACCUGCACGUUUCUACGUGGAGGUGACUGGAAUCCCUCAGCCUCAGGUAUCCUGGUACAAGAACUCUCAGGCCCUGUCCUCUGGGUUCAAGUGCAAGUUCCUGAGGGAGGCCAAUGAACACACAUUGCUCCUCAUUGAGGUUUUCCCAGAAGACGCAGCGCAGUACAACUGUGAAGCCAAGAAUGACUAUGGAGUAGCCACAAGCUCUGCUACACUUGAUGUGGAAGUUCCAGAAGUGGUUUCUCCUGACACCGGAGCCCCCCUGUCGCCACCUGUGGUGAUAUCACCAAUACACAACACUUCUGCCAAUGAAGGACAAUCUGCCAGGUUCAAGUGUCGAGUCUCAGGAGAAGAUCUGACAAUUACUUGGUAUUGCAAAGACAAGGAAAUCAAGCAGUCGGACAUAUUCAGAGUGUCUCAGUUCGAUGAAAACUGUCAGCUGGAGAUUGCCAGAGUUCAUACCGAGGAUGAGGGCGAGUACACGUGUGUUGCUCGUAACUCUGCGGGAAUGGUCUCAUGCUCAGCUGUACUGAAAGUGGAUGGACUAACAAUUGCAGACUAUGCAUCUGAAUCGCAGUCACAAGCGUCAUCCAGUCUCUUCACAAGAAUUAAAUCUGUUGAGAAGGAACCUCCUGGCCAAAGACCCGCUUUCGUUCAGCCUAUCGUGAGCUGCGAGGUGGCUCACGGAGAAGUGGCCAGAUUUCAUGCUCGUGUGUCUGGCAUGUCAAAACCAGAGAUCAGUUGGUUCCAUGACCAACAGCCUAUAAAGCCUUCCAAAAAUGUUGUCUUUCAUUUUGAUGAGAUGACAAACACUGCUACGCUAAUCAUAGUCGAUGCUUUCUCUGAGCAUGCUGGACAGUACACUUGCAAAGCAGUCAAUAUCGCAGGAGAGGCAGCUUGCUCAGCCAGUCUUGCUGUAACCGAAGAAGUUGCAAAAAUACGAGAGGAGAUUGAAGCAAAAAUUGAGGAAGAGGUUAAAGAAUUUUCUAGUUUGACUGUGAAGACCGAAGAAGAGGAUGAAACCUACAGCACAUCACUGCAAUUACCUGAAAAAUCUAAAACACUUGAACUCAAGCCAGAGCAAAAGCGUUUUUCUAGUUCGUUAGAGAGAAAAAAGGAAAAACCUGUGUUUGAAUCCAAGCUUAUGCCUGCUGAAGUUACUGUUGGAGACUCUGUCAGGUUUACUGUCACAGUGUCUGGUUUUCCAAAGCCGAAGGUUCAGUGGUUCCACAAUGGUAGGGCUGUUACUUCUUCGUCAGUGUAUAAGUUCGUUGAAGAAAGAAGUGAGUACACUUUAAUAAUAACUGAAGUCAAGAAGGAGUAUGAGGGUGAAUAUUCCUGUACUGCCAGUAAUAGAUUUGGCCAAACAACCUGCAAGACAUUAUUAAAGAUACAAUUAAGUCAUUUAUCAGAAGCAGAGAAAUGGGUGGAACAAAUGUUUAAAAUACCCGGAGAACCACCACGCUUUACCACACAAAUUCAGCCUGUGCAAUGUGUAGAGGGCAGUGAGGUGAAAUUUCAGUAUAAAGUUUCAGGAGCUCCAGUUCCUGGUGUUCAGUGGUUUAAGGGUAAUCAUCAAAUAAAAUCAAGCCAGAACUGCACAGUUGUAAGUAACCUAGAUGGCUCUGGCUUCCUUGUCAUGAGUGACAUCCAGCAAAAAGAUAGUGGUCUUUACACAUGCAAAGCUGCCAAUACCUUCGGGGAGGCCAGCUGCAGUGCUGAGUUGGUUGUAUUCCACAAAAAAGUAUCUGUAUUUCAUCAACAGCAGUUAGUUCAGGAGCAGAAACGUUAUAAGGUGUCCAUGACUGAGCAAGCCACUGAAUCCCGUUUGUAUAGCGUUAGCCUUCCCGGGCAGGCAGGUGCAAGCCUACAGGGAGAGCAGCAGGUAAUUUACACCAUUGGUACAGAAGACAGGCAAACUAUAGAAAGUGAGCACGUUGACACUCUGCACGACUUGGAUAUUUCUGCUGCAACUGUGCACAAGGAGCAGGUAACUCAUCAAGCUGCAGUCUUACAGUCACAUGAAGUACAUGAAGGUAUAAUUUCUGCUUCAUCCCAGCCAGAGCCAGUAGUAGCAACCCCCUUGAAACAGCUCCAUAUGGCUGCCAUGACCUCAGCAGUUCAGGAAAGUCAAGGCUUCACAGAACAGCACUUUGAUCGUAUCAAAAGUCCAGAGGUAACGGAGCUUGAAAUUGCAAAGGAGCGUCCCUCACAGCUGAUGUCUGCCAUAACUGAGAGUUUGACUUCACUGACCAUUGUAAAAGCUGAGCCAUUAUUAAGCAGCGAAGGAGAACAGAUCAAGCCAGCCCCUGAGCCCAAGUAUCCAAUAUCAAGUCACCAAGUUGAGACAAAACUUCCAAUUGUUAAAGAACAUUCACAGAUUAUACUACAUACACAGCAGGAGAAGGGAUACCAAGUGAAAGAGGGAGUUAAAAUUCUUUACAGUGCAGUUUCAACUGAAAAACAACAAUUCACAGACGGACACUCUAAAGAACUUUCAUUACAAGACAAGAGUUUUCAGUCAUCCGUAAAGAGGGAAUCUUCAAAACCAGUUAUCCUUUCAGUUAAUGAGACUACUCAAACCUUAUCAAAGGAACAGAGGUUAUCUAUGCUCAAGCCUGCUGAGGAGACUGCAUCUCUUGUUAAAGACAGUGUGUUAAAAUCAGCUCUUGUUGCAGAGGAAAUAAAUCAACUUCAAGCUGAUAAAUCAAGUUCGAUCCCAGGUUUAGACAGUGCAAUUUCAGUGCAGUCCCAGACAGAACAGAAACAAGUUCUGCAUUUGCAGGUCUUUACAGAUCAGGAUAGUCUUCUGAACGAAGGUAGAUUCAGCAGCGAGAAGCCCUGCCCAGAGAAAGCAACUGCUCAAAAAAUCCCAAUUCUUAAGCAUACAGUCUCAGCAGACGAACAGCAAUCUGUGAUGUGUGAAGAAACAUAUCAGUUAUCAGCAAGAGAAACCGAACUUAACAUACAACCCUGUAAGGAAUCUUCUGCUUCUUUGCAUCUUCAGGCAGUCCAUUUAGAAAAUACAUUAUCUAAAGAAGGUAUAAUCUCAAUGGAGAUGCCAAAACAGCAGGUGGCGGUGCAGAGACAGGAAAAAGCCCGCCAACAUGUUGCAAGCACAGAGGAGAAAAGGGAGCAUACAGCAGAUUAUUGUACAGAUCUUGAUUUGUCUGUAACAGGUGUCCAGUCUGAGAUAAGAAAAGAACCUAAACCCAAAAGUAUUCUUCAAGUAUUCUCAGAAACGGUGCAAUUACCGAAGGAAGCUCCAUUUGUGAGUGAUGUUAAACAACAGCGUGCCUUAGUUCAGAAAGAAGAUCGCUGGAAUAUCAUUCAUGUGCCAUCUGUGUCAGAAAGUCAAGAUAUCGAGGAAGGACAUACAGAAAGCAUAGCCACAAUUGAGAAAUAUGUUUCUGAAACUAAAGUUGAACCCAAAAUUCCAUCUGAAUUAAUUUAUAUUGAAGAAAAAGAAAUCUCAACUGAGAGUAGUAUUGUACUUGAGGCCACAGAGCAAGAUUUUGCAGUCCAAAUUCAUGAAGGACAGUCUGUUAGACAGUCAGUUUUAAUGGAAGAAAAGCAUGUAAUCAAAGGUGAGCUAUCUCAAGACAUUACAAAAUCUGAAACAACCACAGCAACUGUCACUAAACAGAGCAGGGGGUCCUAUAAAGUAUCAGAAUCAAGAGAGAGCCAAACACUACCCAAAGAGCUCACUUUUGUUAUUCCAGCUCCAAAACCACACACUUUGGACAUUAAGCAUCAGUUAAAAGAUGCACUUGCAACUGCUGUGGCAUCUGACCAACCCUUGAUCUUGGCAGAUGUGGUGGAGAGUUUAGGAUCAGUAGAAGUUCUUGAGGUAAAAGAAAGGAGAGAACCCAAAUAUCUCAUGUUCACAUAUCUUGUUACAAGCGCAAGUGCCCCACUUGAAAUUACAAUUGCCUUUGAAGGAGAGUAUCCACAGACUGCUGAUCUUAAGAGUGAACUUCAAGCUGCUCUCAACUCCAUUGUCUAUAGGGAACAGGAGGUUCUGACCUCUGAGCAGCCAGGCACUAUGCAAAUUGACAGGCCUCAAAGAUUACAGGUUAGUCAGGCUUCUUCAAAAGAACGUCUUUCACCUGUGGUGGAGGUGGUAAGGUUGACAGAAAAUGUAGAGCCUUUCACAUCACCAAAGUCUCAAUCUGCAGCUCUGAAGACUGAGGCCAAAACCUCUUUCCAGUCUGUAACAGCAGAUGAGCAAAGUGUUAGGCAGCAGUCAACAAUUCAUGUGGCAAGUAAAACCAAAAUUGAGGUCCAACAGUCUAUCCACGUUGAGCAACGAGAAACCAGAUCUGUGACAGUAAAAAGACAUGAGAGAGAUGUAGGGGCUGCAAGUAAGACAACUGAAUUGGUCUUGGGGCCAGCUCCAACUGAACAAUCUACUAUCUUUCUUCGGACAGAGGAAAGGGAGGAAUAUAUAUCUGAAGCAAUUAUGAAGCUAGAAAAAGAAGAAGUUAGAGAAGAGUACCCCAUCUUUGAGAGUAAUUUGGAAGAUAUUGUAAUAGAAGAACAUUCUGAGGCCAAAUUUACAUUGACAAUAAGACACGUAAAGAAAGUGAAUUGGCUGUUCAAUGGAAAAUCAAUUAAAUCUGGCAAAGAGUUCAAGUGUUCCAAAGACCAUGACACUUAUACAUUAGUAAUCAGCAAAGUUAUGAAGGAUCAUCAAGGAGAAUAUACUUGUGAGGCUGUAGGAGAAGCUGGCAAAUCUUCAACAUCCUCCCAACUCACAGUGGUCCCAAGAGUGCCACCUGUUUUCAGGCAGAAAAUCCAAAAUCUGGAAGCUGGUGUUGGCAGCUCUGCAAGGUUUCAGUGUGAGAUCGACGAGGCUCCAGGCGUGACCUUCAAGUGGUUCAAAUUUAGUUCUGAGAUUAGACAUGGUGACAAAUACCGGAUUAUCAACUAUUCUCACACUUCAUCUCUGGAGCUCCUGAGCCCAUCAGUGGCGGACAGUGGAGAAUUUUCUUGCAAAGCAACAAACCGCCAUGGAACUGACAGCUGCUCUGCUAAACUAAGUGUAACAGAGGUAUUCCCACCAGAGUUUGUAUCAAAGCCCGAUUCGAUGACUUUAUAUGUGGGCAAGCAAGCGAAAUUUCAGUGUGUUAUUUCAGGUUCCGAUCCCAUUACCAUUGUCUGGCACAAAGACAAUAUUGCCAUUUCACUGGAUGAUCACUACAAAACAUCCUCUGAUAAAAAUAAGUAUUUUCUUGAAAUCUUGAAUCUACAUCAGAGUGAUCAGGGAACAUACCUUUGCAAAGCUUCCAACAGUGUUGGUACAGCUACUUGCUGCACUGAACUUAGGGUUGUAGACAAACCCAGCUUUGUGAAGAGUUUUCAGGCAACCGCUGCAGCUGUGGGAAACCCGUUACGCCUAGAGUGUCAUGUAGAUGAAGACACUGGCGUAGCUGUCAUUUGGAUGAGAGAUGGCAAAAAACUCCAUAAUACAAUGGAUUGUAAACUAUCUUUUGAGGAAAAAAUGGCCAUUCUUGAGAUUCCAAAGGCCAAACUGAAAGACACAGGUGCAUAUACCUGUACUGCUGCAAAUGAUGCUGGAAGCAGCAGUUGCUCUUCUGUUGUAACAGUGCAAGAACCCCCAGCCUUUGUUAAAAAACUGGAGCCUAAGAUCUUAUGGAAGAAAGGAAUGUCAGCACGUCUGUCCUGCACAGUUAAAGGAUCGCCUGAACUUCACGUGACUUGGUUUUUGAAUGACAAGCCACUUAGUUCUUCAGAAAAACACAAAAUUACUUUCAAAGGCUGUCAGGCCACUCUUGAGAUUACAGACUUGUCAGAGUCUGAUGGUGGAAAUUACACUUGUGAAGUCAUGAAUGAGGCAGGCUGUGAAAGUUGUAGCAGCCAAGUUACUGUAAAAGAACCUCCUGCCUUUAAAAAGGAGUUGAAAAUGGUGGAGGUUGUCAAAGGGUGCACAGCCCUUCUUGAAUGUGAAGUCACAGGAACUGCUCCAUUUGAAGUGAUCUGGUUAAAGAGUAAAAAACCAGUCUCCACUGAUAAUAAGUACAAUGUUGUGUCAAAAGACACAGUUGCAUAUUUGGAAAUAAAAUCAUUUGAAAGUGCAGAUGUUGGAGAUUACCAGUGCAGCAUUUCCAAUGAUGUUGGUAAAAUUAUUACAAAAGCAGUAGCCAAAUUGAAAGAACCACCAUCUUUUGUAAAGAAAAUUGAGAACACAACUGCAGUUUUAGGCAGCGCUGUAAAACUACAGGGAUCUCUUAAGGGUUCUGCACCUAUUGCAGUUCAAUGGUUCAAGGACUCUGAGAUACUAAGAAAUGAUGAUCCUAAUGCUACCACAUCUUUUGAAAACAACACUGUUAUUUUGGCAAUAGCAAAUGGCAUAAAUCAUGGUGGAAAAUAUACUUGUCAAGCUGAAAACGAGGCUGGAAAACAAAAAUGCGACGCCAACAUAUCAGUUCAAGAACCAGCUAGGUUUGUUGAGAAACCUCCAUCCAUCAGCGUGACAGUAGGGGACACUGCGACUCUGGAGUGCACUGUUGCAGGAAGUCCAGAUAUCAAAUUAAAAUGGUUUAAAGAAGGCAAAGAGGUAACAGGGAGCCGAAAAUACAAAAUUUCUUUUAAAGAAAAUGUAGCAGUGCUCAAAGUCCUCUCGGCAGACAAGGGAGAUAACUGUGAAUACACCAUUGAAGUUUCAAAUCGGGUUGGAAAGGAGCGAUGCUCUUGCUCAAUCAAUGUUCUUGAGCCCCCAGUCUUCACUUUAAAACUUCAAUCCCAAGAUGUUGUACCAGGAUCUACUGUUGUCCUGAAAGCUGCUUUUGCUGGGACAGCACCUUUUAUUAUUAAAUGGUUCAAAGAAGACAAAGAAAUGUUAACUGGAGGAACUUGUUUCAUCAAGAAAGAAACCAGCUCAAGUUCACUGGAGCUACAUUCUGUGAAGCCAUCUCAUUCUGGAGAAUACACAUGCCAGGUGUCUAAUGAUGCUGGAAAGGUGUCAUGCACCGCUACCUUAUUUGUGAAAGAACCUCCAAAAUUUGUGAUGAAGCUUGACUUAACUAAACUUCUAUUAAGUGGGAGUCUUGCAACUUUAGAAUGUAAAGUCACUGGCAGCCCAGAGAUCAGUAUUAGAUGGUAUAAGAAUGAGACUGAACUCACCUCAAAUGUCAAAUACCAAAUGACCUUCAUCGACUCAGUUGCUACUCUAAAUAUUGAAAAUUGCUUUGUGGAAGACAGUGGAGAUUAUAUUUGCCAAGCGUCAAGUGAAGCUGGCAUUGAUAGAUGUAGUUGCCUGGUAACAGUCAAAGAACCUCCUGCAUUUGUGAAACCCUUUGAAUCAAAAGAAAUUGUUAAAGGCACAGAUGUUGUGCUUGAAGGAACUUUGUCAGGCUCAACUCCCUUUGAUAUAUCCUGUUUCAAAGACUCAAAGCAGAUUCGAAAUGAUAGGAGGCACAUCAUAAGCCUGACAGAUGAUUUAGCAAAAAUUCAGAUUCUGAAAUUUGAACCUGGAGAUGCUGGCAAAUAUCAGUGCACUGUAGCCAAUGAAGUAGGGCAAACGUCAUGUGAUUUUCAGGUUGCGAUGAAAGAGCCACCAUCAUUUGUUCAGAAGAUGGAUAAUACAAAUGUGGUUCUUGGCGGAGACGUUUCCUUGCAGUGUGUUCUGAAAGGGUCAUUGCCUAUGACCGUCUCUUGGAUGAUAGAUGACCACGAGAUCAAAGAAUCUGAGCAUGUUCAGAUAUCUUUUGAGAACCUCACCGCAGUGGUACACAUUUCUAGCGUACAGCUAAAACAUGGUGGAAAGUAUACUUGCCAUGCUCAGAAUGAAGCUGGUAGUCAGAAAUGUACAGCAGUACUGGGGGUAAAAGAGCCUGCAAACAUCACAGAGCAAGCAAAGUCUACCAGUGUCACAGUAGGUGAUCCUGCAACCCUAGAGUGCAGGUACUCUGGUUCCAAAGUUCUUAAAGCAAAAUGGCUAAAGGAUGGAAAGGAGUUGAUAUCAGGCAAAAAAUACAAAGUACAGAGUACUCAUACAAGUUCUACAUUAAAAAUCUUGUCUUCAGAAAUGAAUGAUGCUGGAGAAUAUACAUUUGAGGUUUCAAAUGAUGCUGGAAGCAGCACUUGUGAGGCUGUUGUGACUGUUUUAGAUCAAAUAAUCAAGCCUUCUUUCACAAGGAAAUUGAAGGCAGUAGAAAGCAUUAAAGGAUCAUUUACACAGCUGGAGUGUCUGGUCUCUGGAUCUCUUCCCAUAACUGUUGCUUGGUUCAAGGAAAAUAAGGAGUUACAGUCUGAUGAGAAGCACAAAUGCAUUUAUUUUGAGAAUGCAGCCUCUCUGGAAAUCAGUCGUCUUGAUAGCGCAGACAGUGGAAGUUAUACUUGCAUUGCUAAAAACCAAGCAGGCACUGCCCAAUGUUCUGGAACGCUGAAUGUUAAAGAACCUCCUUCAAUAAUUGAGAGGCCUGAAUCACAGGAUGUUAUACCCGGAUCCAAAGUGGAGUUUAAUGUGCUUAUUUCUGGAACGCCACCCCUGACCAUUAAGUGGUUCAAAAACAAGAGAGAAGUUUCUUCAGGGGUUGACUGUUCAGUUAUGAAAACAGACUCUUCCAGCUCGCUUAAGCUCUUCUUCGCUAAGCCUUCAGACUCUGGAGAGUAUGUCUGUGAAAUAAGUAAUGAUGUUGGAUCAGAUGUUUGCCAGGCAACGCUCUUUGUAAAAGAACCCCCCAAAUUUACCCGCAAACCGGAAAAAAUAUCAGUGGUCAAACCUGGUCAAUUAGUAGUUUUUGAAUGUCAGGUUACGGGUACUCCGGAAAUAGAUAUGUACUGGUUCAGAGAUGGAAAUGAAAUCAGUCAGAGUGACAAGCAUCAAAUUACUUUUAUUGAUUCUGUGGCACGACUUGAGAUGAGAAACAGCGAUAUCAAAGACAGUGGAGUGUACUAUUGUGAAGCCCGCAAUGAAGCAGGGAGUGAGAGCUGUAUUAUGGAGCUAAGAGUCAAAGAGCCACCAACGUUUGUGAAGUUGUUAAGUCCUCUUGAGGUUGUGAAUGGCUCCAAUGCAUAUUUUGAAUGUCAGGUGAAAGGCACAGCUCCUUUUGAGGUUACCUGGCAAAAGGAUUCAAAUGAAAUUAAAUUGAGCCUCAAGCAUGUCAUCAUGCAGAAAAAUGGCUCUAUAAUGACACUUGAUGUGCAGAAAUGUGAUACUUUAGAUGUUGGAGAAUAUCAGUGCAUUGUUGCAAAUGAAGUUGGGAGUUGUUCAAGUCAGACUACGCUAAGCAUUAAAGAGCCCCCAUCAUUUUUGGAAAGGAUUGAGAACGUUGUCACAGUUCUCGGAAAAGUGGCAGAGUUUAAAUGUGUUGUGAGAGGUUCACCGCCUCUGUCCAUACAAUGGCAGAAAGAUGAAAACUGGAUCAUGGAGGAUCCUAAAAUUGAGAGGACCUUUGAGAACAAUAUUGCCACCUUAAAAAUCCCUGUGUGCGAGUCCAGCCACAGUGGAAGAUACACCUGUCAGGCUGUGAAUGAGGCAGGGCAAGAGAAGUGUUUUGCCACCCUUCUAGUGCAAGAGCCUCCUCAGAUAAUUGAGAAACCAGAAGUGAUUAAUGUCACUGUUGGAGAUCCGAUCACUUUUGAGUGCAAAGUCACCGGCUCUCCUGAGCUGAAAAUGAAAUGGAGUAAAGAUGGCAAAGAAGUGAUACCAUCAAGACAACACAGCCUCAGCUUUGUCAACAAUGUUAGCCAACUUAAAAUUCAGUCUGUCCAGUUGGAGGAUAAAGGAUCAUAUGAGUUUGAGGUUUCCAAUCAGAUCAGUGCCUGCCAAUGCAAAGUGACUUUAAAUGUCCUAGAGCAAACAAUUCCCCCAUCCUUCAUCAAACCUUUGGUGGAGAUGGAGGAAAUUUUAGGCACAAAUGUUCAAAUUGGAUGCAAAAUAUCAGGCUCGCUUCCCAUAACUGUUGAGUGGGUAAAGGAUGGAACUAAACUGUCUGGAAGAACCAAGCAUAAACUGCUUCAAGAUGAAAACAGUGUGUCUUUGGAGAUUGAAUGUUUAGAGAAAGCUGACACUGGAACGUACUCUUGUAAACUGACAAACAAAGCAGGCAGUUGUGAAUGCAGUGGUACACUGAGGGUGAAAGAACCACAGGCUGUCAUACCAAAUACCACUGUACGCUUUAAGAGUACAUUUAAGGGAACGCCUCCCUUCACUGUGAAAUGGUUCAAAGAUGACACUGAGCUGAUCUGUGGACCGUCCUGUUUUAUCGGUCUGGAAGGCCUGUCGUGCUUCCUAGAUCUCUUUGCCAUCGGAAUUUCGCACAGCGGAACUUACUCUUGCCAAAUCAGCAAUGAUGCUGAACCUCCAGAGUUUGUACAGAAACUUCCAGCUGCAAAAGUAAUAAAGAUGGGGGAGCCACUCCAGCUUGAAUGCAAAGUAACCGGCACAGCUCCUCUGAAAAUCAGCUGGUUCAAAAAUGAUGCCGUGCUCAGCGAUGGUGCCAACUUGAGAAUGACCUUUGAUGGCUCUGUGGCGAUCCUUGAAAUUUUCAAGUGCAGCUUUGAGGAUAGUGGGGUCUACACCUGUGAAGCCCAGAAUGAUGCUGGAACAAAGAGCUGUAGUACCACAUUCACAGUUAAAGAACCACCAGUUUUCCAUAAAAUGCCAACGCCAGUUGAGGGGCUGAAGGGCAAAGAUGCCAGUCUUACCUGUGAGCUGAAAGGCUCGGUGCCUUAUGAAAUAACUUGGUUUAAAGAUAAAAAGCAGCUUAAAGAAAGUAGGAAGUACAAGUUUGUCUCUGAGGGAGGUUCUUCAACGCUUCACAUUCUUGGACUAGAGGCAUCAGAUGCAGGGGAAUAUGAGUGCAAAGCAUCAAAUAACAUAGGAACUGAUGUCUGCCAGGGCACAGUAAAGCUAAGAGAACCACCAGCCUUUGUGAAGAAAAUAUCAAAUACAACAGCCAUCUCUGGUGAGGAGGUGGUUUUGUUGGCUACAGUCAAAGGCUCUCAGCCUAUGUCAGUCUCUUGGGUUCAGGAUAAAGAUCACAUACUUCGAGAUGGUGACAACAGGAAAAUUACAUUUGAAAAUAAUCAGAUCACCCUGAGGAUUUUUAAGUCUGAUGCUACCACAGCCGGGAAAUAUACAUGCCAAAUUAAAAAUGAUGCUGGUGUGGCAGAAUGCACAGCCAACCUAACCGUCCUAGAACCUGCAGCAAUUGUGGAUAAAACUGAAUCAAUCAGUGUUACAGCGGGUGACUCUGCAACCUUUGAGUGCACUGUAUCUGGAACACCAGAGCUUAAACCAAAGUGGUACAAGGAUGGUGUGGAGCUGUCUUCGGGCAGGAAAUAUAAAAUCACAUUCUCAAAAAUGAUCUCCAGUCUUAAGUUCUUGUCAACAGAAAGAAGUGAUUCUGGGGAAUACACAUUUGAUAUUAAGAAUGAAGUUGGCAGUGAUAGCUGUAAAUUGCAACUAACUGUUUGGGACAAAACUGUCCCUCCUUCCUUCUCACGAAAGCUGAAAGACACACAGAAUAUUGUUGGCAAAGCAGUUGAAAUGGACUGUAAAGCCUCAGGUUCAGCGCCUCUCACCAUCUCCUGGUACCAUAAUGGAGAGGAGCUCAAAAGUGGGCCGAAUUAUGAGAUUACUAUUGCAGAGAACACCUGCACGCUGAAAGUGCCGACUUUGAAACUUUCAGACGCGGGCACGUACAAAUGUAAAGCUGUAAACAGUGCGGGGACUGCAGAAACAUCUGCUUCCUUAGUUGUUAAAGAACCUCCUUCUUUUGUGACCACACCUCAACCGAUAGAAGCACUGCCAGAUACAAAUGUGACUUUUACAGCAACCGUGGCAGGUAGUGCCCCAAUAAAAUUGAAAUGGUUCAGAGGCAGUACAGAAAUAGUGCCCGGUAGAGGCUGUGAGAUUGCUCUAAGAGGAGAUAAUGCAACCCUAGAGCUCUACAACAUUGACAAAUCUCAUGCUGGCGAGUACACUUGCCAGAUCAUUAAUGAUGCUGGAAAGGAAAAUUGCCCCGUGAACCUGUUUGUUAAAGAGGCUGCGCACUUUGUCAAGAAGCUAAAGAACGCCUCUGUUGAAAUGGGCAAAUCGCUCGUACUCGAAUGCACGUAUGCGGGAAGCCCAAAGAUUCUUGUGAAAUGGCACAAAGACAGCCAGGAGAUUUACUCUUCUUACAAGUAUAACAUUACAACCACUGAGAGCUCCUGCAUCCUGGAGUGCCUAAACAGUGACAAAGAGGCUGCUGGGAAAUACACUUGUGAGGUUUCCAACGAUGCUGGACACGACACUUGCGAUGCCGCAGUGUCCAUUUUAGAACCACCUUUCUUUACUGAGCGCUUGGAGCCUAUGGAUGUUACUAUGGGCGAUGCAGUAUGUCUGAAAUGCCAGAUCGAUGGCACUCCUGAAAUUAAAGUGUCCUGGUUUAAGGCAGAUGGCAAAGUGCGAUCUUCUCCGACUUGCAAGAUGGAGUUUUCAAAAGGCACUGCUUGCUUAAAACUAGCUAAAGUUACAAAAGCUGAUGUUGGCGAAUACACUUGCAAGGCAGAAAACAGCAUAGGAUCUGCCUCUUCCAGCUGCCUCAUAACUGUACAAGAUGUAAAAACACCACCAUCUUUCCCUAAAAAAAUUACUAGCAUUACUCAAACCGAAGGACAGCCUGUCCAGUUUGAAUGUCGCGUAGCAGGAUCUUCUCCUAUGGAAGUAUCUUGGCUCAAAGACGGUGAACCUCUUAGGAUUGAUUCAGAAUACACAAUGAUUUUUGAUGAUAACUCUGCUGUCCUAAAGUUAGCCAAGGGUGAAAUGAGACAUUCCGGAGAAUACACUUGCGUUGCAACCAACAGUGUUGGAACUGCAUCUUGCAGAGCCAAGCUUACGCUUCAAGAGCCAAGAUAUCCACCUGUAUUUGAUAGAAAGCUAAUGCCGGUGGAGGUCUCGGUGGGAGAUUCUGUAGAACUGGAGUGCCACAUGACAGGAUCAUUGCCAAUAAAAGUCACUUGGUCCAAGGAUCACAAAGACAUCCGCACUGGGGGAAAUUAUAAGAUAUCGUGUGUGGAAAAUACAGCUCAUUUGACAAUUUUGAAGACUGAUAAGGCGGACUCAGGCCGUUACUCUUGCCAUGCUAGUAAUGAUAUUGGGAAGGACUCUUGUUCCACAGAGGUGUCUGUGAAAGAGCGCACAGUUCCGCCCACUUUUACCAAAAAGCCUUCAGCUGUUGAGGACACUGAGGGCAAAUUGGUAAAGCUGGAGGGUCGGAUAUCUGGAUCACAGCCUCUGACUGUGAACUGGUAUAAGGAUGGCACUGAAAUCUUCUCCUCAGACAGUUAUGAUAUUUCCUUCAAGACCAGUGUGGCAAUGUUGUGCAUCAAGAAAUCUCAACUGUCUGAUAGUGGCACGUAUACGUGCAAAGUGACCAAUGAAGCAGGAACAGCCUCUUGUGAAGUAUCUGUUCACAUUACAGCACAAAAGGUACCACCAAGCUUUGAUGUACCUCUAAAACCAGUCACUAUGACUGACGGUGAGCCGCUCACCCUCAGCUGCCAUGUACGUGGAUCACCUCCGUUUAAGAUUCAAUGGCUGAAAGACAGGCGAGAACUUUCUUCAUCACCAAGCACUAAGAUCAUAUUUGUUGAUGGCACAGCCACAUUGGAGAUGGUCAGUGUGUCUAAGAAAGAUGCAGGCGAUUAUCUAUGCAAGGCGACCAAUGAUAUUGGUAAGAAAACAGGAGCACCUCCACCAGCCCAGGCAGUGCCGUCACCACCACAAGCAGUUAAAAAACUGGACAACUUGUUCUUCAUUGAAGAGCCUAAGGGCGUUCAUAUCGUUGAGAAGGGCACAGCUACCUUCAUUGCUAAAGUUGGUGGGGAUCCCAUUCCCAACGUGAAAUGGAUGAAGGGCAAAUGGAGGCAGAUGACUCACGGUGGUCGCAUCAACAUUGAACAAAAGGGCCAAGAGGCCAAGCUGCAAAUUAAAGAGGUGACCAAAUCUGACUCUGGUCAGUAUAGAUGCGUUGCUUCAAACACACAUGGAGAAAUUGAGUGCAACACCGAUCUGACGGUGGAAGGGAAGAAAGAUUCUGGACCGGAGGUGGUCAAACUCAAGAAGACUCCAUCAAAGCAGAAAAGUCCUAAAGAGGAGAAGGAAAUUGACAUUGUUGAGUUGCUUAGAAACGUUGAUCCCAAAGAGUAUGAGAAAUACGCUCGCAUGUAUGGAAUCACAGACUACAGAGGCAUCCUUCAAGCCAUUGAGAUAUUGAAGAGGGAAAAAGAACAAGAAAGUGGAAGACCGGAAGUGGAACAUGCUGGAAGAGAAUCUGAGGAGGAUUUGGCCAAACUUGUUUCUGAUUUGCAAAAGAGAAUGGAACAAACUGAGCCUGUCACUCUGGUGCGUGAUAUCACAGACCGUACGACGACCAUUCAGAGGGAUGCUGUAUUUGAAUGCGAGAUCAAAAUUAACUAUCCUGAAAUCACACUGACCUGGUAUAAGGGAACCCAGAAACUUGACAGCGGCGACAAGUACGAAAUCAAAAUUGUGGGUGAUCGUCAUACCCUAAAGAUCAAAGAUUGCCAGACCAGAGAUCAAGGCAAUUACCGAAUUGUGUGUGGCCCACAUAUCUCUAGUGCCAAACUGACAGUCCUGGAGGCUGAAGUUGAAGAGCAUUUGCAGGAUGUGGCUGGUAAGGAAGGCCAAACUAGUACACUGACAUGCCAAUUCUCUGUACCUAAUGUAAAAACCCAGUGGUUUAGAAAUGGGAAGCGUUUAGAGCCUCAUGGCAGAUAUACAUUUGCUGUGGCCGGUUAUACUCAGAAUCUCUCAAUCAAAGAUGUUAAACCGGAAGACCAAGGAGAAUAUACCUGCAAAUAUAACAAUCUUGAAACAACUGCAAAUCUUUGGGUUGAAGCUGAGCAAAUACAUUUCACUAAACGCAUCCAGAACAUUGUGGUGGGAGAACAUCAAUCCGCCACAUUUGAGUGUGAAGUGUCUUUUGACAAUGCUAUCGUAACAUGGUACAAGGACACGUGGGAGCUUAAAGAUAGCCCAAAGUAUACCUUCCGAAGUGAAGGACGACGCCACUUCAUGAUCAUCUGCAACGUAACUUCCGAGGAUGAAGGCGUGUACUCGGUCAUUGUAAGAUUGGAGCCAAGGGGUGAAGCUAAAAGCACAGCUGAACUUUAUUUGUCAGGCAAAGUUCCAAGGAUCCCAAUUGAAGAGGCUGUUGAUAGAAAAACACUAGCAAUGAGAGAAGGUGCUCCAACUAAAGAUUUCAAAGAGCCUGAACCGAAACCUUCUCCAGCUGUGGAGCAAAAACCUUUUGAAGUCAAAGUGCCUGUGGAAGAAAUUGUUACCGCAGUAACAGUGCCAGCGCCAAAGAAACCCACACCUAAAGAAGUGCCUCAGGCAACUGCUCCUGUGGCUCCUGAAGUUAAACCUCAAGUACCUACACCUAAAAUGGAAACGGUACCUGAGCCUAAACCUGAUCUUAAGCCUGAGCCUAAACCUGAUCUUAAGCCUGAGCCUAAACCCGAGCCUAAACCUACACCCACGAAGAAAGCAGAGUCACGUCCAGCCAAAGUUCUUGUGGAGGAAAAGAAACCAAAACCAACAAAGCAAGAACCAUCUAAGACAGUGCCGCCUAAACCUGAUCAAAUAAUUGAGGCUCCAAAGGAAGAAGUCCAAAAGAAAGUACCAGAACCUUCUAAGAAACCAGAGGCACCUUCAAUACCGGCUGCACAGAGAGGAUUUGUGAUUGAAGAAACAAUUCAUGAGAAACCAUCUGCAGCUGUUAGCACAUUCGAAGAGGUCGAAGUACUUGAAAAAAGAGAGACUGUUGUUAUUCUUAAAAAAGAAGAAAUUGCAGAUGCACUGCCAAAAGAAGAUAUAGUUCAUUUGUCUAAAAAGAAGGUAAUUUUACCUCAAAAGAAGGAUAGUGUAGCUCAAAAGAAAGAAAUCGUUCCUUCACCGACCCCAGAAGAAGUAGUUUCACUUAAACGAAAGCAGACUGUCAGUACUUCUAAAACGGAAGAAACUGUGCUACAGAGGAAAGAAAUAACUCUCACACAAACAUUAGAGGGCAAAGAAGAAAGUAUACUUAAAAGAUUGGAAGUUAUUGCUGUUCCUGAUACGGAAGAAAUCGCACAAAUAAAGAAGAAAAUGUCCCAAACAGUCAGACUAGAGGGCAAAGAAGAUCUUUUCUCUAAGAAGGAUUCCAUUACAGUUUUUAAAACAGAAGAACAUGUCUCCGAGAAGAAAAUGGUCAUUUCUGAGCCUGAACCAGAGAAAAAAGAAGAUUUUCAGCUAAAAAAGAAGGAAGUUCUAGCGGUUGCUAAAAAAGAAGAGGUUCUUAAGAAAGCGGUGGUUGUUCCUUAUAAAAAGGAUGAAGAAGUUGUGCCUCUGAGGAAAGAGGUUCCUCGUCCUCCUAAAGAGGAGGAAAUUAAAUCUCAAAAGAAGGACGUUCCUCAUCCUCCUAAAAAGGAGGAAGAAAUUUUGCCUCAGAAGAAAGAGGUUCCUCGGCCUGCUAAAAUGGAGGAGGAAAUUGUGCCUCGGAAGAAAGUGGUUCCACGUCCUCCUAAAAAGGAAGAAGACAUUAUGCGCCAAAUGAGAGAGGUUUCUCUUCCUCCUAAAAAAGAUGAAGAAAUAGUGUCUGAAAAGAAGGAGAUGGCCCCUGCUAAAGAAGAACCGUCCAAGAAACCAAAUGUCCCUUCAUUACCGGCUACACAGAGAGAAGAUGUGAAUGAAGAAAUAAUUCAUAAGAAACCAACUGCUGCUCUUAGUAAAUUUGAAGAGGUCAAAGAACAUGAAGAAAAGGAAACUGCUGUUGUUCUCAAAAAAGAAAUUGAGAAGGAGGACAUUACAAUUCUUGAAACAGAGGAACUUGUGUCAGAGGAGAUAAAGCUGGUUUCUGAGCCUAAACCAGAAAAAGAAAUUCAAGUAAAGAAGAAAGUGGUACCUGUUGCUAAAAAGCAAGAGCCUCUCCACCAUCCUAAAGUGGAUGAGGAAAUUGUUUUAAAAAAGAAAGAUGUCACUCUUACAAAAGAUAAAAAAAAUGUCCUUCAAAAUAAAGAUGUCACUCUAUCCCAUAGAAAGGAUGAAGAAACUGUGCCUCAAAAGAAAGAUUCCAUCCUUGCCCUUAGAAACGAUGAAGAAAUUGUCCUUCAAAAGAAAGAUGUCACUCGUCCUCAUAGAAAAGAUGAAGAAACUGUGCCUCAAAAGAAAGAUGUCACUCUUCCUCUUAGAAAAGAUGAAGAAACUUUGCCUCAAAAGAAAGAUGUCACUCUUCCUCUAAGAAAAGAUGAAGAAACUGUGCCUCAAAAGAAAGAUGUCACUCUUCCUCUUAGAAAAGAUGUAGAAACUGUGCCUCAAAAGAAAGAUGUCACUCUUCCUCUUAGAAAAGAUAUAGAAACUGUGCCUCAAAAGAAAGAUGUCACUCUUCCUCUGAGAAAAGAUGAAGAAACUGUGCCUCAAAAGAAAGAUGUCACUCUUCCUCUUAGAAAAGAUGAAGAAACUUUGCCUCAAAAGAAAGAUGUCACUCUUCCUCUAAGAAAAGAUGAAGAAACUGUGCCUCAAAAGAAAGAUGUCACUCUUCCUCUUAGAAAAGAUGUAGGAACUGUGCCUCAAAAGAAAGAUGUCACUCGUCCUCUUAGAAAAGAUGUAGAAACUGUGCCUCAAAAGAAAGAUGUCACUCGUCCUCUUAGAAAAGAUGAAGAAACUGUGCCUCAAAAGAAAGAUGUCACUCGUCCUCUUAGAAAAGAUGAAGAAACUGUGCCUCAAAAGAAAGAUGUCACUCUUCCUCUUAGAAAAGAUGAAGAAACUGUGCCUCAAAAGAAAUAUGUCACUCGUCCUCUUAGAAAAGAUGAAGAAACUGUUCCUCAAAAGAAAGAUGUCACUCUUCCUCUUGGAAAAGAAGAAGAAACUGUGCCUCAAAAGAAAGAUGUCACUCUUCCUCUUAGAAAAGAUGAAGAAACUGUGCCUCAAAAGAAAGAUGUCACUCGUCCUCUUAGAAAAGAUGAAGAAACUGUGCCUCAAAAGAAAGAUGUCCCUCGUCCUCUUGGAAAAGAUGAAGAAACUGUGCCUCAAAAGAAAGAUGUCACUCUUCCUCUUAGAAAAGAUGAAGAAACUGUGCCUCAAAAGAAAUAUGUCACUCUUCCUCUUAGAAAAGAUGAAGAAACUGUUCCUCAAAAGAAAGAUGUCACUCUUCCUCUUGGAAAAGAAGAAGAAACUGUGCCUCAAAAGAAAGAUGUCACUCUUCCUCUUAGAAAAGAUGAAGAAACUGUGCCUCAAAAGAAAGAUGUCACUCGUCCUCUUAGAAAAGAUGAAGAAACUGUUCCUCAAAAGAAAGAUGUCACUCGUCCUCUUGGAAAAGAAGAAGAAUCUGUACCUCAAAAGAAAGAUGUCAGUCGUCCUCUUAGAAAAGAUGAAGAAACUGUGCCUCAAAAGAAAGAUGUCACUCUUCCUCUAAGAAAAGAUGAAGAAACUGUGCCUCAAAAGAAAGAUGUCACUCGUCCUCUUAGAAAAGAUGAAGAAACUGUGCCUCAAAAGAAAGAUGUCACUCUUCCUCUUGGAAAAGAAGAAGAAUCUGUACCUCAAAAGAAAGAUGUCACUCUUCCUCUUAGAAAAGAUGUAGGAACUGUGCCUCAAAAGAAAGAUGUCACUCGUCCUCUUAGAAAAGAUGUAGAAACUGUGCCUCAAAAGAAAGAUGUCACUCGUCCUCUUAGAAAAGAUGAAGAAACUGUGCCUCAAAAGAAAGAUGUCACUCGUCCUCUUAGAAAAGAUGAAGAAACUGUGCCUCAAAAGAAAGAUGUCACUCUUCCUCUUAGAAAAGAUGAAGAAACUGUGCCUCAAAAGAAAUAUGUCACUCGUCCUCUUAGAAAAGAUGAAGAAACUGUUCCUCAAAAGAAAGAUGUCACUCUUCCUCUUGGAAAAGAAGAAGAAACUGUGCCUCAAAAGAAAGAUGUCACUCUUCCUCUUAGAAAAGAUGAAGAAACUGUGCCUCAAAAGAAAGAUGUCACUCGUCCUCUUAGAAAAGAUGAAGAAACUGUGCCUCAAAAGAAAGAUGUCCCUCGUCCUCUUGGAAAAGAUGAAGAAACUGUGCCUCAAAAGAAAGAUGUCACUCUUCCUCUUAGAAAAGAUGAAGAAACUGUGCCUCAAAAGAAAUAUGUCACUCUUCCUCUUAGAAAAGAUGAAGAAACUGUUCCUCAAAAGAAAGAUGUCACUCUUCCUCUUGGAAAAGAAGAAGAAACUGUGCCUCAAAAGAAAGAUGUCACUCUUCCUCUUAGAAAAGAUGAAGAAACUGUGCCUCAAAAGAAAGAUGUCACUCGUCCUCUUAGAAAAGAUGAAGAAACUGUUCCUCAAAAGAAAGAUGUCACUCGUCCUCUUGGAAAAGAAGAAGAAUCUGUACCUCAAAAGAAAGAUGUCAGUCGUCCUCUUAGAAAAGAUGAAGAAACUGUGCCUCAAAAGAAAGAUGUCACUCUUCCUCUAAGAAAAGAUGAAGAAACUGUGCCUCAAAAGAAAGAUGUCACUCGUCCUCUUAGAAAAGAUGAAGAAACUGUGCCUCAAAAGAAAGAUGUCACUCUUCCUCUUGGAAAAGAAGAAGAAUCUGUACCUCAAAAGAAAAAUGUCACUCGUCCACUUAGAAAAGAUGUAGAAACUGUGCCUCAAAAGAAAGAUGUCAGUCGUCCUCUUAGAAAAGAUGAAGAAACUGUGCCUCAAAAGAAAGAUGUCAGUCGUCCUCUUAGAAAAGAUGAAGAAACUGUUCCUCAAAAGAAAGAUGUCACUCGUCCUCUUGGAAAAGAAGAAGAAUCUGUACCUCAAAAGAAAGAUGUCACUCUUCCUCUUAGAAAAGAUGAAGAAACUGUGCCUCAAAAGAAAGAUGUCACUCGUCCUCUUGGAAAAGAUGAAGAAUCUGUACCUCAAAAGAAAGAUGUCACUCUUCCUCUUAGAAAAGAUGAACUUUCUGAACUUACAUCUAAGAAUAAAGAAGACAUUAUCCCUAUAGAGGAGGAAGUAGUUGCUGUGGAUGAAAAAGAGGAGGCUAUUUUGCCUCGAAAAAAAGAGAUUUUUCUUCCUUCUAAAAAGGAUGAAGAAAUUAUACCCCAGAAGAAACAGGUGGCUUCUACAAAAGUGGAUUCUACACGGGUUGAGUCUGAGAAAGGAGAGUUAAAAAGACAGCGAGAUAAAACUCUUUCACAUACAAAGGAAGAUGACAAGCCUGAAGUAGCAGAACCAGAGAAGAAACCUUUGCCAGAAAAGAUACCUGUAUCUGUGAAAGAAGUAGCUCGCCCAGAAGUUGAAAAGAAGCCAUCUGUAGAGCCUUCAGUGGUGCCAAAGGAAAAGACAGUUUUCCCAUUAGAAGGUAUUUUAUUUGUUCGGUGUGUUUUUAAAGAGCGUGAUAAAAAAGCUGAGGAUAAAGACAUUCCUAAGCCAAAGGAAGAGAAAAGAAUUCCAACAAAAGGUAUUAUCGUCAACAUAAGUCUACAUAAAGUUCCUUCCCCCAAAGAGGCUGAGAAACCACGUCCUGCUCCAAAAGAAGAGCCAGUACCACUUGUCCAACCAGUGGAAGCUGCUGAUAAGGAACCAGUUUCUGCACCCGGACAAGUGAAGAAAGGCAAAGUUCUUAGAGUGAAGAAAGAAGAGGAAAAGGUUGAAAUGCCAGUCUUGAAGAAAGCCUCAAGGGUAUCCAAAGAUAAAGAGGAAGACAAAGAUAUGAUAAGACUGAAGAAAGUGCUCAAAACACAAGUAGAGGAACAUGAAGAAAGCCAGAAAGUGUAUGCCGAGGCUAAAACUCAGGUCAUAAUUACUGAAAGUUAUGAGGCUGAAAUUCAUCUUGAGAGUUAUGAAACUAUCAAGCGUGUUGAAAAAAUGCCGCCUGAGGUUGGCAAAAAGAAGCCCAUUGAACUUGCUCUAGAACCACAGCAGGUAAAACCAGAAAGUGAAGCAGAUGAAAAAACAAAGAAGAAGAUUGCAGCAAAGGUUCCUAAAGAAGAUAUUCCUGAGGAGCCUAGCCUAGCAUUGAAGAAGGUUAAGAAGUUACCUUUGGAAACUAAAGACGAAGAAAGUGUCAAACUAAAACCAUUUGUGAAACCUGUGAAACCAUCACCUGAGGCAGAGAAAGCCCCUUCAUAUGAUGAAAAAGAAAGAAAACCUAUAUCUUUUGUAAAACGUAAGGAACCAAGUACAUCCCAGGACAGUGAGUGGCCUGAGAAGGUUGAUAAGCCAAAAGGACUUGAUGUCCUCACAAAAAAUGAAGAGCCACCCAUUUCUGACAAAAAGGAACCUGAUGAAGUUGUAAUAAAGCCUUUUACCAGACCUCUAAAAGAUGAAGUGGACACCGAUACUAAACAAAAGUUAUUCAAAGGAAAGAAAAUUCCACCUCAAACCGAGGAGCCUGAAAAGGUUCAGCUGAAGCCAUUUGCGAAAAAGCCUUCAGCAGAUUCACCACCAGAAAAGGUUAGUAAAAUACCAAAAGCUAAAAUUGAAAGAGAACCAAGUACUCCACAGAAAAAGGAUGACACUCAGGAAACACCAGACGAAGUUAAGGAGGGUGAGAAGAUGCCAACCAUAAAACCUACAGACGACAAAAAGGUGCUCCCCAAGAAGAUUACACCUGUAAAGACGGAAGUUACACCAAAGGAGGAUGAGAAGAAGCCUAUAGUCCUCCAAAAAGGUAUUCUCCCUAAAGAGACUGAGGAAAAAGAAGAAAUAACCCUAAAACCAAUUGAACAUGCAAAGAAAGAUUUGGAGCCCAAAAAGAUUCCUUCACCCAAAGUUGAGAAAACAAAACCAAUUGAGCCAGUUUCUGUGGAGAAAAAGCCUAGCAAGGAUCUGGCAAAGAAGCCAAAAACGGUUUCACCCAAGGUGUCUCUUGAAGCAGUUACCUUGAAAAAAGUGCCUAAGAAGGUUUCCCCCAAGGAGGACAAAGCUAAAGAAACGCCAACGAUUUCUGAAGCUGAGAAAGUUCCAGUCAUGAAGGAGCUGUCUCCUGGAGCUGUAGAGCUUACAAAAGUGCCAACUCAACCGGAGGAGGAAGUAUUUGAAGAAGAAGCCGAGGCUGAAGCUGAAUUCGAAGCUCAAGAUGAGGAUGAAGCUUGGGCAUGGGAGGUUGCUUCUCGAGACAGUUAUGGCUCGGAAGGCUCUGAAUAUUUGGAGGAAGGGGCCCUUGAAACUCCUGGGAUGCCAGGAGGCAGACGAGCGAGACAAACUCCUUCUCCUGGGGAUGGCGGAAGGGGUAGAGGACUCAGACCUGGCGCUGGAGGUGACAAACCUCCAGGAGAUGCUCCAGUUGGGUUCCAACUCAAACCAGUCCCAUUGAAGUUUGUGAAGGAGCUCAAAGAUAUCAUGUUGCAGGAAGCUGAGUCCGUCGGUUCCUCUGUUGUAUUUGAGUGCCAGAUCUCUCCAUCUACUGCUAUCACCACCUGGAUGAAAGAUGGAAGCAAUCUAAGGGAGAGUCCAAAACACAAAUUUACCUCUGAUGGCAAAGACCGCAAACUUCAAAUCAUUGAUGUACAGCUUUCUGAUUCUGGAGAGUACACAUGUGUAGGGAAACUUGGCAACAAGGAGAAGACUUCAACAGCUAAACUUAUUGUUGAAGAGUUACCUGUAAAAUUCACAAAGAAUCUGGAAGAGGAAAUGUCUGUGAUCAAGGGCCAGCCAAUGUACCUGAGCUGUGAGUUGAGCAAGGACAGGGAUGUGGUCUGGAAGAAGGAUGGCAAAGAGCUCAAACCAUCUCCUGGCAAGGUUGCCAUCAACGUUAUCGGGCUGCAGCGUACAGUUACAAUCCACGACUCAAAUGAUGACGAUGCCGGUGUUUACACUUGCGAGUGCGAGAACCUCAAGACACAAGUCAAUGUCAAGAUCAUUGAAAUAAUCAGAGAUUGGUUGACUAAACCUUUGAGGGAUCAGCAUGUGAAACCCAAGGCCACAGCUACUUUUAAGGGUGAAUUGUUCAAGGAGACUCCCAACUGGAAGUGGUUCAAGGGUAACGAUGAAAUCCCAAUGGAGCCUUCAGAUAAGUUUGAGGUGAAGAAGGAUGGAAAAGAAGUCACUCUUACAAUCAAGAAUGCUCAACCUGGUGAUGUCGGAGACUACGGCAUUGAAAUUGAGGGUCGCAGAUAUGCAGCAAAACUCACACUUGGAGAGCGUGAAGCUGAAAUCUUGAAGCCGCUUGCUAGUAUUGAGGUGGUUGAGAAAGAGGAGGCCAGUUUUGAAACAGAAAUUUCUGAAGAAGAUGUGGUUGGAGAAUGGAAACUUAGAGGACAGGUUCUGACAAGGUCACCGACAUGUGAUAUCAGAAUGGAGGGAAAGAAAAGAUACCUUACGUUGAAAAAUGUUGAACUUGACCAAGCUGGUGAAGUCUCUUACCAAGCUUUGAACGGCGUAACAAGUGCAAUGCUAACAGUCAAAGAAAUUGAAAUGGACUUCACAGUCCCUUUGAAGGAUGUUUCUGUGCACGAAAAGAAACAGGCGAAAUUUGAGUGCACAAUCACAAAAGAUGUGCCCAAAGUCAUGUGGUUGAGAGGAUCUGAUAUUAUAACAUCAGACCAAAAAUAUGAUAUCAUUGAUGAUGGAAAGAAACAUAUAUUGGUCAUAAACCAGUGUGAGUUUGAUGAUGAAGGAGAAUACACUAUUGAGGUGUUGGGUAAAACAUCAACAGCCAAACUGACAGUUGAGGGUAUGCGGCUGAAAGUCAUCUCACCCAUAUCGGAUCAAACGGUUAAGGAAGGUAAAUUGGCUCGGUUUGAGCUUGAGCUCUCUCACGAGAAUGUACCAGUGACGUGGUACAAAAAUGAAACCAAACUGCAUCCGAGCAGAACUAUACUUACUCAUGUUGAUGGAAAGAAACAUAUAUUAGAAAUCAAGGAUGUCACUCUAGAUGACACUUGCCUGAUAAAAGCAGAGGCUAAAGGAAUAUCCACAACAGCAAACCUGACGGUUCUAGAGGGAGAUGCAUACUUCACAGUCAAACUGCAAGAUUAUACUGCAGUUGAAAAAGACGAGGUCACGCUCGAUUGCGAGCUGAGCAAAGACGUUCCUGUGAAGUGGUUUCACAAUGAAGCUGAAAUUAAAGCCUCCAAGAUGGUUUCUAUGAAAGUUGACGGCAAACGACGAAUGCUUUGCAUUAAGAAAGUGGAAGACAAAGACAAAGGCCAGUAUGCUUGCGAUUGUGGGACAGACAAAACAGUGGCCAUCAUUACCAUUGAAGCUCGUGACAUCAAAGUUGUGCGUCCCAUGUACGGCCUUGAGCUCUUUGAUGGUGAGACUGCUCGUUUUGAGGUGGAAAUCUCAGAGGAUGAUGUCCAUGGCCAGUGGAAGCUGAAUGGAGAAGUCCUCUCCCCAUCACCUGAUGUUGAAAUCAUUGAGGAUGGCGCUAAGCACAUCUUGACUUUGUACAACUGCAAAGUACUCCAAACCGGAGAGGUUUCAUUCCAGGGUGCUAAUGCAAAAUGUUCAGCAAAUCUAAAAGUGAAAGAGCUUCCGAUUACCUUCGUGACACCUCUGACUGACGUGCUUGUGUAUGAGAAGGAUGAGGCGAGAUUUGAGUGUGAGGUCUCAAGACAGCCAAAGACUCUUCGUUGGUUGAAGGGAUCUGUGGAGGUUAAGACUGAUGACAAAUUUGAACUACUUCAAGAGGGCAAGAGGCACACUCUGGUGGUCAAAUCCGCAGCCUAUGAAGAUGAGGCUAAAUACAUGUUUGAGGCUGAAGACAAGAAGACAUCUGCCAAACUUGUUAUCCAGGGCAUCCGUCUGGAGUUUGUCAGACCUAUCAAAGACGUCACCGUUAAAGAGCGUGAGACAGCCGAGUUCAGAAUUGAACUCUCUCAUGAGAAGGUUCAGGUCACCUGGUACAAGAAUGAUGUGCGUCUGCAUCCAAGCAAAGUCGUGCACCUGUCCGAGGAUGGCAAGAUCCACACACUUUCCUUCAAAGAGGUCUCUAUUGAUGACACUUCUCUCAUCAAAGUCGAGGCUCUUGGAAAAACAUGCGAGGCAAUGCUCACUGUACUUGAGGGAGAGCCUUACUUCACCACCAAGUUGCAGGACUACACUGCUGUUGAGAAGGAUGAGGUGGUCCUGAUGUGUGAAGUGAGCAAAUCUGCUGCUGAGGUGAAAUGGUUCAAAGAUGGGAAGGAGAUCAUUCCCUCUAAGAACAUCCUCAUCAAAGCUGAAGGAAAGAAACGCAUCCUGACUGUCAGGAAGGCAGAGAAGGCCAACAUUGGGGAAUAUCUUUGCGACUGCGGCUCUGAUAAAACAGCAGCCAAACUUAACAUCGAAGAACGUGACAUCAAGAUUGUCCGUCCACUGUACAGUGUGGAAGUCACAGAGACUGAGACCGCUCGCUUUGAGACAGAAAUUUCUGAGGAGGAUGUUCAUGGAAACUGGAAACUCAAAGAAGGGCCUCUGCACCAGUCACCGGUAAUUUCUAUUGCAAAAGGAUUUCAUGGUUUGUUUAUGUUUACUAAUCAGGACUGUGAAAUAAAAGAGGAAGGCACCAAGCACAUGCUUAUUCUCUACAAUGUGCGCAUGGACAUGGCUGGUAGCGUGGACUUCAGUGCUGCUAAUGCUAAAUCCAGGGCACAGCUUAGAGUCAAAGCACGAGUGAUAGGCCUCUUGAGGCCUCUAAAGGAUGUAACAGUCACUGCGGGAGAAACUGCAACCUUUGACUGCGAACUGUCUUAUGAGGGCAUACCUGUGGAAUGGUUCCUAGGGGGUACAAAGCUAGAACCAAGCGACAGAGUGGUGACCAGAGCAGAAGGUAAAACACACACGCUGACCCUCAGAGAUGUAAAGAUGACAGAGGCCGGUGAAGUAAAGCUCACGGCAAAGGACUUCGUGACACAGGCGCAGCUCAUUGUAAAUGAGCCUCCAGUCGAAUUCACCAAACCCCUAGAGGACCAGACCGUAGAAGAAGAAGCCACUGCUGAGCUUGAGUGUGAAGUCUCCAGAGAGAACGCAGAGGUCAAAUGGUUCAGAGAUGGACAGGAAAUACGCAAAACCAAGAAGUUUGACAUGGUUGUCGACGGCCGUAAGAGAAAACUUAUCAUCCAUGACAGCACACUUGAUGACUCAAAGACAUAUACCUGUGACGCUCAGCAGUUCAAGACUUCAGCUUUCCUGAACGUUGAACCUCCACAUGUUGAGUUCACUAAGCCACUCCAUGAUGUUGAGGUCAGAGAGAAGGAAUCUGCCAGAUUUGAAUGCGAAGUGUCGCGUGAAACUGCAAAGGUUCGGUGGUUCAAAGACGGAAGUGAAAUAAGAAAAGGCAAGAAAUAUGAGAUCAUUUCUGAAGGUGUAAAACGUCUUCUCAUCAUAAGCAAGUCUGUCUUUGAUGAUGAGGCAGAAUAUGAAUGCGAUGCCAGGACCUCCAAAACCUCUGGCAUGCUGACUGUUGUUGAGGAGGAGGCUCGAUUCACAAAGAACCUGGCUAAUGUUGAGGGCACUGAAACAGACAGCGUCAAGCUGAUUUGUGAAGUCUCCAAGCCAGAUGCAGAGGUUACAUGGUACAAGGGUGACCAAGAGUUGCCUGAAGUUGGCAGAUAUGAACACAUUGCUGAUGGCAAAAAGAGAAUUCUCAUCAUUAAGGAUCUUAAAAUGGAAGACGCAGGAGAAUACCACUGUAAACUGUCCAGCUCACAAUCCACAGGGAGCCUAAGGAUUAAUGAGCUUGCCGCUGAGUUUAUCUCCAGGCCUCAAAAUCAGGAGGUGGUUGAGGGUGAAAAGGCAGAAUUUGUGUGCUCGGUCUCUAAGGACACAUAUGAAGUGAAAUGGCUAAAGGGUGACAACCAGCUUCAGUCAGAUGACAAAUAUGACAUCAUUUCCGACGGCAAGAAGCGGGUUCUUUUAAUCAAGAGCUGUGAGCUUAAGGAUGAGGGAGGCUUUGUAGCUGUUAUUGGAACAACAAGAGCCCCGGCUGACUUGACUGUAAUCGAAAAGCUGAGGAUCAUUACCCCGCUCAAGGACUUGAUAGCAAAUGAAGGACAGGAGACAGUCCUCAAUUGUGAAGUCAACACUGAGGGCGCCAAAGCCAAAUGGCUGAAGAAUGAUGAGACGUUAUUUGAAAGUAGCAAGUUUAUCAUGGUCCAGAAAGACAAUGUUUUCUCUCUGAGGAUCAAAGACACACAAAAAACAAAUGAGGGCAACUAUACAAUUAUGCUGACCAACCAUCGUGGUGAACAAGCAAAGAGCGCCGCCAGCAUUACUGUGCAAGAGGAAGAUCUUAGGAUCAUUGUUCCCCCUGAGGAUGUUGACACGCAGGAGAAACGAACCAUCAGCUUUUCAUGCAAGGUGAACAGACCGAAUGUGACAGUUCAGUGGAUGAAGGCCGGUCAGGAGAUCACUUUCGGCAAACGUAUUGUGUAUCGCGUGGACAAGGACAAACACACUCUGACCAUUAAAGACUGUACCCUUGCAGACGAGGGUGAAUACACUGUAGUCGGCGGAGCUGAUAAAGCUUCUGCAGAGCUGAUCAUCAGUGAGGCACCCACUGACUUCACUGCUCAGCUCCAAGAUCAAACCAUCACUGAGUUUGAGGAUGCUGAGUUUACUUGUGAACUUUCCAAAGAGAAGGCUGAAAUCAAAUGGUACAGAGACGGCAGGGAGAUCAGAGAAGGACCCAGAUAUCAGUUUGAGAGAGAUGGUAAGACAUGCAGACUGCGCAUCAAGGAGUGCAGACCCGAUGAUGAGUGUGAAUAUGCCUGUGGAGUAGACGACAAAAAAACAAGAGCCCGUCUCUUUGUGGAGGAGACCCCAGUGGAGAUCAUCAGACCACCCGCAGAUGUGUUUGAGCCCCCAGGCUCUGAUGUUGUAUAUGAGGUGGAGCUGAACAAAGAUAGAGUUGAGGUCAAAUGGCUGAGGAACAACAUGACGGUUGUUCAAGGUGAUAAGUACCAGAUGAUGAGCGAGGGUAAAAUUCACAGGCUUCAGGUCUGUGAGAUUAGGCCACGUGAUCAAGGCGAGUACAGAGUCAUUGCCAAGGACAAAGAUGCCAGAGCCAAGCUUGAGCUUGCUGCUGUACCAACAAUUAAAACAUUGGAUCAAGAUUUGGUGACAGAUGCUGGAAAGCCAUUUGUUAUGACGGUUCCUUACAAUGCAUACCCACAUGCUGAGGCCGAAUGGUUCUUCGACAGCAUCAGUUUGCCAAAGGACAAUAUUCACUGUUCAACUGACAGGACAGAGUACAGACUCAAGGACCCUAAGAAGUCAGAAGAAGGCCGAUAUAAAAUUAUCAUCCAGAACAAACAUGGGAAAGGGGAGGCCUUCAUCAAUCUAAAAGUUGUUGAUGUUCCUGGGCCUGUGAAGAACCUGCAGGUUGUUGAUACCGCUGAUGGUGAGGUCAGCAUUGCCUGGGAAGAGCCAGAUAGUGAUGGUGGCAGCAAGAUAUUGGCAUAUGUGGUUGAGAGACGCAAUAUCAAACGCAAGACUUGGACUCUGGCCACUGACAGCGCCGACAGCACAGAAUAUUGUGUAACUGGCCUGCAGAAAGACUCAAAGUACCUCUUCCGUGUCUGUGCACGCAACAGAGUCGGAAGUGGACCCAGCAUUGAGACUGAUAAAGCAGUUCAAGCUAAGAAUAAGUUUGAUGUUCCUGACCCCCCACAGAAUGUCAUUGUUGAAAAUGUCAAUAAGUUUGGAGCCACAGUGUCCUGGGAACCUCCCCUGUUCGAUGGUGGAUCUGAGAUCACGUCAUACAUUAUUGAGCUCCGUGACAGGACGUCUGUGAAUUGGGCUCCCGUCAUGGUGACCAAACCACAUGAACGCACAGCUAUCAUAAAUGAUGUCAUUGAAAAUAAAGAAUACAUAUUCCGCGUCAAGGCUGAGAAUAGAGCUGGAAUUGGCAAGCCAAGUGCUGCAACUAACCCAGUGAAGAUCAUGGACCCCAUUGAGAGGCCAAGCCCUCCACUGAAUUUGACACACUCAGAGCAAACAAAGGACUCCUGUUUGUUGACAUGGGAGACUCCUUUAAAGAAUGGAGGCACUCCAAUCACCGGCUACAUCAUUGAGAGGUGUGAGGAAGGUUCAGAAAAGUGGCUCAGAUGUAAUGCCAGGCUUUCCCAAGACCUUGUUUACAGGAUGUCUGGCCUUAAGUUUGGAACAAAAUACAGCUAUAGAGUCAUUGCUGAAAAUGCAGCCGGCCAGUCUGACUCUUCCAACAUUGUUGGACCUGUGUUGGUAGAUGACCCACACUUUGCACCAACUUUGGACCUGAGUGCAUUUAAGGAUGGUCUUGAGGUAAUUGUCCCCCAUCCUCUUGCAAUCCGAGUACCUAUCACUGGGUACCCAGUGCCCACAGCAAAGUGGACUUUUGGGGAAACUGAACUUGCGGCUGGUGACCGUGUGUCCAUGGUUACAAAGGCUACAUUCACUGAGCUUGUAAUUACCCCAAGUGUACGCCCAGACAGAGGGACAUACUCUCUGACACUAGAAAAUGAUGUGACCAGUGUUUCAGGAGAUAUUGAUGUCAAUGUCAUUGCAUCUCCAAGCGCACCCAAAGACUUAAAGGUUGCAGAGGUGACCAGAAGGCAUGUUCACCUGAUGUGGGAGGCCCCUGAUCAUGAUGGAGGCAGUUCAAUCACUGGCUACCAGGUUGAGAAACGUGAAGUUUCUAGAAAGACCUGGGUGAAGGUGAUGGCAGGUUUGCAAGACCAGGAGUAUACAAUCACAGAUGUCGUUGAAGGAAAGGAGUACUUGUUCAGAGUUAUUGCUUGCAACAAAUGCGGCCCUGGAGAACCCGCUUAUAUUGAUGAACCUGUGAAUGUGUCAUCACCUGCUACUGUGCCAGACCCACCAGAAAACCUUAAAUGGAGAGACAAGUCUGCUAGCAAGAUAUUCUUGGCAUGGGAGCCUCCUAAAUGGGAUGGUGGUACUGGAAUCAAAGGUUAUAUUGUUGACAAAUGUCAACGUGGAACUGACAAGUGGGAACCUUGUGGAGAACCAGUAGCUGAGCUUAAGUUUGAAGUGACAGGUCUCAUUGAAGGACAGUGGUACGCUUAUCGCGUGAGGGCUUUGAAUAGACUGGGUGCUAGCCGACCUUGCAAGGCAACAGAUGAGAUCUUGGCUGUUGAUCCUAAAGAACCUCCUGAGAUUCAGCUUGACGCAAAACUGCUGGCUGGCCUUACCGCCAAAGCAGGUACAAAGAUUGAACUUCCGGCUGAUAUCACAGGCAAACCAGAGCCUAAAGUCAAAUGGACCAAGGCAGACCUAGUCCUGAAGCCAGAUGACAGAAUAACAAUCGAUAUCAAGCCAGGACAUUCCACCUUGUCCAUUGCUAAGACCAAGAGGGAUGACACUGCAACAUACAUCAUUGAAGCAGUGAACAGCAGUGGGCGUGCAACUGCAACUGUUGAUGUCAACAUUCUAGAUAAGCCCGGUCCCCCAGCUGCCUUUGAUAUCUCUGAAAUCACCAGUGAGUCCUGUUUGUUGUCCUGGAAUCCACCUAGAGAUGAUGGUGGUUCGAAGGUUACAAACUAUAUUGUUGAGCGGAGGGCUGUGGACAGUGAGAUCUGGUACAAGUUGUCUUCCACCGUGAAGCAGACCACCUACAAGGCAACUAAACUUGUGGCAUUCAAGGAGUAUGUGUUCAGGGUAUAUGCUGAAAAUCAAUUUGGCGUUGGUGCCCAAGCAGAACACGCCCCCAUUAUUGCCAGAUACCCCUUUGAUACCCCUGGACCACCAUACAAACUCGAUACAUCUGAUAUUGCCAAGGAUUCAGUAACUCUGACCUGGUAUGAGCCUGAUGAGGAUGGUGGAAGUCCCAUUACUGGCUACUGGGUAGAAAGAUAUGAGCCAGAUCAUGACAAAUGGAUAAGAUGCAAUAAGCUGCCUAUCAGGGACACAAACUUCCGGGUAAAAGGACUGCCCACAAGAAAGAAGUAUAAGUUCCGUGUUUUGGCAGAGAAUCUUGCAGGACCUGGAAAACCAAGCAAAGAGACAGACCAGAUUUUGAUCAAAGAUCCAAUUGAUCCUCCAUGGGCUCCUGGUAAGCCCACUGUCAAGGAUGUAGCCAAGACAUCUGCCUUCCUCCAUUGGACGAAACCUGAGCAUGAUGGUGGUGCCAAGAUCGAGUCCUAUAUCGUCGAGCUCCUGAAAAGCGGAACUGAUGAGUGGGUUCGCGUAGCUGAUGGUAUUCCCAAUCUUGAGCAUUUCCUGAGAGGACUGAUGGAAAAGCAAGAGUACUCAUUCCGUGUCAGAGCCGUCAAUGCGGCAGGCGAGAGUGAACCUAGUGAGCCAAGUGAUCCGGUUCUCUGCAAGGAGAGACUUAAUCCUCCAUCUCCACCAAGAUGGCUUCUAGUUGUUACCAGCACCAGGAACAGCGCUGAAUUGAAAUGGACAGCACCUGAGAGAGACGGUGGCUCUCCUAUCACAAACUACAUCAUUGAGAAGAGAGAUGUCAAACGCAAAGGCUGGCAGGUCGUGGACACCACUGUGAAGGAGCUCAAAUACACUGCCAGCCCACUAAAUGAGGGGUCUCUCUAUGUGUUCCGUGUAGCUGCAGAGAACGCUGUUGGUCCCAGUGAAUACUGCGAACUUGAAGACUCUGUUCUCGCCAAGGAUACUUUCGGUACUCCUGGGCCUCCAUAUAAUCUGACCGUUACUGAGGUGUCCAAGAGUCAUGUUGACCUGAAAUGGGAUGCUCCUCAGAAGGAUGGUGGCAGACCAGUCUUGAGAUAUGUUGUUGAGAAAAAGGAGAAACUUGGAACCCGUUGGGUGAAAUCUGGAAAAACUUCAGGUCCUGACUGCCAUUACAGAGUGACUGAUGUAAUAGAGGGCACAGAAGUGCAGUUCAAAGUCUCUGCUGAAAACGAGGCUGGAAUCGGACACCCAAGUGAACCCACUGAUAUUGUUGUCAUUGAGGACCCGACAGGUCCACCAUCACCUCCUCAGGACUUGCACAUCACUGAAGCCGCUAGAGACCAUAUUUCUAUUUCCUGGAAGGCCCCAGAGAAAAAUGGAGGAAGUCCAGUUAUUGGAUACAAUAUUGAGCUCUGCGAGGCUGGUACAGAGAAAUGGAUGCGGGUGAACUCUCGUCCGGUCAAAGAGCUGAAAUACAGAGCAGGUGAAGAGGAGGGCAUCCUGCCUGAGAAGCAGUAUACCUUCAGAGUCCAUGCUGUCAAUUCUGUGGGCGCCAGUGAACCCUCUGACAUUUCUGAGAGUGUAUAUGCCAAAGAUUCAGACUGCAACCCGACCCUCGAUUUCCAGACCAAGGACCUUGUUGUUGUGGAGGGUGAAAAGAUGCACCUCCCUAUUCCAUUUAGGGCUGUUCCAGCACCCAAGAUCACAUGGCACAAAGACGGAAGUGAACUGAAGGCUGACGACAGAAUUUUCUUCAGAACAGAGUACACAUCCUGCCAUCUGGAAAUCCCAAGCUGCUUACAUGCCGAUGGUGGCCAGUACAAAGUUACCCUGGAGAACAGCCUUGGUGCAGCUAGUGGAACAAUCAAUGUCAAAGUUAUUGGUCUUCCUGGACCAUGUAAGGAAAUUGUUGAUAGUGAGAUUACCAAAAACUCCUGUAAGGUGUCUUGGGAUCCUCCAGACUAUGAUGGUGGUAGCCCUGUUCUCCACUACGUCCUGCAACGUAGAGAGGCAGGCAGAAGAACCUAUGUCAAUGUUAUGUCUGGGGAAAACAAACUAGUCUGGCAGGUUAAAGAUCUCAUUCAAAACGGAGAGUAUUAUUUCCGUGUCAGAGCCGUGAACAAGAUUGGCGGCGGUGAAUUCAUCGAGCUUCGCAAUCCUGUAAUUGCUGAAGAUCAGAAGCAACGCCCAGAUCCACCAAUUGAGGUGGAAACACACAACCCUACUUCUGAGUCUGUGACCCUGACAUGGAAGCCACCAAUGUAUGAUGGUGGAAGCAAAAUUAUGGGUUACAUUCUGGAGAAGAUGAUGAAAGGGGAAGAUAAUUUUGUGAGAUGCAAUGACUUCCUUGUACCAGUGUUGUCUUACACUGUUAAGGGCUUGAAGGAAGGGAAUCAGUAUCAGUUCCGCGUAUCCGCAGAAAAUGCAGCUGGUGUUAGUGAUCCUUCACGCAGCACACCUUUGAUCAAAGCCAUGGAUGCUGUUGAUCGUCCAAAGGUAUUCCUUAGUGGAAGUCUUCAAUCAGGUCUGAUUGUGAAACGAGGUGAGGAGAUGCGAUUGGAUGCCUACAUCUCUGGAUUCCCUUACCCUCAAAUUACAUGGACGAGGAACAAUUCAAGCAUUUGGCCAGAAGCUCUAAAGAAGAGGCCAGAGAAACCUAUUAGGAAGAAGAAGGAGGAGAAGAAGGAGGAGGACAAAGAGCCAAAGAAGGAGGAAGACAAGAAGGAGGAGGACAAGGAAAAGAAGGAGGAAGUCAAGGAGAAGAAAGAGGAGGAGAAAGAAGAGGAGGUGGAGGAACCUGAAGAACUCGAAGAGGCAUACCACCCAAGCUUAAAUGAGCGUCUUACAAUUGACUCCAAGAGGAAGGGUGAAUCCUUCAUCAUUGUGAAAGAUACCAUCAGAGCAGAUCAUGGUGUGUUUACCAUAAAAGUGGAGAAUGAUCAUGGUGUUGCAUCUGCUUCCUGUGAAGUAAAUAUCCUUGAUACCCCUGGACCGCCAGUCAAUUUCUCAUUUGAGGAGGUGAGAAAGAGCUCCAUCAUCUGCAAGUGGGAUCCUCCUUUGGAUGAUGGUGGUAGUGAAAUCUUUAACUAUACGCUGGAGAGAAAAGACAACUCCAAGGUUGAGCUUGGUUGGAUCACUGUGACAUCAACCCUGAGAGGCUGCAGAUAUCCAGUGACAAAACUUAUUGAGGGCAAACAGUACAUCUUCCGUGUCACGGCAGAGAACAAAUAUGGUCCUGGAAUCCCAUGCAUCUCCAAACCCGUAAUUGCGAAGAAUCCAUUCGAUCCUCCAGAGGCACCAGAGAAACCAGAAAUUGUAGAUGUCACCUCUAACAGUAUGGUUGUUACCUGGAAUGAGCCCAAUGACAAUGGCAGCCCCAUUCAGGGAUACUGGGUUGAGAAACGAGAAAUUAACAGCACACACUGGGCAAGAGUUAAUCGCACCAUUGUUCCUGAUCUGGAAAUAACUGUACUGGGUCUUUUGGAGGGUAUGACAUAUAUUUUCAGAGUUUGUGCAGAAAAUGUGGCCGGACCUGGAAAGUUCAGCCCACCGUCAGAACCAAAAACAGCACAGGCAGCGAUCAUGCCCCCUGGUCCACCAAUUCCAAGGGUUGUUGACACCACAGACUAUUCAAUUGACGUUGAGUGGGAUCCCCCUGCCGACAAUGGUGGCGCAGAUAUUUUUGGUUACCAUGUUGACAAAGUUGUUGCUGGUACUAAAGACUGGUCCCGAGCCACAGAGAGACCACAGAAGAGCCGCACGUUUACUGUGUAUGGCGUUAGAGAAGGUGCCAAAUACAUUGUCCGUGUUGUGGCGGUCAAUUGUGCAGGUGAAGGCGCUCCUGGUUUAACUGAUGCAGUAAUUGUGAGAAAUCCAGCAGAGGUGCCAGUCAUCGAGCUCGAUAUCUCUGUGAGAAAUGGAGUUGUUGUAAGAGCUGGAGAGAUGCUGAGAAUUCCGGCACAUGUGACUGGUAAACCUUUCCCAUCCUUGAAAUGGACUAAGGAUGAUGGUGCAAUAGACAAAGACUGCAUGGAGGUAGAAGAAGCUGGAAACGACAGCACUAUUGUCAUUAAAAGCACAAAGAGAAGUGAUCAUGGGAAAUACCAUAUCCAAGCAGCAAAUCCAAGUGGGAUAAAAUCUGCAUCGACCUGGGUUGAAGUUAUGGACGUUCCUGGACCAGUUCUUGACCUAAAGCCUGUCGUAGUUACCAGAAAGCUUAUGAUGUUGAAUUGGUCUGAUCCUGAUGAUGACGGUGGUAGUGAUGUCACCGGGUUCAUCAUUGAAAGGAGAGAACCAAAGAUGCACACAUGGAGGCAACCGAUUGAGACCCCUUCAUCCAAAUGUGAGAUUGUAGGUAUUAUCGAGGGACAGGAAUACAUUUUCCGUGUUGUGGCUAAGAACAAGUAUGGAUGUGGUCCCCCGGUCGAUCUUGGACCUAUCCGUGCUGUGGAUCCUCAAGGUCCACCAACUUCUCCUGAAAAGUUUCACUACACAGAGAGGACAAAGUCCUCUGUUACCAUUGAAUGGAGGCCUCCUCGUAAUGAUGGUGGCAGUCCAAUCAUGGGCUACAUCAUUGAGAAAAAGAGACAGGAUCAGCCAGCUUUCCAGCGUGUCAACGAAGAGCUGUGCACUGCUCAAAUUAUGACAAUUGAGAACCUUGACGAGUUGCAUUUGUAUGAGUUCCGUGCAAAGGCUGUGAAUGCGAUCGGUGAAAGCGAGCCCUCAAUUACCAUGACUGUUGUCAUUCAGGAUGAUGAAGUGGCUCCAUCUUUGCACAUGCUGAAGCAUUUCAAGGGCGAUUUGAUCAGAGCGAGGAAAAACGAACCUAUUGAGAUGCCCGCUGAAGUCACAGGCCUUCCAAUGCCGAAGAUUGAAUGGCUAAAGGAUGAUGUUGUCAUUGACAUGCCCACUGAGAAGCUACUGAUAGAAACCAAAGAGAUCGACAGAGUGACAUCACAUUCCAAACUCUCAUUCCCUGGUGUUGUGAGACUGGACAAGGGUACAUACACCGUUAAUGCCUCAAACCGUUUGGGAUCAGUCAGUCAUCACAUCACAGUGGAAGUACUGGAUCGCCCGACACCACCAAGAAAUAUAGCUUUUUCAAAUAUCAGAGCUCAGUCUUGCCAACUUACCUGCGAUGUCCCACUGGAUACUGGUGGCAGUGAGCUUACCAACUACAUUGUUGAGAUGAAAGAUCUUAACGGUGAAGAUCCUGAAAAAGCAGAGUGGGUGAACGUUACUAACACCAUUAUCGAGAGGCGAUAUGGGGUUUGGAAUUUAGAAACAGGUGGCAACUAUAAAUUCAGAGUCAAGGCUGAGAAUAAAUAUGGAAUAAGCGAAGCCUGCGAAACAGAAGAAAUUCAGAUUAGGGAUCCCUUAGCGCUCCCCGGCCCACCUGAGAAGGUCACUAUCGCUGAGUAUUCCAAGGCCCACAUAUUGCUGACAUGGGAACCACCUAUGGACAGUGGUGGAUCUAUGAUAACUGGCUACUGGAUUGAGAAACGUGAAAAGGGCACUUCUUAUUGGUCUCGUGUGAAUAAGGUCAUGGUGUCAAAGCGUGGCAUAAAAGGCUGGGAUUACAUGGUUACUCGUCUUAUUGAGGGAACUGAAUAUGAAUUCCGUGUGAUGGCCUGCAAUGCUGCUGGCAUUGGACCACCUAGUGCAACCUCACAGUCUGCCUUUGCUGUCGAUCCCCUGACUCCGCCUAGCAUGCCAGCUGCUCCUGAGAUUGCUGACAAAACCAGACAUAGUGUCACCCUCUCAUGGACCCCACCAGGUAAAGAUGGUGGUCGCCCCAUCAAAGGUUACAUCAUUGAGAUCCAGGAUGAAGGCACAUCUGAGUGGGCCAGAAUAAAUGAUGCUGACAAUCUGCAUCCUAGUACACUGUUCACCAUUCCAAACCUUCCAGAGCUUAAAAAAUACAGAUUCAGAAUCAUUGCAGUCAACGAGAUUGGCGAAUCUGAGCCGAGUCCCAGAACCACUGAAGUUCGCAUAGAGGACAUUCAAACUGCACCAAAGAUAUUUAUGGAUAUCAGUGCACAUGAUUUGCUGUCUAUUCGUGCUGGAACCCCCUUCAAGAUUCCAGCUACCAUCACAGGACGGUCCGUUCCUAAAGUCACAUGGGAGUUUGACGGCAAAGCAAAAACAGAAAAGAAAGAUCGUCUCCAUGUCUUGCCAGUGGAUUCACAGGUGGAGUCUAAUGACACAACCUCAACUGUUAUUGUUCCUGUGAGUUUGAGAAGUCAUUCUGGAAGGUACACAAUUACAGCAAAGAACAAAUCAGGACAGAAACACGUCAAUGUCAGAGUAAAUGUGCUCGAUGUUCCUGGAGCCCCCAAGGAUCUCAAAGUUACUGAUGUAACCAGAACUACGAUGAGACUCAUUUGGAAGCUGCCAGAUAAUGAUGGUGGUGAGAGAAUCAAGAGUUACUUCAUUGAGAAGAAAGCCGUCAAUGGAAAGGCUUGGACAACCGUCAGCCCUGCUUGUGCUAGCAUGGCCCUUGUCGUGCCCAACCUCCUUGAGGGCCAGGACUAUCUGUUCCGCAUUCGUGCUGAGAACCGCCUUGGCUUUGGACCGUUUACAGAGACCUCCGAACCUGUUAGGGCAAGAGAUCCUAUCUAUCCUCCGGAUCCUCCAACCAAGGUCAAUAUUAACCUUGUGACCAAGAACACAGUGACCCUGACAUGGGUGCCUCCUAAGAAUGACGGCGGAGCACCAGUGAAGCAUUACAUCAUUGAGAGGCUGAGCUGGGAUACCAGUGGUCCCCAGAAAGAAACUUGGAAACAGUGCAACAAGAGAGAUGUUGAAGAGACUACCUUCAUUGUUGAAGACCUUAAGGAAGGUGGCGAGUACGAGUUCCGUGUCAAAGCUGUAAACGAAGCUGGAGCGAGCAGACCCUCUGUGACUGCCGGACCCGUUAUCAUUAAAGACCAGACAUGUCCUCCAAACAUUGAUCUCAGAGAGGCUUUAGAAGCUGCAGAAGGAUUUGAUAUCACCAUUGUUUCCAGGAUUCAGGGCUGUCCAUUCCCAUCUCUUGUCUGGCAGAAGUCUCCACUUGACAAGCCUGAUGACAAAACCAGCGUGCAGUAUGACAAACAUGUCAAUAAACUUGUGUCUGAUGAUAAAUGCACGCUGUUGAUUCAGCAGUCAAAGAGAGAUGAUAGCGCAGUAUACACUCUAACAGCCACCAACAGCCUGGGCACAGCUUCCAAGAGCAUCAAACUCAAUAUUUUGGGACGUCCUGGUGUACCUGUUGGACCAAUAAAGUUUGAAGAAGUUUUCGCUGAAAGGAUUGGCCUUUCCUGGAAACCACCCACAGAUGAUGGCGGUUCAAAGAUUACAAACUAUGUGGUUGAAAAGCGUGAGGAGAACAGGAAGACAUGGGUCCAUGUCUCUAGUGAUCCUAAAGAAUGCCAGUACGUUGUACAAAGACUAACUGAGGGUCACGAAUACGAGUUCCGUGUUAUGGCUCAGAACAAAUAUGGGGCAGGACCGCCCUUGUACAGUGAACCUGAAAAAGCAAGAAACCUCUUCACACCUCCAGGACCUCCAACUCCAAAAGUAACAGACUGUACCAAGUCAACUGUUGAUCUUGAAUGGAUUCCACCACUUGUUGAUGGCGGAUCUAAGAUUACAGGCUAUUUUGUUGAGUACAAAGAAGAAGGACAGGAGGAAUGGGAGAAGGUUAAAGACAAGGAAAUCAGAGGUUGCAAGUUUGUUGUUCCUGGUCUAAAAGAGCUCGGACACUACAGGUUUAGAGUGAGAGCUGUGAAUGCAGCAGGUGUUGGCGAGCCUGGUGAGGUUGCGGAAGUGAUUGAAGUCAAGGACAGAACAAUUCCCCCUGAGGUGGACCUGGAUGCAUCUGUCAAGGAAAAGAUUGUUGUACAUGCCGGUGGUGUAAUCCGCCUCCUGGCAUAUGUAUCAGGAAAGCCUGCACCAGAAAUUAUUUGGAACAGAGAUGAUGCCGAUUUGCCAAAGGAGGCUGUGGUUGAGACCACCUCCAUCAGUUCAGCGCUGGUUAUCAAAAAUUGCAGGAGACAACACCAAGGCAUUUAUACACUGACUGCUAAGAAUGCAGGUGGAGAGAGGAGGAAAGCAAUCAUUGUUGAAGUGUUAGAUGUUCCUGGUCCUGUGGGUCAGCCCUUCUCCGGUGUGAAUCUCACUGCUGACUCUUGUAAGCUGACCUGGUAUUCACCUGAAGAUGAUGGUGGCUCAGCUAUUACCAACUACAUAAUCGAGAAGAGAGAAGCUGACCGCAGAGGCUGGACUUCAGUGACAUAUACUGUCACGCGACAUAAUGCAGUGGUCCAGGGUCUUAUUGAUGGCAAGGGUUACUACUUCAGAAUUGCAGCUGAAAAUAUUAUUGGAAUGGGUCCAUUUACUGAGACGUCAGCACCAGUUGUCAUCAAAGAUCCACUUUCUGUUCCUGAGCGCCCAGAAGAUCUUCAGGUCACUGCAGUCACGAACGACUCAAUAAGCAUCUCAUGGAGACCUCCAAAAUAUGAUGGAGGUUCAGAAAUCACAAGCUAUGUUCUAGAGGUUCGUCUCAUCGGAAAAGACAACUUUGAGCGUAUUGUAGCAGACAACAAAUUAAUGGACCGUAAAUUCACACAUGGGGGUCUUAAAGAAGGUUCUUCUUAUGAAUUCCGUGUGAGUGCUGUAAAUCAAAUCGGCCAAGGCAAACCUUCUUUCAGCACCAAACCAGUAACGUGCAAGAAAGAGUUUGAACCACCAGCCCUUGAUUUUGGCUUCCGUGAUAAGAUUGUGGUUCGUGUUGGCGAGACUUGUACUCUUCAAAGUCGAUACACAGGCAAACCACAACCAACUAUUAAAUGGUUCAAAACUGAUAAAGAGCUUCAAGCUAAUGAGGAAAUUGCUCUCACUAGUACAAAUAACAUUUUGUGCUUGGCUAUUGAAAAGGCAAAACGUGACCACAGUGGAAAAUACACUGUUGUUCUGGAAAACUCCAUAGGCUCACGGAAGGGCAUUUGCAAUAUCAUUGUUGUCGACCGACCACAGCAUCCAGAGGGUCCUGUUAUCUUUGAUGAGAUCUGCAGAAAUUACAUGGUCAUUUCUUGGAAGCCUCCACUGGAUGAUGGCGGAGCGGCUAUUUCCAACUACAUCAUUGAAAAGAGAGACACAAACAGGGAUCUAUGGAUGCCUGUUACAGAAUCUUGCACAAGAACAUCAUGCAGAGUUCCAAAACUGAUCGAGGGUAGAGAGUAUAUCAUUAGAAUCUGCGCUCAGAAUAUUCAUGGCAUUAGUGAACCGUUACUGUCCGCUGAUACAAAAGCAAGGGAUGUUUUCAGGGUUCCAGAUGCUCCUCAGGCACCUGUGGGAAAAGAAAUCUAUAAAGACACAGCCCUUAUUUCAUGGAUACAACCAGCUGAUGGUGGCAAACCGAUCACAAACUAUAUUGUUGAAAAGAAAGAGACCAUGGCCAACACAUGGACACGCGCUGGAAAAGACCGCAUUUUCCCUAACACUGAAUACUGGGUCCCUGAUCUUCUCAGGGGGUGUGAAUAUGAAUUCCGUGUCAUGGCAGAGAAUAUGAUUGGGGUUGGUGAUCCCAGUCCACCCUCGAAGCCUGUCUUCGCCAAAGAUCCUAUAGUCAUUCCAAGCCCCCCUGUACUUCCAGUAGCAAUUGACACAACAAAAGAGUCUGUCACUCUCUCUUGGCAGCCACCUAAAGACUCUGGCAGAGGCAAAAUCUUUGGCUACCUCAUUGAGUAUCAAAAAGACGAUAGCGAGGAAUGGCUCCAAGUUAAUCAGACACCUGACUCCUGCCAGGAAACUAGAUUCAAGGUUAUCAGCCUUGAGGAUGAUGCGCUUUAUAGAUUUAGAGUGAAGGCUGCCAAUGCUGCUGGUGAAUCUGAGCCUACAUAUGUUCCAGAGCCUGUUCGAGCACAAGACAGACUUGAACCUCCAGAACUUCUGUUGGAUAUGGGCAUGCCUCGGGAGGUUAAAGCAAUGGCUGGAACCCACAUUAAUAUUAUCGCUGGAAUCAAGGGAAUACCUUUCCCAAACAUCACAUGGAAGAAAAAUGAUGCAGAUGUUCCUCCAAAAGCAGAUAUCGAGACAUCUGGAACAGCAUCCAAAUUAGAGAUACGCUAUUGCACACGUGCCGACUGUGGAGAUUAUACAAUUUAUGUAGAAAAUCCAGCAGGAUCAAAAACAGCCACAUGCACUGUGCUUGUACUUGAUAAACCUGGACCUGUUCAGAAUUUCAGAGUGUCUGAUGUCAGAAGUGAUUCUGCCCAGCUUUCAUGGAAAGACCCCGAAGAUAAUGGUGGUACACGCAUCACUAACUUCGUUGUUGAGAAAAAGGAUGGUGCAGCUACACAAUGGGUACCAGUGUGCUCAUCAUCCAAAAAACGUAGCAUGAUGGCCAAAUACUUGAUUGAGGGAAUGUCAUACAUGUUCCGUGUGGCAGCAGAAAAUCAGUUUGGCAGAAGUGAAUAUGUUGAGACACCAAAAGCUAUCAAAGCAAUGAAUCCACUAUUCCCACCUGGUCCACCAAAAGACUUGCAUCAUGUAGAUGUUGACAAAACUGAGGUGUGGCUCCAGUGGAAUUGGCCUGAUCGCACAGGAGGAAGUGACAUCACUGGGUUCUUGGUUGAGUAUCAAGAAGAAGGUGAAAGGGACUGGAUUGUUGUUAAGACUGUCAGCAUUCCUGAGUGCCACGUGACGGGCCUGGAAGAGGGAAAGACCUAUAGGUUCCGUGUAAAGACAGAAAAUGCUAUUGGCCUAAGCCGACCAGACACCACUGUGCCAGUUCUUUGCCAUGAAAAACUAGUACCACCCAUUGUCGAAGUUGAUGUGAAGCUAAUUGAUGGCAUCAUCGUGAAAGCAGGAACCACUAUUAGACUGCCUGCCAUCAUGAGAGGCCUUCCGAUACCCACUGCUAAAUGGGUCAUUGAUGGAGAGGAAAUCAAGAGUGAAGACAACACUAAAAUUGACACAGACCACUUCUCUACUGUUCUGAGCAUCUCUGAAUGCACAAGACACAACACAGGAACCUAUAUACUCACAGUGUCUAACUCAGCGGGAAGUAAGACUGUUGCUCUGAAUGUCACAGUACUUGAUGUUCCAGCUGCCCCCAUUGGACCUGUUAAUAUUCUUGAAGUCACUCCAGACUCCAUGGUCAUUGAAUGGCGUCCUCCCAAAGAUGAUGGUGGAAGCCCAGUCAUGAACUAUAUUGUUGAGAAGAGGGAAUCAAAUAAGGAAACAUGGGGAGGAGUCAGUUCUGGUAGCACAGCCACAAGGCUAAAGAUUUCACGUCUACAAAAAGGAGCAGAGUAUGUAGUGAGAAUUCGAGCUGAAAAUAAAAUGGGCAUUGGUGCAGCUCUUGAAAGUGCACCAACUGUAGCCCGGCAUCAGUUUGAGCCUCCUAGCCAUCCUGGAAAACCAGUGGCGUCUGACAUUUCUGAGGAUGCACUCACACUUGGAUGGACAAUGCCAAUGUUUGAUGGUGGUAGUCCAAUUAGUGGCUAUAUUAUUGAACGUAGACAUAAGGGAGGCAAAUGGAUUCGGGUGAAUAAAACACCAUGCAAAGAACUCAGAUACAGAGUGCUUGGACUUUUUGAAAGCAUUGAAUAUGAGUUCAGAGUAUUUGCUGAGAAUAUUGCUGGCUUUAGUGGACCCUCUCCUAUUUCAGAUCCUGCCAAGCCUUGCAGACAAAUUACUGUUCCUGGACCUCCAAUCAACCCGAAGAUUAAGGACUACAGUUGCACGUAUGCUGAUAUUGUCUGGAUCAAACCGACAAGGGAUGGGGGCAGUCCUAUUUUAGGAUACAUAAUUGAAUGCCAGAAAUCAGGUGGGGAAUGGGAGAAGAGCAAUAAGGAUGAUCUGAUUAAGCAGUGUGCUUAUAGAGUGAAGGGAUUGACAGAGGGCACCGAAUACAGGUUCCGUGUUAAAGCUGUCAACAUGAUUGGAGAAGGCGAGACACGGGAAGUCCCAGAGUCAGUUAUUGCCAAGGACAUCCUCAUUCCUCCAGAAAUUGAGAUGGACGCCACAUGUCGUGAACGUGUGACUGUUCGUGUUGGACAUAACAUUAAUAUCACUGGAUAUGUGAAAGCAAGACCUGAUCCUCAAAUCACAUGGAGCAAAGGUGAAACAGUUUUGGAAAAAGACAAACGCACAACUCUAUUAAACAACUUCCCAGUAGUGCAAAUGUGCAUCAAGGAGGCUACCAGAGCAGAUCACGGAAAGUACACACUUAAGGCUGUUAAUGACUCAGGAGAGGCUUCAGCUACAAUUACAUUAAAUGUACUUGAUAGACCUGGUCACUGUCAGAAUCUAAAAUUGACUUAUGUUACUAAAAACUCUUGCAUGGUAUCUUGGGAUGCUCCAGAGGACAAUGGAGGCACUGAGAUUACAAAUUACAUUGUGGAAUGUCGGGAGCCAAGCAUAAGAACUUGGUCAAUGAUAUCCUCUGACUGUACGAAUCGCAUGGUAAAAGCAAAGCUCAUGGAAAAUCAUGAGUAUUUAUUCCGUGUGUCUGCGGAGAACAAGUGUGGUCCAGGACCAACAACAGAAACAAAAACACCAAUGCUUGCAAUUGACCCACUUCAGAAGCCUGGUGAGCCAGAGAACUUCCACGUCAGUGACAUUGGAAAGCACUUUGUUUUCCUUAAAUGGAGAAAACCAGAUUAUGAUGGUGGCAGCCCUAACUUGGCUUAUAUUUUGGAGAGAAAAUCAAAGGAUGCUGAAGAGUGGGAAAAACUACAUGAGGGAGUCGUAAAAGACACAUUCUUCAUGGUAGACAAAUGUGUUGAGAAUCAAACCUAUCAGUUCAGAGUGAAAUCAACCAACGAUGGAGGAGAAAGCAAUUGGGUUAGGACAUCUGAUAUUCUUGUCAAAGAAGAAGUUCAGAAGCCAGUUCUUGACCUGAAAUUUGCUGGAACCACUGUAGUUAAAGCCGGUGAAUCAGUAAGACUUGAGGCUGGGUUAAGAGGAAAACCACAACCUGAGGUUACAUGGGUGAAGGACAAGGCUACAGGUGAUAAUCCCAGGAUCAGUGUUGACACUGGACCAGAUUACUCUAAAUUCCUCAUGACUAAAACCAAACGUAGCGACACUGGCAAAUUCACUAUUACUGCUACAAACUCUGCUGGAACAUUCACUGCAUAUGCAAAUGUUUCUGUUUUGGAUAUACCUGGGCCUGUCAGGGAUUUAAAGAUUUCAGGCAUUUCCACAGACAAGUGCAGAGUUGUAUGGGAUCCUCCAGAGGAUGAUGGUGGUUGUGAGGUGGACAGUUACAUUUUAGAGAAAUGUGAGACCAGAAGAAUGGUUUGGUCCACUUACUCUGCCUCUGUUGUCACCAACUACUGUAAUGUAACCCGUCUUGUUGAAGGAAAUGAAUACAUUUUCAGAGUCAGGGCAGAAAACAAAAUGGGAGCUGGUCCCCCAAUGGAGAGCAAACCUAUUAUUGCUAAAACACAAUACAACAGACCUGGUCCACCCGAUGCACCAGAAGUCACAAAAAUAGGCAAAAAUGAGAUGACUGUUGUGUGGGCUCCUCCUGAGAAUGAUGGUGGAAAGUCAAUCACUGGUUACAUUCUUGAGAGAAAAGAAAAAAGGGCUGUUCGAUGGGUCCCUGUCACAAAGAGCCCUAUCUCCGAAAGACGUAUGAAGGUCACCAAUUUGAUCCCUAACCAUGACUAUCAAUUCCGCGUCAAAGCUGAAAAUGAAGUGGGAUUGGGAGAACCAAGCAAACCAUCCAGACCCAUCACUGCAAAGGAUCCAAUUGAGCCCCCUGGUCCUCCUGGGAGUCUUAAAGUAGUUGACAGCACAAAAACAUCUGUCACACUUAGCUGGGCAAAGCCUGUGUAUGAUGGGGGUGCACCAAUUAUUGGAUAUCUGGUUGAAAUGAGGGACAAGGUUGAAAUGGAGGGCGAACAGGAAAGAGAUCCAGAGGAGGGCUGGACCAAAUGUAAUACUUCUGGACAGCUUGUCAUAACUGAAUUUACUAUGCUUAACUUGGACGAGAAAAAGGAAUAUGAAUUCCGAGUGUCUGCUCAAAACCAAGUUGGCAUGGGUCAACCUUCAAAACUAAAGGAUGCUGUUACACCAAAGGAGAUCCAUGAUUCUCCAGAGAUUGAUCUUGAUGCCAGUCUAAGAAAAGGACUCAAUGUUAGAGCGGGAUGUCCCAUCAGACUUUUUGCUACUAUUAGGGGAAGACCAGCACCUAAAGUGACCUGGAAGCGCAUGGGUGUUGAUAAUGUUAUUAGAAGGGGCCAUGUGGAUCAGAUUGACUCAAUGACCUUCCUUGUGGUACCCGAGUGCACACGGGAAGACUCUGGCAGAUAUUCUUUGACUCUUUCAAAUGCCUCUGGAGAAAAAGCUGUAUUUGUUCGUGUUAAAGUCUUAGAUACUCCUGGUCGCGUUGGUGGACUGGAGGCAACUGAUAUCACAAAGACAACCUGCAAACUUGCAUGGCUACCUCCAGAAAAUGAUGGUGGUAGCCCUAUCCUAAACUAUGUAGUUGAGAAGCGUGAAGUUGACAGGAAAACAUGGACAAAUUGCACAAAUGACUUAAAGAAGACAAGCUUCAAAAUCACAAAUCUGACUCCAGGAAUUGAAUACUAUUUCCGUGUCAUGGCAGUUAACAAAUACGGCAUUGGCGUGCCUCAAGAUUCUCCGAAGUCCUACCUGGCUACAGAUUCCAAAAGUGAACCCGAUCCUCCAAAGAAGAUGGAUGUAUUGGAAGUUACUAAAAACAGUGCAACUCUUGGGUGGCUGAAACCACUUAGAGAUGGCGGAUCAAAGAUAAAUGGCUACAUUGUGGAAUACCAGGAGGAUGGUGAACCUGAGGAAAAGUGGACAUUGUACUCAGUUGUGAAGGACUUGACCAUUGUUGUAGCUGGACUAAAAGAAAAAACCAAAUAUAGAUUCAGGGUUGCAGCAAGAAAUGCAAUAGGAUGCAGUUUGGCAAGAGAAGCUGAAGGCAUAUUCGAGGUCAAAGAACAGCUGAUGCCACCAAAGAUUAUCAUGCCAGAUAUUGUUACAGCACAGGCAGGAUCUAAACUUACAGUUGAGGCUCUUUUCUCUGGAAAGCCUACACCAGUCACAAAAUGGAAAAGAGGAAGUGAAGAUUUAGUUACAUCUAAUCGUCUCAUCAUACAAAAGACACCAACUACGAAUGUACUUAUGAUCAAGGAUGCAACAAGGAAGGAUAGUGGUUACUACAGUCUUUCUGCGGAAAACAGUACCUCUGCGGUCAACCAAAUCCUCCGAAUAAUCAUUAUGGACAUCCCUGGUCCCCCAGAGGGUCCAUUAGAAGUUCUUGAGGUGGAUGUAGAUUCAUGCACACUCGCAUGGAAUUCACCUACUGAAGAUGGUGGAAGCAACAUCAUUAACUAUGUUGUUGAGAAGUGUGAUGUAACCAGAGGUGACUGGGUGACAAUUGCAUCUUGCACCAAGACCAGCUGCAGAGUUGGAAAGCUGACUUCUGGCAAAGAGUAUGGCUUCCGUGUCCGUGCUGAAAAUCGUUUUGGCAUUUCAGAACCGAUUUAUGCUGAGAAAAUGAUUGCUAGACAUCCAUUUGAUCCACCAAGUGAGCCGAGAAACUGUUGCGUCAACAAAAUCAACAAGGAUUUUGCUGUGUUGUCCUGGGAAAUACCUGUGAACGAUGGUGGCAGUCCCAUCAUUGGAUAUUCCAUUGAGCGCAAAGAAAGAAAUAGCAUUCUUUGGGUCAAGGCAAAUGAAGUCCUUGUUCGAUCAACUGAAUAUACAUGCUCUGGCCUCAUUGAAGGUCUGGAGUACACAUUCAGAUUGUCAGGUGUCAACAAGGCAGGACAUGGCAAACCAAGCAAUCAGACAGAAUUUAUCACUGCAAGAACACCAGUUGAUCCACCUGGAAAACCUGAAGUCCUUGAUGUGACAAGAAAUUCAGUUUCUCUUGUCUGGAGUCGUCCAAAACAUGAUGGUGGUAGCAAACUCAUUGGUUAUUAUGUUGAGUCUUUGAAACUUCCAGGAGACAAAUGGGUGCGCAUCAAUGCAAGUAGCCAAAAUGUGCCAAAAGAAGAAUAUACUGUCCCUGGACUUGAGGAAGGAACCCAAUACAAGUUCAGAAUUAUUGCAAAGACAGCAAUCAAUGUCAGUCAGCCCUCAGAAGAAUCUGAUGCUAUCGCAAUUAUUGCAGCGCAUGUUCCUCCAAGGGUUGAGAUUGGUCUUGAAAUGAAGAACUUAAUUAUUGUCAAGGCUGGAGCAAAUGUCUGCCUUGAGGCAGAAGUGUUUGGCAAACCAAUGCCAAAAGUCACAUGGAAGAGACAUGGUGUCCCAUUGAAGUUGGUUGAAGGCAUGAAAAUGACUCAAAAGAUACAUCUCUUCUGCUUGGAACUGUUCUCUGUGACAAGAAAGGAGUCUGGAGAGUACACCAUUGUUGCUGAGAAUCCAAGUGGUACCAAGUGUGCUCAUAUUAAAUUGAAGGUUCUAGACAAACCUGGACCUCCAGCAUCAGUGAAGAUAAGCCAUGUUUUUGCGGACCGGAUAAAACUCAGGUGGGAGCAACCUCUUGCAGAUGGUGGUUCUGAAAUUACAAACUACAUUGUUGACAAACGUGAAACAAGCAGAGCCAACUGGGCCCAAGUCACGGCUAAUGUUGGUGGUCAGACAACAGACUGUUCUGUGGAGAAACUGAUUGAAGGCCAUGAAUAUGAGUUCCGAAUCAGUGCAGAGAACAAAUAUGGUGUUGGAGACCCAAUUAUGACUAACUCCGUAAUCGCCAAGAAUCCAUUUGAUGUUCCAGGACCUUGUGAACCUCCAGUUAUAACUAAUAUUACCAGGGACCACAUGACUGUUAGCUGGAAAGCCCCUGCUAAUGACGGCAAGGCUACCAUUCUUGGAUAUAUGGUUGAAAAGCGUGAAACUCAAGACCUCAACUGGGCUAAAGUUAAUAGAAGACCAGUUAUUGACAGGACCAUUAAAGCUGGAGGCCUUACAGAGGGUUCUGAGUAUGAGUUCAGAGUUAUUGCCAUCAAUAAAGCCGGUAUUGGUAAACCAAGUGAUCCAUCUGCCGGUGCACUUGCAUUUGACCCAGUGUAUCCACCAGGACCACCUGCUUUUCCAAAGAUCAUUGACUCUACACACAGUUCAAUCAGUUUGUCCUGGACCAAGCCUGCUUAUGAUGGUGGAUGUGAGAUCCUGGGCUACCUUGUUGAGUUCAAGAGAGUAGAAGGAGAAGACUGGAUGAAGUGCAAUGUGCCAAAGAACCUCCAGGCCACAAAGUUUGUUGUUACUGGUCUUAUUGAUAACACUGAGUACCAGUUCCGUGUUUCAGCUGUAAACAGAAUUGGAUUUGGCGAGCCAAGUGAUGUUCCUGGAAAUCAUAUGGCAAAGGACAUCUUACUUCCCCCUGAAGCUGAACUUGAUGCAGAUCUCAGAAAAGUCCUAGUUUUACGAGCUGGAGUCACAAUGAGAAUUUAUGUGCCCCUGAGAGGGCGUCCUGCUCCAAAAGCAACAUGGACAAAGGUCAAUGGCAACUUGAAAGAAAGACAAGGCCUCAUGAUCAAGACUACUGAAUGGGAUACCUAUCUUUAUUGUGAAGAUAUCAACAGAUAUGAUGCUGGCAAAUAUGUAUUAACUCUGGAAAACAGUAGUGGUACUAAGUCAUAUACCAUUUUGGUCAAAGUACUAGACACACCUGGACCACCACUCAAUCUGAUUGUUAAGGAGACCUCAAAGGACCAUGCAUCCAUCACUUGGGAUGCUCCAUUGAUUGAUGGUGGUAGUCCUGUUAAGAGUUAUGUUGUUGAGAAACGUCUGGCAGAGAGAAAAGCAUGGACUUGUGUUGCUCCUGAGUGUCCCAAAACAUCUUUCAGAAUAACAAAUCUUGAAGCUGGCAAAGCUUACUGUUUCAGAGUCCUAGCUGAAAAUAUAUAUGGCAUUGGGGAGGGUUGUGAGACAACUGGACCAGUCAAAGCGUCAGAACAACCUGGACCUGUUACAGAUUUGAAACCCUCAGAGGUCACCAAGAUCUCUUGCACUUUCAGUUGGAAGAAACCAAUCUGUGAUGGAGGAAGCCAUAUUGUUGCAUAUGUUCUAGAGAUCUCUGAAGGUGAAGACAAAUGGAAGCUGCUCAUGAAGUCCAAGCUCACACAGUACACUAUGACUGAUCUUACAGAAGGAAAUGAAUACUCCUUCAGAGUCAAAGCCAUUAAUGAAGUAGCUGAAGGACCCCCAACUGAACUCACUGUUGUGGCUAAAGAUCGAAUAGUCUUGCCAGACUGCAAUCUAAAAGGCUUUCCUGACUCUAGCUAUGUGGCCAAGGAAGGAAGCACUGUUCGUCUCAAUAUUCCUAUUAUUGGUAUUCCUGCUCCAGCUGUCACAUGGAAAAAGGGUGAUGUUACUUUAUCAGACAGUGGUAGAAUCUCAGUUGAAUCAACUGCAACAAACACAACUUUGCUAAUUCGUGAUUGUCAUAGAAAUGAUGCUUGCCGAUUCACCAUCAUUUUGAGAAACUGUGCUGGAACAAAGGAAUCAGCUAUUGACUUCAAUGUUGUUGGUAAGCCUGGAAUCUGCACAGGUCCAAUUAAGUUUGAUGAAAUCACAGCGGAAGGAAUUACUGUAGAAUGGGCACCACCCAUAGAUGAUGGUGGAUCAGAAGUUACCAAUUAUUUUUUGGAGAAGAGGCAAUCUACUGCUAACAAGUGGGCCACAGUUGCUUCCGCAAUUCAAAAGAACACUAUGAGGGUUACAAGACUUCGUGAUGGAACAGAAUAUAUCUUCAGAGUUUGUGCAGAAAAUAAAUAUGGAGUUGGGGAGUUCCUCAGGUCUGCCCCUGUGAUUGCUAAACACCCAUUCAGAUAUUAUGUGGAAUUCAAAGAUAGAAAUAGCUUGAUGUGGAAGAGAGCCAACAAGACCCCUUUGAGAGUUAAAGAAUGCAGAGUGACUGGUUUGAUGGAAGGUCUGGAAUAUGAGUUUAGGGUAAUAGCUAUGAAUAUUGCCGGACUUGGAAAGCCAAGCAAACAAACAGAAUCUCUUGUUGCGCUGGAUCCUAUUGAUCCUCCUGGAAAACCUGAUGUGAUUAGUAUCACAAGAAACAGUGUUACACUCAUUUGGACUGAACCCAAAUAUGAUGGUGGCCACAAACGGACAGGCUAUAUGGUGGAAAAAUUAGAGCACCCAGGAAAGGCCUGGAUGAAGGCUAAUCAUGUGAAUAUCCAAAGCUGUGCUUACACUGUAACAGACCUACAGGAAGGCUGCACCUAUGAGUUUAGAAUAAGAGCUAAGAAUGCUGCUGGAGCUAUCAGUGCUCCUUCAGAGAAAACUGAGACUCUAGUCUGCAAAGAUGAAUAUGAACCACCUACUAUCACAAUUGACCCUGCAAUGAAGGAUGGUGUGACUGUGAAGGCUGGAGAAACAAUUGUCAUAACUGCAUCAAGCAUUCUUGGCAAACCACCUCCUAAAGCUGUAUGGUCUAAGGGUGGAAGAGAAUUUAAAUCUUCGGAUGUUGUCCAAAUUACAAGCACUCCCACAUCUUCAACUUUAUUGAUUAAGUAUGCCAACAGAAAGAACACCGGAGAAUACACUAUUACUGCAAGCAAUCCCUUUGGUAUCAAAGAAGAAAAGGUCAAAGUCAAAAUCCUAGAUGUGCCUGGACCUCCAGGUCCAAUUGAGCCAACCAGUGUCUCUGCUGAGAAAUGCACAUUAACAUGGUUGCCACCAGAAGAGGAUGGUGGCAGCAGUAUCAAAUCGUAUGUAAUAGAAAAGAGAGAAACCAGCCGCCUUCUCUGGACAAAGCUUGCUGAAAAUGUUAUGGAUUGCCGCUAUGUUGCCAGCAAAUUGAUUAAGGGCAAUGAAUACAUAUUCCGUGUAUCAGCAGUCAAUCUGUAUGGUGUUGGUGAUGCAUCACAGUCUGGACCAGUUCAAAUGGUUGAUAGCUUUGGACCUCCUGGACCACCAUCAAAACCUGAAAUUGAUCAUGUCAGUGGAACUGCUGUAACCAUUUCCUGGAAGAGACCAAUUGUGGAUGGAGGAUGUGACAUUAGAGGCUAUAGUGUUGAAAGAAAAGAGAGAAGAGGUUUAAGAUGGGUGAGAGCUUCAAAGAAGUCAAUUUCAGAUCUUCGUUAUAAGGUUUCAGGUCUGACAGAGGGAGUUGAAUAUGAAUUCCGCGCAACUGCAGAGAAUAAGGCUGGUUUUGGAGAACCAAGUGAACCAUCACAACCUGUAAUGACUAAGGAUAUUGCAUAUCGACCUGGGCCACCAUCUAAUCCACGAAUUACUGAUACCACCAAAACAACUGCUACAUUUAACUGGGGCAGACCUUUCUAUGAUGGUGGACUCGAUAUUACAGGAUACAUUGUUGAGCAUAAAAAGGAAGGAGAAGAUGACUGGGUUCAAGACACACCUACUCCAUUAAGAAUAACUGAAUUUGUAGUUUCAAAUCUACAAUCAGGAGGAAAAUAUAAUUUUAGAGUUAGUGCAAUAAAUUCCGAAGGACUUGGUGAACCCUCUCAAGUUGAGAACUUUGUAGAACUUGUAGACAGAGAAGAGAUUCCCGACUUUGAACUUGAUGCUGAGCUUAGAAGAACACUUGUCACCAGAUCAGGUACUUCAAUCCGCAUAUUUGUCCCAAUCAAGGGCCGGCCAGCUCCGGAAGUGACAUGGUACAAAGAAGAUGCUCCUCUCAAAGGACGUGCUCACAUUGAUACUACUGAAUCAUACACUCUAGUAGUCAUUCCUGAGUGUACAAGAUAUGAUGCUGGUAAAUAUGUCCUCACAUUAGAGAAUGUUGCUGGAAAGAAGACUGGAUUUGUCAAUGUUCGUGUUGUUGACACUCCAGGGCCUCCAAUAAAUUUGAAACCAAGAGAAAUCACAAAACAUAGCAUCACUCUACAGUGGGAGAUUCCAAUUAUUGAUGGUGGAUCAAAAAUAAAAAAUUAUAUUAUUGAGAAACGUGAGGCAACAAGAAAGGCUUACUCAGUCCUUACGACAAACUGGCAAAAAUGCUCUUAUAAGAUUCCAGACUUAGAAGAAAGUGCUGAAUAUUACUUUAGAGUGUCUGCAGAAAAUGACAUGGGCAUUGGUGAACCAGCAGAAACCCCUCAACCAAUCAGAGCUUCUCAGGCUCCAUCCGCACCCGAUAAUCUGAUUGUUUCAGAUGUGUCUAGGGAUACAGCAACUCUUGCAUGGACAAAACCAAAAUAUGAUGGUGGGACCCGAAUCACUGGCUAUGUUAUAGAAGCUCAACAGAAAGAUUCUGAUCAGUGGAUCCAUGUGACAACAAUUAAAGCUUUGGAUUUCACUGUCACAGAAUUGGUGGAAAAUGCAGAAUAUGUGUUCCGCAUUUUUGCUGUAAACAGCUCAGGAAGGAGUCAACCUCGUGAAAGUCGACCAGUUGUUAUAAGGGAGCAAACCACACCUCCAAGCUUUGACCUUAGAGGUGUAUACCAGAAGACUGUUGUAGCCAAGGCAGGUGAUAAUGUUAAAGUAGAGAUUCCUGUUAUGGGUCGUCCAAGACCACAUGUUGUAUGGAAGAAAGAAGAUCAGGAACUUAAACAGACUCAGAGAAUCAACACUGAAAGUACAACCACCUCUACAAUUCUCAACAUUAAUGAAAUUAAAAGGAAAGAUGGAGGACAGUAUUCAAUGACUGGAAAGAAUAUCUUAGGAACUGUGACUGAAACCAUUACUGUUAAAGUACAUGAUAUUCCAGGACCUCCAACUGGACCAAUAAAACUGGAUGAGGUUUCUUGUGACUAUGUUGUAAUUUCAUGGGAAGGUCCUGAAAGUGAUGGAGGAGUGCCUAUUAAUAACUACAUAGUUGAGAUGCGUGAGACCAUUGGGACAUCCUGGGUGGAACUGGCUGCAACUGUUAUCCGCACAACAUUCAAAGCUGCACGCCUUAUAACUGGAACUGGAUAUCAAUUCCGUGUUAAAGCUCAGAACCGCUAUGGAGUUGGGCCUUACCUAACAUCGGAAGCUGUUGUGGCUGCUUAUCCAUUUGAUGUUCCAGGACAGCCUGGAAUUCCACAAAUAGUUGCCUUUACCAAGGAUUCAAUGACAAUCAGCUGGAAUGAACCAUCCUCAGAUGGUGGUAGCCCGAUUUUAGGAUACCAUAUUGAGAGGAAAGAGAAAAACAGCAUACUCUGGCAGAGAAUCAGCAAAGCAUUAGUUGUUGGUAAUAUGUAUAAAUCAUCAGGUCUGAUAGAUGGUAUUGCAUAUGAAUUCCGUGUUAUUGCAGAAAAUAUGGCUGGACUCAGUAAAGCAAGCAAACCUUCUGAGAUGACAUAUGCACUUGAUCCUGUGGACCCUCCAAGUCAACCUGUGGCACUUAAUAUAACCAGACAUGAAGUAAUCCUUCAGUGGACAAAGCCUGAGAAUGAUGGAGGGUUCUCAAUAACUGGAUAUACAGUAGAAAAAAGAGAGCUGCCCAAAGGUCGCUGGCUCAAGGCCAACUUUAGUAACAUACAUGAGACAAGUUUUACUGUAAGCGGUCUCACAGAAGAUGCUUCUUAUGAAUUCCGUGUUUUGGCAAGGAACUCAGCUGGAGCUGUUAGCAAACCAUCCAAACAUUCAGAGGUCAUUGUCUGUAGAGAUGAUAUUGAGGAACCAAAGAUCAAUGUUGAUGCAAGUUUCAGUAGUGUAGUAGUUGUGAAGGCAGGAGAGGUGUUCAAUCUAGAUGCAAAUGUUACAGGUCGCCCAAUUCCAUCAUUGGUUUGGACUAAAGAUGGGAAGGAGCUGGAAGACACAGGAAAACUAGAGAUCAAAACAGGAGAUUUCUAUACUUGUUUGAUUCACAAAGAUUCUCAACGUAGAGAUGGUGGUGCAUACACUUUAACCGCUAGCAAUCCUGGAGGAUUUGCAAAGUUUGUUUUUAAUGUUAAAGUUCUUGACAGACCUGGUCCACCUGAGGGACCACUCAAUGUAACAGAUAUGACAACAGAGAAAUGUAUUCUAUCGUGGCUGCCACCACUUCAUGAUGGAGGAGCAAAGAUUGAAUAUUACAUUAUUCAAAAGCGAGAAACUAGUAGACUUGCUUGGACAAAUGUAGCCACAGAUUUACAAGUCAACCGUUAUAAGGUUACCAAAUUGCUUAAAGGAAAUGAAUAUAUCUUCAGAGUCGUGGCUGUCAACAAAUAUGGAGUUGGAGAACCUCUUGAAUCAGAGCCUGCUGUUGCCACCAACCCGUAUGUGCCCUCUGAUCCUCCACAGACACCAGAAGUAACUGCCAUCUCAAAAGAUUCAAUGGUAGUGUGUUGGGGACAUCCUGAAAACAAUGGAGGAAGUAGUAUCAGUACCUAUAUCAUUGAGAGGAGAGAUAAAACUGGUCUUCGUUGGGUUAAAUGCAAUAAAAGGACAGUUACUGACUUGCGCUUCAAGGUCUCAGGUCUAACAAAUGGACAUGAGUAUGAAUUUAGAAUCUUUGCUGAAAAUGCUGCUGGUUUAAGUGCCCCAAGCCCAUCAAGUCCGUUCUAUAAGGCUUGUGACACAAUAUUCCAACCAGGACCUCCUGGAAAUCCUAGAGUUCUGGAUUCAACUAAGUCAUCUGUUACUAUUGCAUGGAAUAAACCAGUUUAUGAUGGUGGAUCGGAGAUCACAGGAUAUAUUGUUGAAACUUGCCUCCCUGAGGAAGAUGAAUGGACAAUUGUCUCUCCAAGGGCGGGACUGACAGCAACAUCAUUCACCAUAACCAACCUUGUAGAAAACCAGGAAUAUAAGAUCAAUAUUUCUGCUCUUAACUGUGAAGGUGUUGGUGAACCAGUCCCUGUCCCUGGUUCACCUAAAGCAGAAGAUAGACUUCUUCCCCCUGAAAUUGAGCUUGACUCAGACCUUCGCAAAUUAGUUAACAUCAGAGCAUGCUGCACCUUAAGAUUAUUUGUGCCAAUUAAAGGAAGACCUGCACCAGAAGUUAGAUGGUCAAGAGAGAAUGGCGAACCCCUUGAUAGAGCAGCCAUUGAGAUUACACCAUCCUUCACUACCCUGCGCAUUGAGAAUGUUGACAGAUUUGAUGGAGGAAAAUAUAUGCUUACAGUGGAAAACAGUUCAGGAGUUAAAUCAGCUUUUAUUAAUGUUCGUGUACUUGACACUCCUGGUGCACCACAGAACCUAACAAUCAAAGAAAUCACAAAAGGUUCUGUUUCCCUUAUUUGGGAUCCUCCUAUCAUUGAUGGAGGAUCAAGAAUCAGACACUAUAUUGUUGAAAAACGUGAAUCCACAAGAAAAGCAUACGCAAUUGUUAAUGCUUGUUGCCCCAAAACCAGUUGGAGAAUUGGAGAUUUAAAAGAAGGAAACUUGUAUUGCUUCAGAGUUUUGGCUGAAAACGAAUACGGUGUUGGUCUUCCAGUAGAGACGCCAGAGGCUAUCAAAGUCUCAGAGAGGCCUCUUCCUCCUGGUAAAGUGACUCUAAAUGGAGUAACUGGCAACAGUGUUACAUUGUCUUGGGAGAAGCCAGACCAUGAUGGAGGAAGCAGAAUCACUGGUUAUAUUGUUGAAAUGCAAGGAAAGAAUAGUGAAAAAUGGACCCAAGUAAUGACUGUUAAAAUAACAGAGGCAGUUGUUGUUGGUCUGACACGAGGUGAAGAAUACUCCUUCCGUAUCUCAGCAAUUAAUGAAAAGGGUUCCAGUGAUCCGCGUCCACUAAAUGUCCCUGUGGUUGCUAUGGAUGUUGUAAUAACUCCUUGCUUCAAACAUUUAUUCAGCACAUACAGCGUUUUUGCAGGUGAUGAUCUUAAGAUUGAUGUGCCUUAUGUUGCUCAGCCAAAGGCUGCAGUCACCUGGCAUAAAGAUGGCGUUGCUCUGAAAGAGACAACAAGAGUAAAUGCUGAAGUAACAGAGAAACAUCUUCACCUUGUUAUAAAGGAGGCCACACGAGAUGAUGUGGGCAAAUAUACUAUUAAACUGAUAAACCCAGUUGGUGAGGCUACAACAGAUAUCAGUGUUAUUGUACUUGAUAAACCUGGCCCUCCAACUGGACCAAUCAAAGUAGAUGAGGUAACUGCAGAUAGUCUUACUCUUUCAUGGCAGCCUCCAGAAUAUGAAGGUGGAUGUUCCAUUAAUAACUACAUUGUGGAAAAGAGAGACACAUCUACAACAAACUGGCAGAUUGUGUCUGCAACAGUAGCUAGAACAACAAUUAAAGCUGCAAGAUUGAAAACUGGCUAUGAGUAUCAGUUUAGGGUUGCUGCUGAAAAUCGAUAUGGAAAGAGUUCAGUUCUUCUUUCUGAGUCUGUUGUUGCACAAUAUCCUUUUGAGGUCCCAAGUCCACCUGGAACUCCCUCUGUACAAUCUCCAACCAAAGAAAGUAUGGUAAUUGUGUGGAACAAACCUAACAAUGAUGGUGGAAGCAAGAUUUUAGGAUACCACAUUGAGACUAAGGAAAGAAACAGCCUCUUGUGGGUGAAACAAAACAAAACAAUCAUUCCAGACACAAGAUUCAAGAUAGGUAACCUUGAAGAGGGGAUUGAAUAUGAAUUUAGAGUUUAUGCUGAAAACAUAGUCGGUCUAAGUAAGGCAAGCAAAGUAUCAGAAAUCCAGGUGGCAAGAGAUCCUUGUGAUCCACCAGGCAAACCUGAAGCAGUAAUUGUCACAAGAAGCUCUGUAACACUCAGAUGGACACCACCACAGUUUGAUGGUGGGAGCAAGAUUACUGGAUAUCUCAUUGAGAAGAAAGAGUUGCCCACUGGCCGGUGGAUGAAGGCCAGUUUUACUAAUAUUAUUGAGACUGAAUUUGUUGUCAGUGGCUUGGUAGAGGACCAGAGAUAUGAGUUCCGAAUCAUUGCAAGAAAUGCUGCAGGAGUAUCCAGUUGUCCAUCGGAUAGUACAGGUGCAAUUACAGCAAAGGAUGAAGUUGAUCCACCGCUUAUUGACUUGGAUGCCAAAUAUUCUCAAACUAUUGUUGUUAAUGCUAGUGAAUCAUUCAAGAUUGAAGCUGGGAUACUUGGCAAACCCAUCCCUUCAGUGCAUUGGAUCAAAGCCUGUGAAGAACUUUCAAAUACUGCUAGGCUUGAAAUCAAGAAUACUGACUUCACAACAAUUCUCAGUGUGAAAGAGGCUAUUCGUGUUGAUGGAGGCCAGUAUACUUUGUUGCUGAAAAAUGUUGGUGGAGAGAAAUCAGUAACUGUCAAUGUCAAGGUUCUAGACAGACCUGGACCCCCAGAUGGCCCAAUUUCCAUCUAUGGAGUUACCAGCGAAAAAUGUUGCAUUGCUUGGAAAGCUCCAUUGCAUGACGGUGGAGCUGAGGUGUCUCAUUACAUUGUUGAAAGAAGAGAAACCAGCAGAUUAGUUUGGACUGUUGUGGAAUCUAAGGUGCAAACCCUUAAUCUCAAGAUAACUAAACUACUGCCUGGAAAUGAGUAUAUUUUUAGAGUUAUCCCUGUAAAUAAAUAUGGAUUUGGUGAGCCUCUUGAAUCGGAUGCAGUGAUUGCAGCAAAUCCAUUUGUACCACCUGAUGCACCAAGUAAUGUUGAAGUGUCAAAUAUAACAAAGGAUUCCAUGGUCAUUACAUGGGACAGACCCACUAAUGAUGGUGGCAACACAAUUUCAGGAUACAUUGUUGAAAAAAGAGACAAAGAAGGCGUUAGAUGGACAAGAUGCAACAAACGUGUAGUGAGUGAACUACGCUUUAGAGUAACAGGACUUCUUGAAAACAGAAGUUAUGAAUUCCGUGUGUCUGCUGAGAAUGCAGCUGGAGUUGGUAAACCAAGUCCACCCACAGUGUACUUCAAGGCAGUGGAUCCAGUUUUCAAGCCAGGUCCACCAAACAACCCUAAGGUUAUUGAUGUCUCAAGAUCAUCUGUUGUGCUGCAUUGGGGCAAACCUAUUUAUGAUGGCGGCUGUGAUAUUCAAAGCUAUAUUGUUGAGGCCUGUGAGGGCACCUCUGUUGAAUGGAUAAUGUGCACACCACCCUCAGGAAUAACAGAGACAAGAUUUGAAGUUAAAAAACUGCUUGAAAAACAUGAGUAUAAAUUCAGAAUAUGUGCAGUAAAUAAGGUUGGUGUCGGAGAAACUGCUGAUAUACCUGACUCCAUCCUGUUAGAGGAUAAACUUGAGGCACCAGAUAUUGAUCUUGAUGCUGAUUUGAGAAAGAUGAUCACUGUUAGGGCUGGAGGCUCUCUUAGACUGUUUGUUCCUAUCCGUGGCCGACCCACUCCUGAAGUCAAGUGGGGAAAGGCUGAAGGUGAAAUCAAUGAGGCAGCAAACAUUGACAUUACCAGCAGUUACACUUCCCUUGUAAUUGAAAAUGUUAAUAGAUUCGACAGUGGAAAAUACAUUUUAACGCUGGAAAAUGCUAAUGGAACAAAAUCAGCAUUUAUUAGUGUCAGAGUAUUGGAUACUCCUGAUGCACCUGACAACUUUAGAGUAAAGGAAAUAACAAAGAAUUCAGUCACUCUCACCUGGGAGCCACCUUUACUGGAUGGUGGUGCUAAAAUAAAGAAUUACAUUGUUGAAAAACGAGAGAGUACAAGAAAAGUAUACUCUCCUGUUGCUACCUGCAACAAGAUGACAUGGAAAAUUGAACCACUGCAAGAGGGAAGCAUCUUUUUCUUUAGAGUUCUUGCUGAAAAUGAAUAUGGUGUUGGAUUGCCUGCGAAGACCCUAGAGCCAAUUAAAAUCUCAGAGGUGCCACAACCCCCUGGUAAAGUUUCUGUAGUGGAUGUUACACAGAAGAGUGUGUCUCUAACCUGGGAAAAACCAGAGUAUGAUGGAGGCAGCAGAAUUACCCACUAUGAAGUUGAAAUGCAGGCAAAGGAUCAGGAGAAAUGGUCUCUUUGUGCUCAAGUGAAAUCCCUUGAUACUGUUGUAACAAAUUUAGCCCAAGGUGGGGAGUACAAUUUCAGAAUCAUUGCAGUUAAUGAAAAAGGAAAGAGUGAUCCCAGACUCCUGGCAAAUCCUGUUUUUGCAAAAGACCUCACUAUUCAUCCCUCAGUCAGAACAAAGCUUAGUACCUUCAAUGUACAGGUUGGACAAGAUUUGAAAAUUGAAGCACGAAUUACUGGUCAUCCAAAACCAACCAUUACAUGGAACAAAGAUGGUUCCGAUCUGAAACAGACUACAAGGGUUAAUGUUGCUGACACUGCACAUCACACCACCCUUAUCAUCAAAGAUGCAACAAGAGAAGAUCGUGGUAUGUAUAACAUUGCUGUGACUAAUGUACUUGGUCAGGCGGAAGCGACCGUUGAAAUAAUUAUACUUGAGAAACCUGGCCCACCAACAGGGCCAGUCAGAAUUGAUGAAGUAAGUGCAGAGAGCAUAACACUGUCUUGGGACCCACCCACAUAUAUUGGGGGCUGUCAGAUUUCAAAUUACAUUGUCCAAAAAAGAGAUACCACUACAACCAACUGGGUCAUUGUUUCUGCAACAGUGGCAAGGACUUCACUCAAAGUUGGCAAUUUGAAAACCGGUGCUGAAUACCAGUUCAGGAUUUUUGCUGAGAAUAGAUAUGGUAAAAGCUAUGGCAUUGACUCAGAACCAGUACUUGCUCAGUAUCCUUUCAAAGAGCCUGGGCCUCCAGGAACCCCGUUUGUGUCUGCAUUUACAAAGGAAUCCAUGGUUGUUGAAUGGCACAAACCAGUUUCAGAUGGUGGAAGUGCCAUAUUAGGAUAUCACCUUGAGAGAAAAGAGAAAAAUAGCAUUCUUUGGACAAAGAUAAAUAAAACACUUGUUCAAGACACCAGAUAUAAAACAUCUUCACUGGAAGAGGGCAUUGAAUAUGAGUUCAGAUUGUAUGCUGAAAACAUCGUUGGAAUAGGAAAUUGCAGCAAAAUCUCUGAGGGUUGUGUGGCACGUGACCCCUGUGAUCCACCAGGCAAGCCAGUGCCAGUGAUUGUGAAAAGGCACUCAGUAAAACUCAGAUGGACACCACCAGAAUAUGACGGAGGAAGUCUUGUCACUGGAUAUGUUGUGGAGAAACGAGACCUUCCAGAGGGUCGUUGGAUGAAAGCUAGUUUUACAAACAUUCUUGAAACUGAAUUUACAGUCUCGGGUCUGACAGAAGACUGCAAAUAUGAUUUCAGAGUUAUUUCUAGAAAUGGAGCUGGAUCAAUCAGCAGACCCUCUGAGAGCACAGGCUCAAUUACAGCUAAGGAUGAAGUUGAACCACCCAACUAUGAGAUUUCCUCAGAGUACAGCCAAAUUUUGACACUGAAUGCAGGAGAAACAUUUACACUGGAAGCCUCUGUUCAAGGAAAGCCAAUUCCAACAAUGCAGUGGUUUAAGGGUGAUGUGGAAGUUGAAAAUUCAGCAAGAGCAGAGAUUAAAAACACAGAUUUCAAAGCAAUUCUUGUUGUAAAAGAUGCCAUUAGAAUUGAUGGAGGACAGUACACAUUGCAUCUCUCUAAUGUAGCUGGAACUAAGUCUGUUCCCUUCAAUGUCAAAGUACUUGAUAGACCUGGCCCUUCUGAAGGGCCAUUGACUGUCUCAGGUGUAACAUAUGAGAAAUGUUCAUUGUCAUGGCUACCUCCAAGGCAUGAUGGUGGCAGCAGUAUUUCCCAUUAUAUCAUACAGAAGAGAGAAACAAGUCGUCUUGCUUGGACUGUAGUUUCGAGUGACUGUGCAGCAACAAUGUUUAAGGUUACAAAGCUUCUAAAAGGAAAUGAAUACAUCUUCCGUGUCAUGGCAGUCAACAAGUACGGUGAUGGUGAACCACUUGAGUCUGCACCGGUAAUUAUGAGAAACCCUUUCGUUCCACCUGGACCACCCAAAGACAUAGAAAUAACAAAUAUUUCGAGAGACUCAAUGACAGUGUGCUGGACCCGUCCUGACAGUGAUGGGGGCAGUGAGAUUGCUAAUUACAUCGUGGAAAAGAGAGACAGAGCUGGAGUCCGAUGGACAAAAUGUAACAAACGCAGAGUCACAGACUUGCGUUUCAGAGUCACAGGCUUGACAGAGGAUCAUGAAUAUGAGUUUAGGUUAUCUGCAGAGAAUGCUGGUGGUGUUGGACUACCAACUCCACCAACAAUUUAUUACAAAGCUUGUGAUCCAACAUUUAAGCCUGGUCCACCAACUAAUGCACACCUUGUUGACACUACAAAGAAUUCAGUCACUAUUGCAUGGAGUCGACCAAUAUAUGAUGGCGGUUUGGAUAUCCAGGGCUAUGUUGUUGAGAUAUGCAAAGCUGAUGAAGAAGAAUGGAUCACCUGUUCUCCACCCUCUGGAUUAAAUGAUACCAAAUUUACAAUUACUAAACUAACUGAACAUCAAGAAUACAAAGUUAACAUAUGUGCAUUGAAUAAAUUGGGUGUUGGUGAGCCAGUAGCCAUCCAAGGAACUGUUAAACCAGUGGAUAAGAUGGAUGCCCCUGAAAUUGAGCUUGACUCUGAGUUGAGGAAAGGUAUUGUUGUGCAUGCUGGAGGAUCUAUGAAAAUAUGCAUACCUUUCAAGGGACGCCCUACUCCUGAAAUAAACUGGACUAAGGAUGAGGGAGAUUUACCAGAUAAAGCCCAAAUAGAAAAGGAACCAGAUUACACUCAGCUAUCAAUCGAUAUAUGUGAUAGAAAUGAUGCUGGAAAAUAUACUCUGACAUUAGUAAAUAAUGCUGGUACCAAGUCAGCUUUUGUCUCAGUAAAAGUACUGGAUACACCAGGUGCUCCACUGAACCUCAUAGUGAAGGAUGUUACAAGAAAUUAUGUCACCCUCGUUUGGGAGCCUCCACUCAUUGAUGGGGGUUCAAAAAUAAAGAAUUACAUAGUUGAUAAGCGUGAUUCCAAAAGAAAAGGAUUUACAAACAUUACUGCCAAGUGCACCAAGACUAGCCUCAGAGUUGGUGAUCUUACUGAGGGUGAUAUUUAUUAUUUCAGAGUCAUGGCAGAAAAUGAGUUUGGAGUUGGUUUGCCUGUGGAAACAAAAGAAUCUGAAAAGACAGCAGAUCCUCCUUUGUCUGUUGGUAAGGUCACUUUGACUGAUGUUACAAAAACCACAGCAUCACUCUCUUGGGAUAAACCAGAUCACGAUGGAGGAAGUAGAAUCUUAGGUUAUUAUAUUGAGAUGCAGCCAAAAGGAUCAGAUGAGUGGACAGCAGCUGCAGUCACCAAGACAUGUGAGGGUACAGUCACAGGACUCAGUUCAGGACAAGAAUAUCUCUUCAGAAUUGUAGCCUUCAACGACAAGGGAAGAAGUGAUCCAAGACCAUUAGCAGCUCCUGUGAUUGCUAAAGACAUAACUAUUGAACCAAGCCUCAAAUUACACUUCAACACUUACAGUGUUCAAGCUGGUGAAGAUCUUAAAGUGGAAAUACCAUUCAAAGGACGUCCAACUCCAAAGAUUGCAUGGUCAAAAGAUGGACAAGCACUGAAAGAGACAACCAGAUUAAAUGUCUCAAGCACUCCACAAUUAUCCGUUCUUAAAGUUAAAGAAGCUAACAGAGAGGAUUCUGGAAAAUACAAAAUUACGGCGACAAACAAUGUGGGUACAGUCACAGAGGAGAUUGGCAUAAUAAUCCUAGACAAACCUGGCCCACCAGUUGGACCAAUUAAAAUUGAUGAAGUAAGUGCCACCUAUGUUAUUAUCUCUUGGGAGCCACCAGUAUACACAGGUGGUUGUCAGAUAAACAAUUACAUUGUGGAAAAACGUGAUACAGGCACUACCAACUGGCAGAUUGUAUCAGCAACUAUUGCUCGAACCACAAUCAAGAUAUCUAAACUGAAGACUGGUUCUGAAUAUCAGUUCAGAGUGUUUGCUGAGAACAGAUAUGGAAAGAGUACAUCACUGGAUUCAAUACUAGUUGUUGUCAGUUAUCCCUUCACUGAGCCUGCAGCUCCAAGUGCAGCAUUGGUUUCAUCAGUGACAAAAGACCACAUGGUAAUCGAAUGGAAACCCCCCAGCAAUAAUGGGGGAAGCCCUGUCAUUGGAUAUCACCUAGAGCGCAAGGAAAAGAACAGCAUAUUAUGGACAAAACUUAACAAGCUCCUUAUCACUGACACUAGAUUGAGAACAAAUGGUCUGGAGGAAGGAAUCGAAUAUGAAUACAGGGUAUAUGCUGAAAAUAUUGCAGGAAUCAGUCCACCAAGUAAAGUCUCAGAAAGUGUUGUUGCACGUGAUCAAUGUGAAUCCCCAGGAAUUCCUGAGGCCAUUGUUAUUACAAGAAACCUAAUAACUCUUCAAUGGGAUAAACCACAGUAUGAUGGUGGCAGUGUAAUCACAGGAUACAUCAUUGAAAGGAAGAAACUGCCUGAAGGACGUUGGAUGAAAGCUAGUUUUACAAAUAUUAUAGACACACAAUUUACAAUAACUGGACUAGAAGAAGAACAAAGAUAUGAGUUUAGAGUAAUUGCCCGAAAUGCAGCUGGUAUUUUAAGUGUACCCUCUGAAAGCACUGGACCAAUUACUGCUCAGGAUGAGAUUGAAGCUCCAUCAGUCUCCAUGGAUUCCAGAUUUAAAGAUGCCUUGAUUGUAAAAGCAGAUGAGACCUUUACUAUCGAUGCUGAGAUUGCUGGUAAACCUCUCCCUGAUAUUAUGUGGCUUAAGGAUGGAAAGGAAAUUGACAGUACCACACCCAGAAUGGAGAUUAAAUCCACUAUCACACGGACAGUUCUUACUGUCAAGGAUUGCAUCAGAGUGGACGGUGGUCAUUUCGUCUUAAGUCUAAGUAAUGUUGGUGGAACAAAGCAGGUACCCAUUAAUGUAAAGGUUCUUGAUAGACCUGGUCCACCUGAUGGCCCAAUGAAAGUAACUGGUGUCACAGCAGAAAAAUGUUAUUUGCACUGGAGUCACCCAUCACAUGAUGGUGGAGCUAGUAUUUCUCACUACAUUAUAGAAAAAAGGGAAACUAGCAGAUUGUCUUGGACAGUAGUGGAACCCAAUAUUCAAGCAAUCAGUUACAAAGUCACCAAACUCUUACCUGGUAAUGAGUAUAUAUUUAGAGUUAUGGCUGUCAAUAAGUAUGGCAUAGGUGAGCCACUUGAAUCUGAUCCUGUCCUUGCAAAAAAUCCUUUCAACAAACCUAGUCCACCUUUAACUCCAGAAGCAAGUGCAAUCACUAGAGACUCAAUGGUCUUGACAUGGGAGCGGCCAGAGGAUGAUGGUGGAUCACAAAUCGAUGGUUAUGUUCUUGAGAAACGUGAUAAAGAGGGUAUUCGAUGGACUAAGUGCAACAAGAAAAGACUAAAUGACUUACGUUUCAGAGUCACUGGGCUGACAGAGGGACACUCUUUUGAAUUUAGAGUCUCUGCUGAGAAUGCUGCUGGUGUCGGCAAACCAAGUGAACCGUCUGAAUAUUACAAAGCUUGUGAUGCAAUUUAUCCACCUGGUCCUCCUAACAAUCCUAAAGUGACAGACCAUUCAAGCACAACUGUUUCUUUGGCAUGGAGCAGACCAAUUUAUGAUGGUGGAGCACCAGUCUCAGGAUACAUUGUUGAGAUGAAGGAAACUAAUGAAGAUGACUGGACUGGGUGCACUCCACCAACUGGUGUUCAAACACCUCAUUUCACUGUCAAGAAACUAAAAGAAAAUGCAGAAUACAACUUCCGUAUUUGUGCAAUUAAUAUUGAGGGGGCAGGAGAGCAUGUUGAUUUCCCAGGGUCUGUGAUUGCAUCUGAAAAACUUGAGGCGCCUGAGAUAGAACUUGAUGCAGAUCUUAGGAAAUGUGUGACUGUGCGUGCCAGUGCAACACUUCGCUUAUUUGUUACUAUAAGGGGAAAGCCUGAGCCUGAGGUCAAGUGGAAAAAGACAGAUGGCACCUUAUCAGAGCGUGCUCAAAUAGAGGCUACAAGCUCUUACACAAUGCUGGUCAUUGACAAUGUUAACCGAUUUGACACUGGCAAAUAUGUUUUGACUCUUGAAAACAAUAUUGGCACAAAAUCUGCCUUCAUUAAUGUAAAAAUCCUUGACUCUCCAAGUGCUCCAGUGAACUUUGAAGUUAAGGAUGUAAAGAGAGAUUCAGUCCAGCUUUCUUGGGAGCCUCCACAAAUUGAUGGCGGAGCCAAGAUCACGCAUUACAUUGUGGAGAAACGAGAAUCUAAAAGAAUGGCAUUCACAACUUUGACAAAUAACUGUGUAAGGAAUUCAUUCAAGGUUGAUGAUCUACAGGAAGGAGGUCUUUACCACUUCCGUGUAUUGGCUGUAAAUGAACUUGGAGUUGGUCUGCCUGCUGAAACCACAGAGGCAGUCAAAGUCUCUCAAGCACCCCUACCACCUGGAAAAAUUUCUGUAGUUGAUGUAACCCGCCACAGUGUUACUCUUUCAUGGGAAAAACCUGAUCAUGAUGGUGGCAGCAAAAUCACAGGCUACACUGUGGAAAUGUUGACUAAAGGAUUAGAUAAAUGGACUGUAUGUGCUACAGUAAAAGCGCUAGAAGCUAAAAUUGAAGGACUUACAACAAGAGAGGAAUAUAGCUUUAGAGUUACAGCUCUUAAUGACAAAGGAAAAAGUGAUCCGAAACCACUUGGAGAAUCUGUUGUGGCAAAAGAUAUUACUAUGGAACCCAUUAUUAAUUUGUCAUUUAACACAUACAGUGUUAAAGCUGGAGAUGAUCUCAAAAUAGACGUUCCAUUCAGAGGCAGGCCUCAGCCAGAGGUCACAUGGAAAAAGGAUGGUAAUUUACUGAAGCAGACAACAAGAGUAAAUGUUCUGACAUCAAAGACAUCAUCUAAGAUUGUCAUCAAGGAUGCAACAAGGGAGGAUGUAGGAAAAUAUGAAAUAACAUUAACCAAUUCAAUUGGUGUUAAAUCAGCAGAAAUAUCUGUCAUUGUUCUUGAUAAACCAGGUCCACCAGGUUCAAUCAGAAUGGAUGAAGUAAGUGCUGAUUUUAUUUCAUUAUCAUGGGACCCUCCUAUUUAUGAUGGUGGCUGUCAAAUUAAUAAUUAUGUGGUUGAGAAGAGAGAUACGACCACUACAACAUGGCAAAUCGUUUCAGCGACAGUUGCACGAACAUCAAUCAAAGUCAUCCGUUUGACACAACGAACAGAAUAUCAAUUCCGUAUUGCUGCAGAGAAUCGUUAUGGGAAAAGCCAAGCUGUUGACUCUCUCCCAGUAGUUGCACAGUAUGCCUUUACACCCCCAGGCCCUCCAACAAGUCAUCAAGUUUCUCAGGCCACUAAAUUGGGAAUGUUAGUAACAUGGAAGAGACCAGCAAGUGAUGGUGGAAGUCCAGUCAUUGGAUAUCACUUGGAAUGCAAGGAUCAAAGCAGUAUUCUCUGGACAAAGAUGAACAGAGGUCUUAUUACAGAAAGUCAGUUCAAAGUAACAGGCUUGGAGGAAGGUCUUUACUAUCAGUACAGAGUAUAUGCAGAGAAUUUAGCUGGAAUUGGACCCUGCACAAAGGCAUGUGAUCCUGUUGCUGCUAGAGAUCCAUGUGAUGCUCCAGGUCAGCCAAUAGUUAUGGACAUAACAAGAACAUCUGUUUAUUUGUCCUGGAAUAAACCUGAGUACGAUGGUGGGGCCAAGGUGACUGGUUACAUUGUUGAAAGAAAAGAACUUCCAGAUGGCCGGUGGUUAAAAUGUAAUUUCAACAACCUCCAGGAAACAUUCUUUGAUGUGACUGGCCUGAUUGAAGAUCAAAGAUAUGAUUUCCAUGUUAUUGCCAGGAAUGCAGCUGGUUUACUAAGUGAGCCAUCAGAGGGAACCGGACCUGUAACUGUAAAAGAUGAUGUUGAUCCACCACGCAUUACAAUAGAAGAUAAACUAAGACAAUUGGUCGUAGUGAAGGCUGGAGAUAUACUCAAAAUUGAUGCUGAAAUUUCUGGGCGUCCAAUUCCUGUGAUAUCAUGGGCAAAGGAUGGAAAAGAAAUUGAAGCUAAAGCCAGAGUUGAGAUUUCUUCAACACUCACUAGUACAACAUUGAUUGUAAGAGAUACAAUUAGACGAGACUCAGGACAAUAUGUUUUAACAUUACACAAUGUUGCUGGCACCAGAUCUUUAGCAGUGAACUGUAAGGUCCUGGACAGACCUGGUCCGUCAUCUGGGCCUCUGGAAGUAACUGGUUUAACUGCAGAGAAAUGCACAUUGACAUGGGGACCACCUCAAGAGAAUGGAGGUGCUGAAAUUCAGCACUACAUCGUUGAGAAACGUGAGACAAGUCGUCUUGCCUGGACAUUGGUCUAUGCAGACAUGAAGGCCACAACAUGUAAAGUAACAAAACUGCUCAAAGGUAACGAAUACAUAUUAAGAGUUCGCGGAGUUAACAAAUAUGGAACAGGUGAAGUUUUGGAGAGCGAUCCUGUUAAGGCAAUGGAUCCAUUUACAGUACCAGCUGCACCAGCAAAUGUUGAAGUCACCAGUGUAGCAAGUGAAGCAAUGACAAUCUGCUGGGAAAGGCCUGUUUCUGAUGGAGGAAGUAGCAUUUCUGGCUAUGUAAUUGAAAAACGUGAGAAAUCUGGUCUUCGUUGGGUCCGUGUCAACAAAAAGCCUGUUUAUGAUUUAAGAGUCAAAGCUUCAAAUCUUCGUGAAGGAUGUGAAUAUGAAUACAGAGUCUUUGCAGAGAAUGCGGCUGGUUUGAGUGCACCAAGUGUGCCUUGCCCACUUACAAAGGCAGAUGAUCCAUUGUUCCUGCCAUCACCUCCAGCUAAACCCAAAAUAAUUGAUUCUUCCAAAACAUCAAUAACACUAUCUUGGAUCAAACCACUGUUUGAUGGUGGCUCUCCAGUUACAGGUUAUAUGGUAGAAUACAGAAACACCAAUGAUGAAGACUGGACAGUUGGUGUUAAUAACACUACAAGCACAGAGUUCACAGUGGUGGGACUCACUUCAGGGGCAGAAUAUGUCUUUGUUGUUAAAUCAAUUAACAAGAUUGGCCCAAGUGAACAAAGCCCUGAAACUGAUCCACAGAUUGCAAAGGACAGAGAAGAUGAGCCAAUUUUCCUCAUCAGUAAUGAAAUGAGGAAGACACUGACUGUCAAAGAUGGCAGUUCAUUUACCCUUAGAGUGCCAUUCAAGGGUAAGCCUGUACCACAUGUAAUGUGGAACAAACCAGAUGUUGAUUUGAGAGUGCGGGCAACUAUUGAUACCACAGAGACCUGUACAUCUGCUACAAUUGAGCAAGCAACAAGAGAUGACUCAGGAAAAUACACGGUAACCCUUCAAAAUGUUGCUGGGACUGCUACACUGACAUUGAGUGUUAAAGUCCUUGAUUCUCCAGGACCACCGGCACGUCUUGAAGUAAAGGAAGUCACUAAGAGCUCGGCAACUAUUACAUGGGACAUCCCUGAAAAUGAGGGUGGUGCCCCAGUCAAGAACUACCUUGUGGAUCUCCGUGAGGCAACUAAAAUGGGAUGGACUAGAGUCACAGACAGUUGCCCCCGACUGACUUAUAAAGUCAAUGAUCUUCAAGAAGGAUGUGUUUACUAUUUCAGAGUAACUGGCGAAAAUGAGUACGGUAUAGGAGUGCCACUUGAGACCAAAGAAGGAACCAAGAUUACAGAAAAACCAAGUCCACCACACAAACUUGGAGUCACUGACGUCACAAAAGACUGUGUCUCACUUGCAUGGCUUAAACCAGAGCAUGAUGGAGGUAGCAGAAUUACAAACUACCUAGUUGAGGCCCUUGAGAAAGGACAGGAAAAGUGGAUAAAGUGUGGCUCAACCAAAUCAACUAAUUUUGUUGUCUAUGGAUUGAGAGAGAAUGCAGAGUACUACUUCAGAGUUCGGGCUGAAAACCAUGCUGGACUUAGUGAUCAUAAAGACACGGUUUUACCUGUGCUUGUAAAGGACCAACUAGAGGCUCCUGAGAUUAUCAUGAAGGACUUCCAACGCAACACUGCCUAUGUUAAGGCAGGUUCAAAUCUAAAGAUUGAGAUCCCUCUCACUGGUAAACCACUACCAAAAAUAUCUCUUUCUAAGGAUGGACAGGUUUUGAAGUCAACCAUGAGAUUCAACUCUGAGGUGAUGGCUAACUCGCUUAUCAUCACUUUGCGUGAGAGUGUUGCUUUGGAUGCAGGCAGAUAUGAUAUCACAGCCUCCAACUCCUGUGGAACCACAAAAUCCUUUGUGAAUAUUGUGGUCCUUGACAGACCAAGUCCCCCAGUUGGCCCUGUUGAAAUGUGUGAUGUUACAGAAGACAGUGUGAGUCUGAAGUGGUUGCCUCCCACAUAUGAUGGUGGUAGCCCAAUCACCAACUAUAUUGUUCUCAAACGCGAGACCACUACUGCAAAUUGGAUAGAAGUAUCUUCUGCUGUUGCAAGAUGCACAAUCAAGAUUAUGAAGCUAAUUACAGGCGUUGAGUACCAGUUCAGGAUCAGGGCUGAGAAUCGCUUUGGCAUCAGUGACCAUAUUGAUUCACCAAUUGUUAAUGUCAGUCUUCCAUACAUAAUUCCCCUGGAACCUUCACAACCAUGGGUGACAGCUGUAACAAAGGAAAGUAUUACUGUUAGCUGGAAGGAGCCACCUUCAGAUGGUGGAAGCAGUGUCUUUGGAUACCAUCUUCAGAUGAAAGACAGAAACAGCAUCCUUUGGCAGAAAGUUAACAAAACAGUUAUACGUGCAACACACUUCAAAGUAACAAAUGUGAGCCAUGGGCUAAUCUAUGAAUUCAAGGUUGCAGCUGAAAAUGCUGCUGGUAUUGGUCCAGACAGCAAGCCCUCAGAUCCUGUACUUGCAAUUGAUGCUUGUGAGCCUCCAAACAAUCUUAGGGUCACUGAUAUCACGAAGAGUUCAAUUAGUCUUGCCUGGCAGAAACCGUCAUUUGAUGGAGGAAGCAGAAUUACUGGAUAUUUAAUUGAAAGAAAAGACUCUCCAAAAGGCAGAUGGUCAAAAGCUAAUUUGACAAAUGUUGCUGACACAAAGUAUUCAGUAUCAGGCUUGACUCAGAAUGAAUCCUACGAAUUCAGAGUCUUGGCUAAGAAUGCAGUUGGCUCCAUUAGUAACCCAUCAUCAACUGUUGGACCAGUAACAUGCGUAGACACAUAUGGUGCCCCUGAGAUUGAACUUCCCCAAGAAUAUCUUGAUGUUCUCAAAUACAAAGCAGGAGCUAACAUCGAUCUUAAAGUGGGUGUUAUUGCUAAACCUCAACCAACUAUUGAAUGGUACAAGGAUGGAAAAGAGCUUGAGCCUGGAGCUCAGAUUUCCAUCUCAAGCACCUCCGACUCUGCAUGCAUCUCAGUCAAGGAUGCCACACGUUUGAAUACUGGAACAUAUGAACUCAAAAUCAAGAACUCUUUAGGCUCAGCGUAUUGUGCUAUCAGAGUACUUGUUCAAGACAAACCGGGACCUCCUGCUGGAGAGAUACAGUUCAAGAAAAUCACUGCAGAUACUAUAACUAUCAUGUGGGAUCCUCCAGCUGAUGAAGGUGGUGCAAUGGUGACACAUUACAUUGUCGAGAAACGUGAGACAAGCAGAAUUAUGUGGUCUAUAAUCUCAGAGAAGCUUGAAGAAUGCAUUGUAACUGUCCAAAGGCUUAUUAAGGGCAAUGAAUACAUAUUCCGUCUUCGUGGUGUAAACAAAUAUGGUGUUGGAGAUCCUCUGGAAUCAAGACCAGUUAUUGCCCAGAAUUCCUUCGUUCAUCCUAGUCAUCCCUCUAAACCUCAAGUCACAAUGAUAACCAAGUCAACAAUGACUGUGGUAUGGGAAAGACCAAGUUUGGAUGGUGGAAGUGAUAUUGAUGGGUAUUACUUGGAGAAACGGGAAAAGAAGAGUCUACAGUGGUUCAAGGUUAUUAAAGAUCCAAUUCGUGAUACCAGACAGAAGGUUAGCAACCUCACAGAGGGAAAUGAAUAUCAGUAUCGUGUCUGUGCAAUCAACAAAGCUGGAGCAGGCCCAUAUUCUGAUACAUCUAUCUUUUAUAAAGCUUAUGACCCCAUUGACCCACCAAGUGAGCCAACAAAACUCAGAGUUGUUGAUUCAACAAAUACAUCUAUUACCCUUGACUGGGUGAAGCCUGUCUAUGAUGGUGGCAGUGAAAUCACAAGCUACAUUGUUGAACAAAGAAUAGCUGACGAAAUGGAAUGGGUCACUAUAAGCUCUAAAGGUGAAGUGAGGACAACUGAAUUUGUGGUGUCCCACCUAAAACCUGGAGUGUACUAUUUCUUCCAUGUCUCAGCUGUUAACUGUGUUGGAGCCGGACGGCCAAUUGAAAUGAUGCAGCCUGUGCAAGCCAAAGAUAUUCUGGAGGAGGCGGAUGUUGAUCUUGACAUCUCAAUGUCCACUCAGUAUGUAGCAAAGGCUGGCAGAGAUGUGGAAAUUGUCAUUCCUCUUAAGGGUAGGCCUGCUCCGAAUGUAACAUGGAGAAAGGGGGACAAGAACAUCAGUAGUGACACAAGAUAUAACAUCAAAAACACUGAAUAUUCAACUACUCUCAUCAUUCCCAAAGUCACCAGGGAUGAUACAGGGAAAUAUUUUCUUGAGAUUGAAAAUGGAGUCGGAGAGCCAAAAACAAUUACAGUGUCUGUUAAAGUACUGGACACACCAUCUGCUUGCAAUAAGUUGAUUGUGAAGAAUGUGACACGAGGUAAACUCACUCUGAGCUGGGAACCACCUCUUAUUGAUGGUGGCUCUCCAAUCACAAAUUACAUUGUUGAGAAGAAAGAUGCUAAAUUGAAGGCAUUCACUGUUGUGACAAAUGAAUGCGCCAAUACAACAUACAAAGUUGCUGGUCUGGCUGAUGAAAUUUCUUAUUUCUUCCGCGUUUCUGCUGAAAAUGAAUACGGUGUUGGUGAUCCUUGUGAGACUGUACAACCUGUCAGAGCAACUGAAAUGCCAGGUCCUGUAAAAGAUCUUGUGUUGGUUGACUCAUCUAAUACAUCUGUAACUCUGGCUUGGACAAAGCCUGAUCACGAUGGUGGCAGCCACAUUUCAGAGUACAUUGUUGAAAAGAAAACAAAGGAAGAAGAGACUUGGAGCAUUGGUGGCACAUGUAGACGUUGCCAAUGUGAAGUGAUACAACUAAAAGAGCUCUCAGAAGUCAUCUUUAGGGUGUUUGCUCAAAAUGAAAAGGGUCGCAGUGAUUUCUCUCAAAUUGGACCGAUCACUGUAAAGGACUUUAUUAUACCACCCGAGGCCAACCUUAUUGACUAUCCAAAUGGGGAAUUAAGUGUUCGCAUUGGACAAAAUGUGAAUAUCGAUUUGCCAUACAAGGGUAAACCCAGGCCAACUAUUCAGUGGAUGAAAGACGAUGUAGUGCUCAAAGAAAGUGAACAAGUUCGUUUCAGGCAAACAGAGAACAUAGCAAGUUUGAUUGUCAGAAGUUCUAGAAAGGAAAAUGCAGGAAAAUACACAUUGGUCCUUGAUAACAAACUUGUUAAGUCUUUCUUCGACAUCAAAGUAAUAACACUUGGGCCACCAUCUGUGCCUGUAGGCCCAAUACGUUUUUGUGAAAUUAAAGCUCAGAGUAUUAUCAUUUCAUGGGAUGAACCACAGGAAGAUGGUGGAGGAGAGAUCACUUGCUACAGUGUGGAAAAGCGAGAGACAUCCCAAGCAGCAUGGAAAAUGGUUUGCUCCAGUGUUGUCAGGACCACAUUCAAAAUACCCAAUUUGGUUAAGGGUACUGAAUACCAAUUUAGAGUGCGUGCUGAGAACAAAUAUGGAGUAAGCGAGCCUCUAAACUCAUCAGAUGUGGUUGCUCAACACCAAUAUAAGCCACCAGGUCCUCCAGGAAAACCUGUGGUAUACAACGUGACAAGUGAUGGCAUGACUGUUCAGUGGGAUGCCCCAAGCUUUGAUGGCGGUUCACCAGUCACUGGAUACCAUCUUGAGAAAAAAGACAGGAAUAGCUUACUGUGGACAAAAGUAAAUUCCAAUGUCAUUUCCGGAAGAGAAUACAGAGUCAUUGGACUUAUUGAAGGUCUGGAGUAUUCAUUCAGAGUUUAUGCAGAAAACAAUGCAGGCAUGAGUCCAGUCAGUGAGCAUAGCAAGCAUAAACUGGCAAUUUCCCCUGUUGAUCCUCCUGGCACACCUAACUGCAUUGAUGUUACCAGAGACUCUGUAACACUUCAGUGGGAACCACCUAAACGGGAUGGAGGCAGUAGGAUUGUGGCAUAUAGUGUGGAAAGGCGUCAGGGAAAAAGUCGUUGGCUAAGAUGCAAUUUUAUUGACAUCAGUGAAUGCCAGUUCACUGUAACAGGCCUUCCUGCAGGCGACCGCUUUGAAUUCAGGGUAAUUGCCAGGAAUGCUGUUGGAACAGUUAGUCCACCUUCUCAGUCAUCUGGCUACAUCAUGACCAAAGAUGAAAGUGUUAUUCCUGAGAUUGAGUUUGCAGCCGAGAAGACCCUCACCAUUAAGGCAGGAGAAAAUGUUAAACUCAACUGCAGUAUAAGUGGCCGUCCUGUACCUCAAGUGAUUUGGUAUAAGGAUGGAAAGGAAGUUGACAAGAUGCUGGUGGACAUCACAACUGUUAUUGGAUCAAGCUCACUCUUCAUUCGAGAUGCUGACCGCAAUGAUCGUGGUAUCUACACAGUUGAGGCCAAGAACAGUUCAGGCACAACAAAAGUGGAUGUUCUGGUCAGAGUACAAGAUACCCCUGGACCACCUGAGGGCCCACUGCGCUUCACUAAUAUAUCUGCUGAGAAAGCAACUCUUUGGUGGAGCCCACCUGAAAAUGAUGGCUGUGCACCUAUCACUCAUUAUGUGAUUGAGAAGCGUGAGACUUCCAGAAUUUCAUGGGCACUUGUAACAUCCAAGUGUGAAGCCUGCUCAUUCAACGCCACAAAACUGAUUAAAGGCAACGAAUACCAGUUCCGUGUGUCGGCUGUCAAUAAAGUUGGUGUGGGCAAGCCACUAGAGUCGGAUCCAAUCAUAGCUCAGAUGCAGUACACGGUACCAGAGGCUCCCGGAACACCUGAUUGCACACAUGUAACAGGAAACAGUAUUACUCUAUGCUGGACGAGACCAAGACAUGAUGGUGGAAAUGAGAUCAAGCAAUAUAUUCUUGAAAGGCGAGAGAAGAAAAGCUUAAGAUGGGUGAAGGUUUCAGCAAAGAGACCAAUAACUGAGCUUAGGCAUAGAGUAACAAAUCUUACAGAAGGUAAUGAAUAUGAGUUCCGUGUUAUGGCUGAAAAUGGUGCUGGAAUUGGACCUGCAAGUGGAACGUCGAGAUUGUUUAAGUGCAGAGAGCCAACAAGUGAACCCAGUGCUCCAACUGCUGUAAAGGUCAUUGAUUCCACCAAGACAUCUGUUACCAUGGAAUGGACCAAACCUGUGUUUGAUGGUGGUUUGGAAAUCAUUGGUUACAUUAUUGAGAUGUGCAAGGCAAGCCUUGAGGAAUGGCACAGAGUCAACAACCAGACAUGUAUCCAUACCAAGUACACAGUUACAGAUUUAGAACCUGGUGAGGAGUAUAAAUUCCGUGUGUGUGCCAUCAAUGGUGCUGGAAAGGGAGAAACCUCUGAGACACCAAAUGUAGUACAAACAGUUGAUCGUCUGACAUCACCAGAAAUAGAUAUAGAUGCAGACUUCAAGCAAACACAUGUUGUGAAGAAUGGCGGAACAGUCACUCUUCACAUUCCCUUCCGUGGAAAACCAGCCCCCCUUGCCACAUGGACAAAAGCAGAUGGAGAGCUUGGUGUAAUGGUAGAUAUCCAUACUACGGAAACAUUCAGCACUUUGACGAUUGAAAAUUGCAUCAGAUAUGAUGCUGGCAAGUAUACACUGUCUCUUGAAAACAACAGUGGCCGUAAAUCUAUUACAUUAACAGUAAAAGUGUUGGACACACCUGGACCACCAGGGCCUCUCUCAUUAAAAGAUGUGACAAGAGGUGCUCUCACACUCAUGUGGGAUGCCCCAACUAAUGAUGGUGGUGCUCGUGUCCAUCACUACAUUGUUGAGAAGCGAGAAGCGAGUCGCUUGAGUUGGCAAGAAGUCAGUGAAAAGUGCACACGCCAAAUCUUGAGAGUGACCGACCUUGCUGUAGGUGUAGCAUACUGCUUUAGAGUUACUGCUGAAAAUCAGUAUGGCAAAGGUGAACCAUAUGAAAUGACAGAACCUAUUAUAGCCACAGAAGAACCUGCACCUCCCAAGCGAUUGGAUGUCAUUGAUACUACAUCAUCAACUGCCACCUUAGUAUGGAUGAAACCUGAGCAUGAUGGUGGAAGCCGCAUCACGGGGUACAUUGUUGAGACUAGAAAGAAAGGCUCUGACCGUUGGGUUGUUGGUGGUCAAACCAAAUCUUUGAAAAUGGUUCUCGAAGGCUUGGUUGAGAACACAGAAUAUGAGUUUCGUGUCAAAGCCCAGAAUGAUGCUGGUGUUAGUCACCCACGAGAUGCCUUAGCCUCUGUAAUUAUAAAGGAACCUCGUAUUGAGCCAACAGCAGAUCUUAGCAGCAUUGAUAAACAGCUCAUCUCUUGCAAAACUGGAAAUUCCUUUACCAUAGAUAUUCCAAUCAGUGGCAGACCAGUCCCCAAGGUAACAUGGAAACUUGAAGAGAUGAAACUCAAAGAAACCGACAGAAUAUCAAUUAAAACCUCAAAAGACAGAACCACUUUAUUUGUGAAGGACGCCAAGAGAGGUGACAGCGGCAAGUAUUAUCUCACUCUUGAGAAUGCAGCUGGAUCAAAGACGUUCACAGUGACCGUUAUUGUCAUUGGAAGACCGAGCCAACCAACUGGACCGGUUGAAAUUUCUGGAAUCUCAUCUGAAUCCUGUGUAUUAAAUUGGGGAGAACCUGCAGAUGAUGGUGGGACGGACAUCACCAAUUAUAUUGUUGAGAAACGGGAAUCUGGAUCCACAACAUGGCAGGUUGUAAAUUCAAGUGUAAAACGGACCACUAUAAAAGUAACUCAUCUUACCAAGUACAUGGAGUACACGUUUAGAGUCUCUGCUGAAAACAAAUUUGGUGUUAGCAAGUCGAUCGAUUCUCAAGCUAUUGUUGCUGAGCAUCCAUUUGUCUCACCAAGCCCACCAACUCGCCCAGAUGUAGUUUCAGUGUCUGCUAAUGCCAUUGCUAUUCGCUGGGAGAAGCCAUAUCAUGAUGGUGGAAGCAAAGUCACUGGAUACUUGAUUGAGAAGAAGGAGCGUAAUACCAUCCUGUGGGUGAGGGAGAACAAGAUUCCUUGCCUUGAAUGUCACUACAAGGUCUCCAAUCUUAUCGAAGGCCUUGAGUACCAGUUCAGAGCAUAUGCAUUGAACAUUGCUGGUCUGAGUAAAGCAAGUGAACCAUCAAGGCCAGUACUGGCUCUAAAUCCAGUUGAUCCACCUGGCAAACCAGAGGUUUUUGAUUUAAACAAAACCUCAGUGUCUAUUAGAUGGUCUGUGCCAUUCAAUGAUGGUGGCAGUAAGAUUGUUGGAUAUGUUGUUGAACGCAAAGCUACCAGUGAUGAUAAUGAAGCUCGCUGGUUAAAGUGCAACUACACUACAAUCACAGAAAAUUUCUUCACCAUAACAUCACUUAGUGAGGGAGAAGCCUAUGAGUUCCGUGUUAUUGCCAGAAACGGUGCUGGAGUCCACAGUACGCCAUCAGAGUCGACAGGACCCAUUACAUGCAAAGAUGAAUACACACCACCAAAGGCUGAGCUGGACAGCAAACUUGUGGGUGAGACUAUCACUAUCAGAGCUGAAGCAGACCUUGUUCUUGAUGCUGCAGUUGGUGGAAAACCUGAGCCCAACGUUUUCUGGUCGAAGGGUGAUAAGGAGCUAGAGCUUGGAGAGAAAUACUCACUAACCUACACCAGUACAAGAGCAAUGGCCAUCAUAAAGUCAUGUGAUAGAAAUGAUACUGGAAAAUACAUCCUCACUGUGAAAAAUGCUAGUGGAAUCAAAACUGCUGCUGUCAAUGUUAAAGUGCUUGAUACACCUGGACCACCUGAGGGUGUAAUCACAAUUAGCAGGGUUACAGAAGAAAAAUGUACAGUUUCCUGGAAUAUUCCUCUGGAGGAUGGAGGAGAUACUGUCACUCAUUAUAUUGUUGAGAGACGCGAGACCAGCAGACUCAACUGGGUUAUCAUGGAAACUGAAUGCAAAUCUCUGUCUUGUGUCAGCACAAAACUGAUCAAAAACAACGAGUACAUUUUCCGGGUCAGAGGUGUAAAUAAGUAUGGUCCUGGAGUACCCCAAGAGUCUGAACCAGUUAUCGCAAGAAAUGCAUACACUAUUCCAACACCUCCAGGAGCACCAGAGAUUACUGCUAUUGGAAAAGAACAUGCAAUCAUUGAGUGGCUGAAGCCGGAGAGUGAUGGUGGCAGUGAAAUCAAAAAUUACCUUGUGGAUAAACGUGAGAAGAGCAGCGUUAGAUGGACAAGAGUAAACAAAACAUACACCAUUUAUGAUACACGGCUCAAGAUCACUGGUCUCCUUGAGGGCAGUGAUUAUCAGUUCCGUGUUGCAGCUGUCAAUUCUGCAGGAACCAGUCUCCCAAGUGAUGCAUCUCAAUAUGCCCACUGCAGUGAGCCAACAUAUACCCCAGCACCACCAUCAGUUCCUCGUAUUACAGAUACCACAAAGCAUAGUAUUAGAAUCACAUGGACCAGACCAAUGUAUGAUGGCGGAUCUGAUGUCACGGGCUACAUUAUUGAGAUUCUGGAGGAGGGAACAGAGCAGUGGUACAGAGCCACCCAAAAGAUCUUGAGCAGUACUGAAUACACUGUACCUGGCUUGACAAGUACCAAGAAAUACCGCUUUAGGGUGGCUGCUGUCAAUACAAUGGGCACUGGAGAAUUUAGUGAAGGCAGUGUUGAGACCGCACCUUCAGAGAGAGUUGAAAUACCUGAUAUUGAACUACCUGAUGAAUUGAAGAAAACUGUUUGCAUCAGGGCUGGCAACACUUUACGCCUUCAUGUAACUACAACUGGCAGACCUGCACCGGUUAUUACCUGGAGAAAGCCUGGAAUUGACCUACAGUGCCGUGGCUUCAUAGACACUUCAGAAAAUACUACAACUUUAAUAGUGGAGAAGGUGCAUCGCUACGAUGCUGGAAAAUACACAAUUGAGGCAGAAAAUCCAUCUGGCAAGAAAGUAGUAACUAUUCUUGUUAAGGUUUAUGAUACUCCUGGAUCAUGUGGUGCAGUAAAGGUUAAGGAUUACACAAAAGAAUCUGCUGUAAUCACCUGGGAUGUGCCAACUAUUGAUGGUGGUGCUCCCAUCAACAACUACAUAAUUGAGAAGCGUGAGGCUUCAAUGAAAUCCUACAAAACAGUGACAACAGAAUGCAAAAAGACGUUAUACAGAAUCACUGAGCUGGAAGAAGGAACACAAUACUUCUUUAGAGUAUUGCCUGAGAACAUAUAUGGUAUUGGAGAACCUUGUGAAAUUAGUGAACCAGUACUUGUUUGCGAAGUUCCAUCUGUUCCACAAGAUCUGUAUCUUAUUGAUAUCACCAAUUCUACUGUUGUUCUUGGAUGGGAAAAACCAUUGCAUGAUGGUGGCAGCAGACUUACUGGCUUUGUCAUUGAAGCCUGCAAAACUGGAACUGACCGCUGGUUGGAUGUUGCCCGUGUAAAAUCAUCUGUGCGGCAGCACACGAUUGAUUCAUUAUAUGAAAAUGAGCAAUAUCUCUUUAGAAUCAGAGCUGAAAAUAGCAGAGGUGUCAGUGAGCCAAGAGAUUUUAUGACUCCUGUGACAAUACAAGAACAAAUAGUCAUGCCCAAGAUUGACCUGGCUGGCAUCCCUCAAAAGAUUGUCAAUGUGCCCGCUGGUAAGCCAAUUGUGCUCAACAUUCCCAUCAAAGGCAGACCUGCACCGGUCUGCUCUUGGUUCUUUGGUGGAGUCAAAAUGAAGGACAAGCUUGACCGUAUCAAGAUUGAAACGACUGCUAAAUUCACCAAACUGACAGUCCGUGAAACAACAAUCGAUGACACUGGUGACUAUACUCUUGAAGUAAAGAAUGUCACAGGAACUGCAACUGAGGUCAUCAAAGUUAUCAUUCUUGAUAAACCUGCAGUACCUGUUGGCCCUAUGAGAAUUGAAGAGGUUGAUGCCACAUCUGUUACCUGCAGCUGGGAACCACCAGAGAAGGAUGGCGGUGCAAAUGUUAGUGGCUAUGUUGUUGAGCAGCGUGAUGCUCAUCAACCGGGAUGGCUGCCUGUCUCUGAAUCUGUCACAAGACCUACAUUCAAAUUUACCAGACUUAUAGAGGGAACUGAAUAUGUAUUCCGUGUAGCUGCAACAAAUCGUUUCGGCAUAAGUGGUUUCCUGCAGUCUGAAGUUAUUGAGUGCAAGAGUGCCAAAACUGUACCUGGAGCACCCAGCACACCUGAAAUAUUUGAUGUGUCUCAUGAUGGCAUGACUAUAACCUGGAGAGCGCCUGAGGAUGAUGGUGGUUCCUCUGUCGCCGGCUACAUUAUUGAGCGCAAAGAGGUUGGAUCAGACAGAUGGGUUCGCAUUAAUAAGAAUCCAGUGACAAUGACAAGAUACAGAGCCACAGGACUUAUUGAGGGUCUUGAAUAUGAGUAUAAAGUGACAGCCAUCAACUCUAGAGGCACUGGAAAACCAAGUGCAAACUCUAAAGCCGCUAUUGCAAUGGACCCUAUCGAACCUCCUGGUAUUCCACUGAACCCAAGAGUCACGGACACAACAAGAACAUCAGUUUCACUUGCUUGGUCUACUCCAGAGGAAGAAGGAGGUGCAGCUGUUACUGGAUAUCUUAUAGAGAUGCAGAAGGUUGACCAGGUCGAAUGGACAAAAUGCAACACAACACCAACAAAGAUCUGCGAAUAUACUUUGACCCACAUGCCCCAGGGUGCUGAAUACAGGUUCCGUGUGAUGGCAUGUAAUGCUGGUGGAGCAGGAGAACCAGCUGAGAUCCCAGGAGUGGUCAAAGUUAUAGAAAUGCUUGAAUAUCCUGAUUAUGAACUGGACAAAACAUACCAGGAAUGCUACAUUGUCAGACAAGGUGGUGUCAUCAGACUGUCUGUGCCCAUCAAGGGCAAACCCUAUCCAACAUGCAAGUGGACAAAGGAAGGCCGUGACAUUUCUCACAGAGCUAUGAUUGCCACCAGCGAUGAACGUACUGAGCUUGUAAUCAAAGAAGCCCACAGAGAUGACACUGGCACCUAUGAUCUUGUGCUGGAGAACAAAUGUGGCAAGAAGGCUGUGUAUAUUAAGGUUAAGGUUAUUGGCCGUCCAGAUCCACCUGAGGGUCCUCUUGAAUUUGACGACAUUCAAGCACGUUCCGUAAGAGUAAGCUGGAGACCACCCUCAGAUGAUGGUGGCUCUGAUAUUCUGGGUUACCUUGUAGAGAGGCGUGAGGUGCCUAAAGCAGCUUGGUACACUGUGGACUCACGCGUAGUUGACACAUCACUGGUGGUCAAAGGGCUGAAGGAAAAUGUUGAAUAUCACUUCAGGGUUUCGGCAGAGAACAUGUUUGGCAUCAGCAGAUCCCUAAAAUCGGAUGAAUCUGUUACCCCGAAAACUCCUCUUUGUCCUCCAGAACCUCCCAGCUUCCCCCCAGAAAUCAUGGAUGUUACAAAGACCACAGUUGGCCUUUCUUGGUCAAGACCAAAGGAUGACGGUGGAUCUCGUGUCACUGGAUACUAUGUUGAGAGAAGAGAAGUUUCCACUGAGAAAUGGGUUCGUCAUAACAAGACUCACAUCACAACAACGAUGUAUACUCUCACUGGACUCAUCCCUGAUGCAGAAUACCAGUUCCGUGUGGUUGCUCAGAAUGAUAUUGGUCAGAGUGAGCCAGGAUCUUUAUCAGAGUCAGUUGUAUGCAAAGAUCCAUUUGAUAAACCAGGCCAACCUGGCGAGAUAGACAUAAUCUCUAUAGCCAAGGACUGCAUAACCAUUCAUUGGCUACGUCCUGAAUCAGAUGGUGGAAAAGAGAUCCUUGGGUACUGGAUUGAGUACAGGCAGGCAGGUGAAAGUGCCUGGAAGAAAUGCAACAAAGAGCGUUCAAAGGACAGGCAGUUUACCAUGGGUGGUCUCAUGGAGGCUACAGAGUACGAGUUCAGAGUGUUUGCUGAGAACGAAACUGGACUGAGUAGACCAAGACGAACCGCUAUGGGUAUUAAAACCAAACUAAGUGUUGGAGAGGCUCCUUGCCUGAAAGAGGAGAUCAAAGAAACCACCACUAAACUAGGCGAAUCUGGAACAUUGACGUGCCAGAUUAUUGGAAGACCUCUUCCAGAAAUCAGGUGGAACAGAUAUGGAAAGGAGCUAAUCCAGAGCCGAAAAUACAAGAUGAGCUCUGAUGGCCGAAACCACUCUUUAACAGUUUUAACAGAUGAACAAGAAGAUGAAGGCCUGUACACAUGCAGAGCCAUCAAUGAGGCAGGUGAAAUUGAGACCAGUGGCAAGCUCCUGUUGCAGGCUGCACCACAAUUCCACCCAGGAUUCCCAUUAAAGGAGAAGUACUACUCAGGUUGUGGAACAAGCCUCCGUCUCCAUGUUGUCUACAUUGGUCGACCUAUUCCACAAAUCAUGUGGUUCUAUGGCAAGAAACCUCUGAAUCCAUCUGAAAACGUCAUCAUUGAAAACACAGAAAGUUACACUCACUUAGUUAUCAGAAAUGUCCAGCGUAAGACAAAUGCUGGAAGAUAUAAGGUGCAAAUGAGCAACAAAUUUGGCACAGUUGACACAGUCCUCCGUGUUGAGAUCCAAGAUAAGCCUCUUAUGCCUGAAGGACCAGUCAUUGUUGAUGCUCUCUUGAAGAAUUCUGUAAUCAUUAGCUGGAAGCCACCAAAGGAUGAUGGUGGAUCAAUGAUCACAAAUUACAUUGUAGAGAAACGUGAAGCUAAGGAGGGUGAGCAGUGGCAUCUUGUAUCAUCAGCCAUCUCAGGAACCACAUGCCGUGUUCCAAACCUCAUUGAGAGUUCUGGAUAUUACUUCCGGGUCUCUGCACAGAAUCAGUAUGGCAUCAGUGAAUCGCUUGAGAUUCCUUCUGUUCUCAUUAUCAAGAGUCCAUUUGAGAAACCUGGAGUCCCGCAACAGCCUGUUGUUACUUCUGUAACAACGGAUUCAUGUGUCGUUUCUUGGAAAUCCCCAACCAGCGAUGGAGGGGCUAAAAUUAAGAAGUAUUACCUUGAGAAGAGAGAGAAGAAACAGAACAAAUGGAUUUCUGUUGCAACUGAAGAGAUUCGGGAGACAUCUUACACUGUUAAAGGCCUUCUUGAAGGUUUUGAAUAUGAAUUCCGCGUCAAAUGUGAAAAUAUUGGUGGAGAGAGUGAUUGGAGUGAGAUUUCAGAACCAGUCAUACCGAAAUCAGACACAGCUCUUCGUGCUCCAUUCUUCAAGGAGGAAUUGAGAGACACGUGCGUCAAAUAUAAGUCAAAUGCAACAUUUGUCACUAAGGUUGUUGGACAUCCCAAGCCAGCAGUUAAAUGGUACAAAAACGGUAAAGAGAUUUUGCCCGAUGGAGAGAAAAUAAAGGGGCAAGAAUUCAAGGGAGGCUACUACCAACUUGUUAUCAGCAAUGCUGAUGAUAAUGAUGCCGGUGUCUACCAGAUUAGAGCUACUAAUCAGCUUGGAUCAAUUUCCACAACUGUGGCGCUAGAGGUUGAGGUUCCUGCCAAGAUUCAUUUGCCAUUACAUCUCCAAGGCAUGGGAGCAGUUCACGGCAUUCGUGGUGAGGUGGUUACCAUCAAGAUUCCAAUUAGUGGCAAACCUGAUCCUGUAAUCACAUGGCAAAAGGGACAAGAGAUGAUUAAUAAUACAGCGUAUCAUCAAGUAAUCAUCACAAGAUCAUUUACCUCCUUAGUUUUCCAAAAGGGUGUGCAAAGAAAGGAUUCUGGCUACUACAUAAUUUGUGCCAAAAAUCGAUUUGGUGUUGAUAAGCAGACAGUUGAACUUGAUGUUGCUGAUGUCCCUGAUCCUCCAAAGGAUGUCAAAGUUAGUGAAAUUGGUAGAGAUGCAAUCACCCUUACUUGGAAUCCUGGAAAUGAUGGAGGAAGUGAAAUUAUCAAUUACAUUAUUGAAAAGUGCCCUACCACUGGUGACAGAUGGAUUCGUGUGGCUCAGACGUCGGAGUCCCAGUACACUGUGAUAAGCCUCUUUGGCAAAACAAAAUACCAGUUCCGCGUGAUUGCAGAGAACAGAUUUGGCCAGAGUGGUCCAUCUGCACCAACAGAUCCUGUGACAACAAAAGAAGACAAGUUAGCCAUUAGAAACUAUGAUGAAGAAGUGGAUGAAACAAGAGAGGUUACAAAGGAGGAGGCACCACAUUCUAAAUUGAAAAAAAUUUCUUCUCUGUACAGUAUCUCUGAGGAGCUUGCUCGUAAUGGACAGUUUGGCAUUGUACAUCGUUGUAUUGAAAUUAGCUCCAAGAAGACAUUCUUAGCAAAAUUCAUCAAAGUUAAAGGUGCUGAUCGAGAGCUGGUUGCAAGAGAAAUUGAGACACUUAAUAUUGCAAGACACAAAAACAUACUGUAUCUUCAUGAAUGUUUUGAUAGCCUGGAAGAAUAUGUCCUGAUCUAUGAAUUCAUGUCUGGUAUGGACAUCUUUGAGCGUCUUGGUACAAACUUUGACCUCACAGAGCAAGAAAUUGUUCGGUAUAUGAGACAAGUUUGUGGCGCUCUGAAGUUCUUGCAUAGUCACAACUAUUGUCAUUUCGAUAUCAGACCUGAUAACAUUGUUUAUUCCACAAGGAAGAGCAGCACCAUUAAGAUCAUUGAGAUGGGUCAAGCCAGGUUGCUUACACCUGGAGAAAACAUCAGAAUCCAGUUCACAGCCCCUGAGUUCUAUGCACCUGAAAUCCACACCAGUGAUUUUGUGACAACUGCCACUGACAUGUGGUCUGUUGGUGUUCUUGCAUAUGUCCUCCUUAGUGGACUCAAUCCAUUUGCUGCUGAAUCAAGUCAGAAAAGGAUUGAGCACAUCUCAAAUGCAGAGUAUGUGUUUGAUAGUGAAGCCUUUAAGGAAACCAGUCUUGAAGCUAUGGACUUUGUCGACAGGCUUCUAACUAAAGACCGCAAACUGCGUAUGACAGCCUCUGAAGCUUUGGAACAUCCUUGGCUAAAGAUGAAACUGGAACACGUUAGUUCAAAGGUUAUCAAGACUUUGAGACACAGACGAUACUACCAGACACUGGUGAAAAAAGAAUGGAGCACAGUAAUUUCUGCAGCACGUGUUGCAUAUGGUGGUGGCUACAGAAACCAGAAAAACAUUUUGAUUGGAAGAGUCAAAGUUGGACAUCCUGAACAAGGCUUGAGAGCAGGUCCAGUCAUGCACGGCUCUACUGAAGAGGGUGGACAUGUCAGAUUUGUCUGCUGCAUUGAGAAUUAUGACCGAAACACAGAAGUGACCUGGUACUUUGGUUCUCGCAAACUGACAGCAAGCCAUAAAUAUGAAAUCAACUAUGCUAAUGGAUUUGCAAGCAUCUAUGUUAAAGACAUUGAAGAAUGCGAUGAUGGAGUAUACAGAUGCAAGGUAGUCAGUGAAGACAGAGAGGACAAUGCUUAUGCCGAGCUGUUUGUUGAGACUGUUAGGUCCCAUCGUGAAUACUAUCUGGGACGCUCACUCAAAAAGCCAAAACGCAGAAUUGACAAAACCAAACUUUUGCAGAGGCCACCUGAGUUUACUCUGCCUUUGUACAACCGUACAGCAUACAUUGGUGAAGAUGUUCGCUUUGGUGUAACCAUCACAGUCCAUCCAGAGCCAAGUGUGACAUGGUUGAAGGCUGGGCACAGAAUCAAACCAGAUCCUGCUAAAUACACUUUCACAAGUGACAAGGGUCUUUAUCAGCUGAUGUUUCACAAUGUUGAGCUUAGCGAUGAUGCUGAAUACACUGUUGUGGCAAACAACAAGUUUGGUGAGGACAGCUGCAAGGCACGUCUCACUGUUACACCACAUAAGGUUGUUGAAGACACCAUGAGACCAAUGUUCAAACGUCUCUUAGCCAAUAUUGAGUGCGUUGAGGGGCAAAGUGUCCACUUUGACCUGAGAGUAUCAGGAACUCCACAGCCAACUCUAAAAUGGGAGAAAGAUGGCAAACCUCUUGAGUUCAGACCACAAGUUGAAGUUGUUCAAGAGGAUGUAGAUUAUCAUGUUUUGCACAUCAGAGAAUCCCUCAUUGAGGAUUCAGGCACAUACAGAGUCACUGCAACAAAUAUAGCUGGAUCAGCAACUUGUCUAGCUACUCUCAAGGUUGAACGCCUAACAUACACAAGGAGAGAGUUCAAGAGUGAGGAAGAGAGGCAGAAGUAUGUACACAACCAAAUAGAAAAGACUCUAAAGAUGGCACAACAUUUUUCCAAGGCAGAAGUCAUUACAUUUAAUCCUGUAGCACAGGAAGCUUUGAAGGAAGCUGGAGAAUUAUAUAAGCCUGCAGUGAGCACCAAGAACGUGCAGGGUGAGUUUGACAUCUCUGACAAAGAAGAUCAAGAAAUAAAGAAAAUUAAAGAUGAAGACAAGAGGAUACGGAUGCCUUAUGAAAUCCCUGAAGCACGUGUACAUGAUCCAUCUGUUCUCAGUGAAGAUAAGGUGAUCAAACACUUUGUUCCCCUAUCUGAUAUGAAGUGGUACAAGAAGCUUCGUGACCAGUUUGAGAUUUCGGAGCGCAUGGAGAGAAUUGUUCAAAAGAGACAGAGACGUAUUCGUCUUUCUAGGUGGGAGCAAUUCUAUGUUGUGCCACUGCCCAGAAUAACUGAUCAAUACAGACCAAAGUGGCGCAUUCCAAAACUUACACAAGACGAUUUAGAGACCGUUCGACCUGCAAAGAGAUCACCCUCUCCCAUGUCAGAGCUGUCCUUCAGACAGAGAAGGCGUUCACUUGGAAAUCUCUCAGAUGAGGAGUUCCUUGAGCCCGUUGAGGAUUACAUAGCACUGAGGAGAUCUGAAAAAGAAAGACAAGCGCUUGAAGAUGAAUUAGAACUUGGAUUUUCUGCCUCCCCACCCAGUGGAAGCCCUGUCCGCUUUGAGCUUUCUGCACUGCUCCAUGCAUCAGCUAGGCCCGUUCAGAAAACUGAAGUAAGAAGCAAGGUGGAGAUAAAACAUGUGACUACAACAGAGCAGGCACGAGGCUCUCCACCUCCCAUUUCCCAUUUCAUGAGGAGGAGGAGAUCCUUAUCUCCAACAUACAUUGAACUGAUGCGUCCUGUUUCUGAACUCAUCAGACCACCACGUGCACGUGUCUCAACAGAUGCCGAAGGUGAAGUCAUUGAAAGAAGAUCACCUACCCCUGAGAGGACACGUCCUCGUUCUCCAAGUCCUGCAUCCAGUGAGAGAAGAUCAUCCAGAUCCUCCUCUAGAUUUGAAAGAUCUGCUAGAUUUGACAUCAUGUCUAGAUAUGAGGCAAGAAAAGCUGCUCUUAAAUCUGAGCGAAAGUACCAGGUUGUGACACAGCAACCCUUCAGCCUUGACCAUGCUCCUCGUAUCACAGUAAGACUUCGUUCUCACCGUGUACCAUGUGGUCAAAAUACUAAAUUUACUUUAAAUGUUCAGUCCAAGCCAGAUGCUGAAAUCCAGUGGUUCCACAAUGGACAACAAAUCCAAGAGAGCAGCAAAUACCAAUUCAUAAACAUGAGUGGAGUGCUGUCUCUCCAGAUAAAUGAUUGUCAGGCUGAUGAUUGUGGAACAUAUCGUGUCCUCUGCACAAACCUAAAGGGUGAGGCCUCAGACUAUGGAACUCUUGAUGUUUCAGAGGGUGCUUUUUGUACAUAUUCCUCAAGACGUAAAGAUGAAGAGGCCCCAACACCAUUUGUGCCUGAAAUUACAAAAACAGAUUAUUAUCAUACAACAUCCAUCAGAGCAUCUUCUGCCUCACAGACUCAUUUGGAGAUCAAAGAAUCUAAAACUAAACUGACAGAGAGACAUGAAGUAUCUGCUUUUGAGCAGUAUGAAUCCCAAAAGCUUGCAACAUCUCCUAUUAGAUAUGCAUCCACUGAAUACUUAUCAUCAGCUUCAUAUUCAUCAUCUGAAAGAUUUACAUCUGAAAAACAUGUAUCAUCUGAAACCAAGGUGAAAGAAUUAACAGCAUCUGUAGUGUCCAAGAAAGCUAAAGCUAGUGUUUCAGCCAAAAUACUCACAAAACCACAGUCUUUAACUGUAUCUAAGGGGGACUCUGCACGAUUUGUCUGUGAUAUUGAUGGCGAGCCAGCACCAAGUGUCAAAUGGAUACAUGAAGGAAGAACAAUCGUCUCGUCACACUCUGUACAUGUGACAACAACGCAGUACAAGUCCACAUUUGAAAUUUCCUCAGUUGAGUAUUCAGAUGAAGGCAGCUAUACUGUAGUUGUAGAAAAUUCUGAAGGAAAGCAAGAGGCAAGGUUUACUUUGACUAUUCACAAACCAGCACCUAUGGAGGAACCUACUGUGACAUCCCCUGUACCAUCAGUUAAAUCUACAGAGCCUUCUGUGAAAUCAUCUGUGCCAUCAGUAAAAUCUCCAGAACCCUUAGUGAAGUCUCCUGUGCCAUCAAUUAAAUCCCCAGAGCCUUCUGUGAAGUCACCUGUGCCUUCAGUUAAAUCUCCUGACCCUUCAAUGAAAUCGCCUGUACCAUCAGUUAAAUCUCCAGAGCCUUCUGUGAAAUCGUCUGUGCCUUCAGUUAAAUCUCCAGAGCCCCAGAUUAAAUCACCAGAACCCACUGGUUUUAAGUCUCCCGAACCUCGAAUUAAGUCCCCGGAAGGUAUUAAAUCACCUUUCAGAGUAAAAUCACCAGAGCCAAUCACCUCUCCACAGAGGAUAAAAUCUCCUAUUAAGUCUCCUGAACCAACCACUCCUCAAAGGGUAAAGUCUCCAACAGCCCUGAAAUCACCUGAGCCAAUAACAUCGCCACCCAGGGUAAAAUCUCCACCUCCAGUGAAGUCCCCGGAGCCAGUCACCUCCCCUCUCAGAGUUAAAUCUCCAACAGGACCUCCUGAACCAGUCACCUCACCUCUGAGAGCCAAAUCUCCGCCAACAGUCAAAUCUCCUGAGCCGGUCAUGUCAUCUAAAAGAGUUAAAUCUCCACCCCUGUCCAAGGAAGCACCACCAAAGAUCAUUCAGCAACUCAAAGCUGAAGCUUUUGAAGACAAAUUUAAGAUGGCCUGCGUAGCUGAGAGCUCUAUCACAGAGGUUGUGUGGUACAAGGAUGGCAAAAAACUGACUCAAAGCAGUCGUUACCAGAUUCAAACAUCUGCUGAUGGAAUUUGCUGUUUCUAUAUAUCUGAUGUUUCUGAGAGAGACCAAGGCGAAUACACCUGUGAAAUUAUAAGUGCUGGGGGAGCAGUGGCAAGAUCAUCAUUUUCUUUUGUUGGCCAAGUGUUUCAAACCAUCUACAGAAAAGUAACUGCAUUUGUGUCUACACACAAGUCUGUUAAAGAAACUGUGUCCUCCCAAAUACAUGGAGGAGCUGAAAUGCUACUUAAGAGAGGGAGUGCCGCUGUUAGCAGCAUGCACGAAAGUUUUACUUCAAAAUCCGUCCACACAGAGAGCACAAUGCAAGAAACAUCUUUUAGCAGUUCCGCAAUGGCUGAGAUGAAAUUUGAAACUAUGUCAAUGUCCAGCAUGUCCUCUAUGACAUCUGAGUCAGUAUCUGCUAUGAGUACAAGUAGUAUAAUGUCAAGUCACUCACAUGCUGAAGGAACUACAAUUAGAGGAACCCUCCACAGUGCUCAGGGCUCAGCUCCAAGAAUUGAGGCUCUUCCUGAAGAUAUCAGCAUUGAAACUGGAAAGGUUCUAACGGUAGCCUGUGCUUUCUCUGGAGAGCCCUCACCUCGUAUUGAGUGGUCACGCGGUGGAAGGACACUGCCUAGUGAGGAAGAGAGCAGCAGGUUCCAUAUUGAGACCACAGAGGACCUGACCACACUCAUCAUCACUGGUGUGAAAGAGAGCGAUGCUGGAGCAUACACACUCAGACUUUACAAUGACCAUGGAUCUGACACAGCAACUGUUACCAUCAGCAUUCGAUCAAAGUAAAAGUGAAAACCAUAAUUUUUACCCCCGUUCCCUCAUUAAGCGACUUUUUUGUAUUUAUUAAAUGAACAGAAAAAAAUCUUAAUAAGUACCUGUUCCUGUAAAUAUAAACUAUUUUUAUACCAAACUUGACACCAAUUUAUGCCAAAAGGUCUAAAGUUAUUAUAGAAUGUGCCAUAUUGGAUAAUUAUGACUUCUGAUUUUUUAUCCAUUUUUCUGUGACGUGUACAUAAUGUAUAUAGCCGAAUUUAACGGUUAUGGAAAAUGUAUGAAUUGUUAUUUAUAACAAUAUGAACUGAAACAAAUGGAACUUAAUGUUUAUCAGGAGAAAGUUUCACAUGGAACGAAUACCCUGUUAAACCUGAAACUAAACUCUGUGCCUCAACAGUAAGUUGAAGUCUUAAGAUUGCCUCAACAGGUAGAGAGGCUCCCUGUUGAUGUUACACUAAAUCUGAGAGACAAAGUUAUACCUGCACGUUUACACGUGCAGUGGUAUUACCAUACUCUUAUGCAUUGUUACUCGAACAUAAGACCUUGAGUGCUGUUUGCAUUUUACCCUCAUGUAAGCAGGACAACUAGGUCUUGUGUUCAGACUGAUUAUGUCAUAUCACCAUUUUAAUGACAUGCUCAAGGUGCGAGCGGCCUGCACUUUAUGAGCAAAAUGUUUAAUGUGCUCUGUUACUGGCAAGGGACUGCUUGAAUAGACUUUAAAGAUUAACAUCACCUGACCAUUAAGUAAAGUAUAUCUUGCACUUCCUUGCAGAAGCAGAGCCUCCUCUCGGAGGUUUGCUUUGGUGCAUUGUGUGUUUGUGUGUUAGCUUUAGAAUAUACCUAGGCAGUUGUCGGGCAAUCAAGAAAGUCUGCCACAGUGACACCAUCUGUUGUGCAAUGGAAAAGCGGUUUGGAGUCUAAAUGCCCUCCCCUUUGGUUUGAUUUUAUGUAGAAUUCUAGUAUUAUAUAUAUCUGCAACCUCCUCGAGUAUUAAUGAUUCAAUAAAGCAUGUUCUCAGCA